UCCCGGCCUGGGCGCCUCGGCUGGAGGACUGCUGUCAGGAGGAACAGAACUACGGCGUGAGGCUGUAGUUUUGUUUGGUUCUGUGGGUUCUUCAAGUUCCGGCUCUGCUUUGGAUUUUCUGUUUCUGGACUCAAAGGUUCUGCGAUCGGCCCGGUUCUGGGCAGCAGGCAGCUUCAGGUUGCCAACAACAUGUCAACUCAGGCGCCAUCGUUCACUCAGCCGCUGCAGAGCGUCGUAGCACUGGAGGGUAGUGCUGCGACGUUCCAGGCUACAGUUAGUGGUUCUCCAGUUCCUGAGGUGAGCUGGUUCCGUGAUGGCCAGGUUCUUUCCGCCGCCGCUCUGCCCGGCGUUCAGAUCUCGUUCAGCGACGGCCGCGCUGUUCUGAGGAUCCCCGCUGUGACCGCCGCACACAGCGGGAGGUUUUCUGUCAGAGCCACCAACGGCGCCGGGCAGGCCACGAGCACCGCUGAACUCCUCGUUACAGUGGAGACGGCGCCCCCUAACUUCGUCCAGAGACUGCAGAGCCAGACGGUGAGACAGGGCAGCCAGGUGAGGCUGGAUGUCAGAGUCACAGGAAUCCCAACACCUGUGGUGAAGUUCUACAGAGAGGGAGCCGAGAUCCAAAGCUCCGCCGACUUCAGGAUCCUCCAGGACGGAGACCUGUACAGCCUGCUGAUCGCUGAGGCUUUCCCAGAGGAUUCUGGGACGUAUUCUGCCACCGCCACUAACAGCAGCGGCCGGGCCACGUCCACCGCCGAGCUGCUGGUUCAGGGUGAGGAAGCCAUACCGACAAAGAAAACCAAGACUAUCGUAGCCACGUCCCAGAUGGCUGCUUCUCAGACCAGAGUUCAGAAGAAGGUGGAGACCAGCUUCCAGGCCUCCACCAUGAUGGAGAUGCAUGUCGAAGGAGGAAUCAUGACCCAGCAUCUGGCUCACAACCCCCCGAGGGUCCCACCGAAGCCCACCUCCAAGUCCCCGCCCUCCUACGUCUCCAAGGUGACAGGAGGACGGCAGCAGUCGCCUUCACCUGUCAGACACGUCAAAGGGCCGACGCCCACACCUGUCAGACCCGUCUCUCCUUCUGCAAAGCUGUGCGUGGCCCCCAUCAGACCUGUUAAAUCACCUGUGAUGAGCAGGAAACAGGUUUCAGCCUCCAGUGAGGUUCUGCCUCCAUGGAAACAGGGAGACUACAUGGCUGAAGCCAGCUACGCCAGUAUGACCAGUAUGACCAGCAUGACUAGUAUGACCAGCGUCAGCAGCGCCAGCCAGCUUCACAUGGAGAAGCACUGGGAGCAGCAGGUUGCUGCCACCAGAGAGAAUGAUGAAGGGAGAAAGGCCGAGGCGGUGGCCACAGUGAUGGCUGCCGUCGACCUGGCUCGUGUCCGCCAGCCGGCCCACGGAGAUGCCGGCCGGGCGGAGGAGGAUGAGGAGGAGGAGGAGGAGGAGGAGGAGGAACAAGCUGCUGUACAACAUGAAGCUGCUGCUUCACAACAUGAAGCUGCUCCACAACGUGAAGCUGCUCCACAGCGUGAAGCUACUGUGACCGCUGAGCAGCUCAGAGUUCAGAUCCACAGAACCUCUGAAACCUCCACCGCUCACACCUGUGUCGCUCCGUCACCGGUUCCACAUUUCACAGUUUCUAAAGUUUCUGUUCCUAAACAUGAACCGAGCUCUGAGGUGUCCAUCGCCGGCUCUGCCAUCGCAGUUCUACACAAAGAGCUGUCCUCGCCGUCUGCCCCCAGAAAGAUCAUCAAGCCCGUCAAGUCUCCGAGUCCUUCACGGCGGGCAGAGCGGCAUGUGGUGCCAGAUUCCCUCCCACCACCGUUCAGAGACGUCAGAUACCGGCUAGAUGGUGGGGCUUAUGCAGUGAGUGAGGAGGAGUUUGAGGAAUGGGAGCCUCAGGAAGUAGCCGCGGUUCCGACCAGAGCUCAGGAACCUGUCGUCCCUCCCACUCUGAUCGCUGGCCUAAAGAACCUGACGGUGACCGAAGGGGAGUCGGUGACGCUGGAAUGUCAGAUCAGCGGCCACCCGCUGCCCGUCGUCAUGUGGUUCAGGGAGGACUACAAGAUCGAGAGCUCCAUCGACUUCCAGAUCAGCUAUCAGAGCGGAGUCGCCCGCAUGGUGAUCCGCGAGGCGUUCGCCGAAGAUAGCGGCCGCUUCACCUGCACCGCUACCAGCGAGGCGGGAACCGUCAGCACCUCCUGCUACCUGCUGGUCAAAGUGUCAGAGGAAAUUGAGAGCAGAGAGGAGACGUCAAUUGUCACUGAAGUUGGAAUCACACAGGCGAAAACAGUUUCUGUGGAGACUAAAGACCAGAUGGAGGUGACUGCAGGAGAACCUGCUGCUCCCUUCUUCAUCAAGAAACCCACCGUCCAGAAGCUGGUGGAAGGAGGCAGCGUCAUGUUCAACUGUCAGAUUGGAGGAAACCCAAAACCUCACAUCAUUUGGAAGAAGAGUGGCGUCCCGCUCACCACCGGAUACAGAUAUAAAGUUGCCUACAAGAAGGAGACUGGAGAGUGCAGACUGGAGAUCUCCAUGACAUUUGCUGAUGAUGCCGGAGAAUACUCCAUUUUCCUCAAGAAUCCUCACGGAGAAGCCUCGGCCUCCGCCCACCUGCUGGAGGAAGAGGAGUAUGAAGCACAGAUGAAGCAACAGGAAGUAACUUAUAAAACAGAAGUGACAACGACGGUGGAAUCUUCUGUGGCUGGGAGUCAGUACGAGCUGGAUCAGAGGAGGGUCACCACCCCCAUGAGCUUCGUCUCAGAGACGGAGUUCCUCGUGUCAGCCUUUGAAGAAAGGAUCAUCCAGGAGAUCGAGCUGCGCAUCAUGAGGAUCACCUACAGAGAGCUGGUGGUAGAGGACGGGGAGCAGAUGGUGACUGUAGCCGAUCAGGAGGCCGUCCAGCCAGUCUACAGCACACCAGUUAAGAACUACCGGAUCAUGGAGGGAAUGGGCGUCACCUUCCACUGCAAGAUGGCUGGAAACCCGCUGCCAAAGAUUGCUUGGUACAAAGACGGCCAGCGCAUCAGGGCCGGAGACAGUUACCAGAUGGAGGUUCUUCAAGACGGACGAGCCAGCCUCCGUCUGCCCGUGGUGCAGCCAGAGGAUGAAGGCGUGUACACCGCCUUCGCCACCAACAUGAAGGGAAACGCAGUCAGUUCUGGGAAACUCUAUGUGGAGCCGUCCGGAGCUGUAACCCCCCAGAGAUACACCCCACAGCCGGCCAUGCAGAGGAUCAGGUCCACAUCUCCUCGUUCUCUGAGCCGUUCACCUGGACGUUCUCCCAGUCGAUCUCCUGGACGUUCUCCUGCCCGUCGGCUCGAUGAGACGGACGAGGCUCAGCUGGAAAGACUCUACAAACCCGUGUUUGUCAUUAAACCUUCCUCAAUAAAAUGCUCUGAAGGACAAACUGCCAGGUUCGACCUGAAGGUUGUUGGCAGACCGAUGCCCGACACCUACUGGUUCCACAACGGGCAACAAGUGGUCAAUGACUACACCCACAAGAUAGUGAUUAAAGAGGAUGGUAUUCAAUCCCUGAUCAUUGUCCCGGCUCUGCCACAGGACUCUGGAGAAUGGACCGUUGUGGCUCAGAAUAGAGCCGGACGGACAUCUGUCUCUGUAACUCUUAAUGUAGAUGCUCGAGAAAGCCUGUCACGUCCUCAGUUUGUUGAAAAGCUGAAGAACAUUACUGUAAAACAGGGAACUCUGGUCGAACUGGCUGUCAAAGCCAUUGGAAACCCCCUACCCGAUAUUGUCUGGCUGAAAAACAGUGAUAUUAUCAGUCCACACAAGCACCCACAUAUCAAGAUUGAUGGCACAAAAGGAGAGGCCAAAUUCCAGAUUCCCUCAGCAGCUGGCUCAGACAGCGCCUGGUACACCGCUACAGCCAUCAACAAGGCCGGCAGAGACACCACCCGCUGCAGAGUCAAUGUGGAGGUGGACUUCACUGCUCCGCAAACUGAAAGGAAACUCAUUAUCCCCAAAGGAACCUACAAAGCUAAAGAGAUCGCAGCUCCUGAGCUGGAGCCUCUUCAUCUGCGAUAUGGUCAGGAGCAGUGGGAGGAGGGAGACCUCUAUGACAAAGAGAAGCAGCAGAAACCACAGUUCAAGAAAAAGCUGACCUCUGUCCGCAUGAAGCGCUUCGGUCCGGCUCAUUUUGAGUGCAGACUGACUCCUAUUGGCGAUCCCACCAUGGUGGUGGAGUGGCUGCAUGAUGGCAAACCUCUGGCCGCCGCCAACAGGCUGCGCAUGGUCAAUGAAUUUGGCUACUGCAGUCUGGACUAUGAAGUCGCUUACGCCAGAGACAGCGGUGUCAUCACCUGCAGAGCUACCAACAAGUACGGAGUCGACCAGACCUCGGCCACCCUGAUCGUCAAGGAUGAGAAGGGGCUUGUUGAGGAAACUCAGCUCCCUGAAGGCAGGAAGGGAACAUACAGGAUGGACGAGAUAGAGCGCAUCGCUCAUGAAGGUGGACCUGCAGGAGUCAGCGGUGAUGAGGAGUCUGAAAAAACAAAACCUGACAUUGUCCUUCUCCCAGAACCAGCCAGAGUGCUGGAAGGUGAUAUUGCGCGAUUCCGCUGCAGAGUGACCGGUUAUCCAGCACCGAAGGUCAACUGGUACCUGAACGGACAACUGAUCCGCAAAAGCAAGAGGUACAGACUUAGAUAUGAUGGCAUUUACUAUCUGGAGAUUGUUGACAUCAAGUCUUAUGAUGCAGGAGAGGUCAGGGUUGUUGCAGACAAUCCUCUUGGCACAACUGAGCACACAGUGAAGCUGGAGAUUCAACAGAAGGAAGACUUCAGGUCCGUCCUGCGUCGUGCUCCAGAAUCAAAGGCUGCAGAGGCUGCACAUGACCCUGGCAGAAUGGGAUUUGAUAUUGUAAAGGUUGACCGACCUGGCGAGACCUCACAGGACAGGGAGGUUGUUAAGCUACGUAAGACUCAGAGAAUUGUUCAUGAGAAAACCUCAGAGGAGUCAGAAGAACUGAAGAGCAAGUUCAAACGCAGAACAGAGGAGGGCUUCUAUGAGUCCAUCUCUGCUGUGGAAUUCAAAUCUCGCAAGAGAGAUGAUUCCUAUGAAGAUCUACUGAAGAAGACUAAGGAGGAGCUGCUUCAUCACUUGAAAGAGAAAGAAGAGGCUGAAAGGAAGAGGUUAGAGGAAGAGGGCAAACUCACCAUCCCCACCAUCAAACCGGAGAGAGUCCAGCUUUCCCCCAGCAUGGAAGCACCCAAGAUCCUGGAACGUAUCGCAAGCAAAACUGCGACUCCAAUGGAUGAGGUUAGGUUUAGAGUCAGAGUCGUUGGCAGACCAGACCCGGAGUGCCAAUGGUUCAAGAACGGUGUUCAGCUGGAGAAGUCCGACCGUAUUUACUGGUACUGGCCUGAAGACCAUGUAUGUGAACUGGUGAUCAGAGACGUCACCGCCGAGGACUCGGCUAGCAUCAUGGUUAAAGCCAUGAACGUUGCAGGGGAGGCUUCAAGUCACGCUUUCCUGCUGGUGCAAGCCAAGGCAGCCGUGAACUUUACCCAAAACCUGGAGGAUGCCAGUGCCAAUGAGAAGGACACCAUGGUGACCUUUGAAUGUGAAACCAAUGAACCUUUCAUCAAAGUCAAAUGGUUCAAGAACAACAUGGAGAUCUUCUCUGGAGACAAAUACAGGAUGCACUCCGACAGAAAGGUCCACUUCCUGUCUGUGCUGAUGAUUGAAAUGAAGGACGAUGCAGAAUAUUCCUGCGUGAUUGUAGAGGACGAGAACGUCAGGACGAGCGCGAGGCUCCAUGUAGAAGGUGCUGCUCUGGAGCUCAUUAAACACUUGGAGAACAUCGAGGUACCGGAGACCUACGCUGGAGAGUUUGAGGUUGAGUUGUCUCGUGAAGAUGCCGAGGGCAGCUGGUUCUUUGGAGACAAGGAGCUCUCUCCUAGCAACAAAUAUGUCAUGUCCUCCCGCCGAGGAAGACACUCCCUCUGCGUCAAGGAUGUGAGGAAGGAGGACCAGGGGAAAUAUACCUUCAUAUGUGGAGAUCUGAGGACCACUGCCUCACUGAAGAUGAAAUUGCGCCCGGUGACCCUGAUGCAGCCACUGACCGACCUCACUGUCUGUGAGGGCGACAUCGCUCAGAUGGAGGUCAGGUUCUCCCAGGAGAACGUUGAGGGAACCUGGAUGAAGAAUGGCCAGGCCAUCUCUGCUUCAGACCGCAUUCACAUUGUCAUCGACAAACUGGUUCACAAACUGCUGCUGGAGAACGUCAGCAGAGACGAUGCUGCCUCCUACUCCUUCGUGGUUCCUGCCCAGGACAUCUCCACCUCUGGGAAACUUAGUGUUCAGACUAUUGACAUCGUGGUUCCACUGAAGGAUGUAUCCUCCGUCGAGGGCACCAAGGCUGUCCUGGAAGCCAAGAUCUCCGCUCAGGACAUCAGCUCCAUCAAGUGGUACCACAACGACAAACUGAUAUCACCAAGUGACCGAAUCCAGACAGUGGCUAAAGGAGCAAAACAACGCCUGGUCUUCUCUAGGACCUUCGCCUCUGAUGAAGGACACUACAAGCUGGUGGUCGGCAAGGUCGACACCACCUGCAGUCUGACUGUUGAAAAGGUGCAUAUUGUGAAGCACAUGGAGGACAAAGUGUGCUCAGAGUCCCAGAACGUCACCUUUAACGUUGAAGUUUCUCACCCCGGAAUCGACCCAGUCUGGACGUUUAGGAACCAGCAGCUCAAACCUGGACCCAAAUACAAGAUGGAGUCCAAGGGAAAGACUCACUCUCUGACUGUCAUCGACGCCAUGAAGGAUGAAGAGGGCCAGUACAUGUUCCACGCUGGAGAAAAGACAUCCAGUGCUAAGCUUUCUGUCUCUGGUGGCGCCAUCACACGGCCACUGCAGGAUGUGACUGUGGCCGAGUCUCAGACCGCCGAGUUCGAGUGUGAAGUCGCCAAUGCCAACGCUGAGGGCAAGUGGCUGAAGGAGGGCCAGCCGGUGGACUUUAGUGAGAAUGUGGUGAGCGAAGUGAACGGUGCCAUCAGGCGCCUCGUCUUCGUCAUCACCAGACCUCAGGAUGUCGGAGAGUACACCUAUCAGGUGGCCAACUCCAAAACCACCGCCAACCUCCGGGUGGAGGCGGUGAAGAUCAAGAAGACGCUGAGGAACCAGACGGUGACAGAAACCCAGGAGGCGGUGUUCUCGCUGGAGCUCACCCAUCCCGACGUCAGAGGAUCCCAGUGGAUCAGAAACGGCGUGGAGCUGCAGAACAGUGACAAGUAUGAAAUUACUUCCGAUGGCGUGGUCCAGACGCUGAAGGUGAAGAACUGCAACACGCAGGACGAGACGGUUUAUUCCUUCAAGCUGGGAAAACUGUCGGCCAACGCCAGACUCAACGUGGAGACAAUCAAGAUUGUGAAGAAGAUAAAGGAUGUGACAUCACUGCUGGAUGGCACCGCCUCCUUCGAGAUGAGCCUAUCACAUGACAACAUCCCUGUCAGGUGGCUGUUUAAAGGCGCUGAGCUGAAGUCCAGCGACAAGUGCAAGAUUCUGUCGGAGCGGAAAGCCCACAAACUGAUCCUGCAGAACGUCGACAGCAGCAACGCAGGAGAGUACAGCGCCGUGGUGGGACACCUGCAGUGCAGCGCCGUGCUGACGGUGGAAGCUCUGAGAGUCACCAGACCUCUGAAGAGCGUGGAGGUUCCAGAGACUCAGGUGGCCACGCUGGAGUGUGAAGUGUCUCACUUCAACGUGCCUUCCACCUGGCUGAAGAACGGCGUGGAGAUCGAGAUGAGCGAGAAGUUCAGGAUCGUGGUUCAGGGAAAACUGCACCAGCUGAAGAUCAUGAACACCAGCAGGGACGACUCUGCAGAGUACACCUUCGUCUGCGGGAACGACCGAGUGUCUGCGACCGUGACCGUCAACCCCGUCCUCAUCACCUCCAUGCUGAAGGACCUGAACGCUCAGGAGAGAGACACCAUCACCUUCGAGGUCACCGUCAACUACGAAGGAAUCACCUACAAGUGGCUGAAGAACGGCGUGGAGGUCAAAUCUUCGGACCGCUGUCAGGUCCGCAGCCGGCAACUAACACACUCGCUCACCAUCCGAAACGUGCACUUUGGAGACGGAGGAGAGUACCAAUUCGUGGCCGGGUCCGCCGCCAGUGCCGCCAACCUGUUCGUCGAAGCUCGUUUGAUUGAAUUCACCAAGAAGAUCAAGGACAUAAAGAUCACUGAGAAGAAGAAGGCGAUCUUUGAGUGUGAGGUUUCUGAGCCCAACAUCCAGGUGAUGUGGAUGAAGGACGGCCAGGAGCUGGACAUGUCUGAAGAAAGAUACGUGGUGACAGCAGAGAAGUACAUCCACCGCCUGAUGAUCCAGACUGUUCGCAUGUCGGAUGCUGGAGAAUAUUCAGUGGUGGCCGGGUCCAGUGUCUCCAAGGCCCAGCUGAUCGUGGAGGGUCGAGACAUCCGGAUCUCUGAACCUGCCGAGCGGGAAAUCACGGUUCUAGAGAAACACAGAGCAACCUUUGAGUUUGAGGUGAAUGAGGAUGAUGUUGAAGGCCGCUGGAUGAGGAACGGAGUGGAGAUCCAGCUCUCAGUGGAGGAGAGGUUCAGCUACGUCACCAUCAGGAAGCUGCACCGGCUCACCAUCUCCGAGACCUACAGGAGCGACGCCGGCGAGUACACCUUCAUCGCCGGCAAGAACAGGAGCACCAUGAAGCUCCGAGUCAACAUCCCAGAGCCUCCUCAGAUCCUUCGCCACAUGGAGCCCCAGUCGGUGGAGGCGGGAAAACCGGCUCGGUUCUCAGUUCAGGUGAGCGGCGUUCCUCAGCCGCAGGUCUUCUGGUACAAGAACUCCCAGGCUCUGACUCCAGGCUUCAAGUGCAAGUUUCUGCACGAUGGCAAUGAGCACACACUGCUGCUGAUCGAGGUCUUCCCCGAAGACGCCGCCGUCUACAACUGCGAAGCCAAGAACGACUACGGCGCUGCCACGAGCACUGCGGCCCUCAACGUAGAAGUGUCCGAGGUGGUUUCUCCAGACUCAGCUGCUCCCGUUGCUCCUCCUGUCGUCAUCUCGCCCAUCGUCAGCACCGCGGCCCACGAGGGGGAACCGGCCCGAUUCCAGUGCAGAGUCCGUGGAGACGAUGUCAAGAUCAGCUGGUUCCACAAGGAGAAGGAGAUCAAGCAGUCGGACUUCUUCAGGAUGUCUCAGUUUGAUGACAGCUGCCAGCUGGAGAUCUCCAGGGUUUACCCCGAGGACGAGGGCGAGUACACCUGCAUGGCCACCAACAGCGCUGGGACGGCGUCCUGCUCGGCCACGCUCAGUCUGGACGGACAAAAGCAGAGCAUGGACCGUCUUGUCUCCACCAGCAUCACAUCUCUAAAGAAACCUGCUGCUGGUCAGAAGCCAGUGUUCCUCCAUCCCGUCACCAGCUGUACAGUGCGUCACGGAGAGGUGGCCCGUUUUCAUGCGUGUGUGUCCGGCUCGCCGAGGCCCGAGAUCCGCUGGUUCCACAACCGGCAGCCGGUUCAGCCCACCAAGAACGUGGUGUUUCAUUUUGAUGAGGUGACGAACACCGCCACGCUCAUCAUCGUGGACGCUUUCUCUGAGCACGCAGGGCAGUACACCUGCAAGGCGGUGAACGCCGCUGGAGACGCCGCCUGCUCAGCCACCCUCAUCGUAACCACAGAAGAAGAAGAAACUCAUGUGAGAGAGCAAAUCGAAGCCCGGAUUGAGCAGGAAGUCAAAGAGAGUUGUAGCACCACCAUCACCACUGUGGAGGAACAAGAGGAAACCUUCUACUCUGGGGUCCAGUUACCUCAGAAAACUAAAACACUUGAACUCAAGCCGGAGUCCAAACGUUAUUCUUCCUCGUUAGAGAAGAACAAAGAGAAGCCAGUUUUCCUGAGCCAGCUCUCCCCUGCAGCUGUAGUCAGCGGGGAAACCGCCCGGUUCUCCGUCAGAGUGUCCGGGCUUCCCAAGCCCACCGUUCAGUGGUCGCACAACGGGAAGCUGAUAAAGAGCUCCUCGGUCUACAGGCUGGUGGAGGAGAAGCAGGAGUUCACGCUGGUCAUCACUCAGGUCACCUCCGAGUACGAGGGCGAGUAUUCGUGCACGGCCACCAACAGGUUUGGCCAGACCACCUGCACUACGUACCUGGAGGUGAAGAAGCCUGAUGUGAGCCAGGCAGAGAAAUGGGUGGAGAAGAUGUUUAAGGUCUCUGGUCAGCCUCCGACCUUCACAGUUCAGAUCCGGCCUGUGAGGGUUUCAGAGGGAGGAGAGGUUUCCUUCCAUUACAAAGUCAGCGGGGAACCAGUCCCUGAUGUGAAGUGGUUUAAAGGAGCUUUCCAGAUCCAGGCCAGCAGAAACUGCAUCAUUACAGCCAGCCCAGACGGUUCUGGCUUCAUCAGCAUGAAGAGCGUCAAACAGGAGGACAGCGGCCUGUACUCCUGUAGAGCCUCCAACCAGUUUGGAGAAGCGACCUGCAGCGCCGAGCUCGUAGUGUUCAAACAGGAGCAGGUGGUUCAGAAGAAGGGCUAUAAGGUUUCAGUCACAGAGCAGGCUACAGAGUCCCGUUUGUACCAGGUCAGCCUGCCGGGUCAGGACCGGCCCGACCAGAUGGUCUAUACCAUUGGCACCGAGGACCGGCAGAUCAUCCCCAGUGAGCAGGUGGGCUCCCUGACUGAGGUGGACAUCUCUGCUGCCACGGUUCACCGGGAGCAGCUGCCCCAGCAGGCGGCGGUGCUGCAGACCCACGAGGUGGAGGAGAGGGUCUCUGUGGUUCCUACUCGUCCUCCUCAGGUCUCAGCCGUUCCUGCCAAGCAGCUCCAUGUGGCCGCCUUUACCUCCUCAGUGGAGGAGAGUCAGGACCUCACCGAACAGCACUGCGAUCGCAUUGACAGCCCGGAAGUCCUCGAGCUGCACGUGGCUCAAGAGAGAAGGUCGAAGGUGAUGUUGGCUGUCGCUGAAGAGCUCACCCCUCUUUGCACUGUUAGCACAGAACCGUUAGCCGACAGAAGGCCUGCUACCAUCAGACCCACCUCAGAACCUCAACAUCUGGUCAGUGGACACCAGAUGGAGUCACAGCUGCCCAUCCUGAAAGAGCAGUCACAGGAUAUUCCCAAAGCCCAGCAGGAAAAGGGCUACCAGGUGAAAGAGGGUAUUAAGAUCUUAUACUCAGCUCAGUCUGCAGAGAAACAGGUUCUGGCAGAAGGUCACACCACUGAACUAGCAACAGCAGAAUCCACUGUGAGCUCUGAGGUUAAGAAAGAGCAGCAUCGGCCUUUCAUGGCCUCGGUUAGCGAGUCCAAACACACUCUGUCCAAGGAGACAAAGUUCUCCAUGCAGAGGCCUGCUGAGGAGGCAGCUCUUCUCUGUCAGGAUAAGGUGAUGAAAGCAGCUUUGACUGCUGAGGAGAAGCAAACGCUGCAGGCCGAGUCCACGCAGCAGCUGCCCAGUCUGGACUGUGCCAUGUCCAUUCAGUCACAGCUGGAAGGAGAGCAGGUGUUGCAUCUGCAGGUGAUCACAGACCAGGACCUCCUUCCAUCUGAGAAGAGCUUCAUCUGUGAGAAACCAGCAGCAGAGCAGGCAGGAAGCAGGAAGAGUCCCACCCUGCUGCACACCGUUAGCCAGGAUGAGCAGAGGACUGUAGUCUGUGAGGACACGUCAGAGUUUGAGGCCAAGGCGAGCUCCUCGACCGUUCAGCCCCAGAAAGAGGCCGCCGCUCUGCUGCACCUCCAGUCCAUGCAGCUGGUGGAGGCGCUGCCCAAAGAGGGCAUCCUCAUCAUGGAGAAGCCUGACCAGCAGGUGGCAGUGCAGAAACAAGAGAAGGCAAGGAGCUAUGCAGCCAUCUCUGAUGAGAGAAGGGAGCUCACAGCAGAUUGUCACUCUGAGCUGGAUCUGUCGGUGACUGGAGUUCAGUCGCAGCUUCGAACAGAACACAGGCCUCAGAACAUCCUCCAGCUGUCCUACCAGCCCAUGCAGCUGCCAAAAGAGAUGCCGCUUACUGUUGACGUCAAGCAGCAGCGAGCUCUGGUGCAGAAAGAGGAUCGCUGGAACGUCAUGCAUGUCACCAGCGUGGCAGAUAGCCAGGCCUUAGAGGAAGGUCAUACAGAGAGUCUGACGGCUGUGGACAGGUUCACCUGUGGGAUGGCUGUGGAACCUAAAGUUCCUACUGAGCCCAUCCAGAUCGAGGAAAAGGAGAUCUCCACUGAGAGCAGCGUCCUCCUGGAGGCAGCAGAGCAGGACUUUGCUGUUCAGAUCCAGGAGGGUCAGUCGGUCAGACAGUCCAUCGUGAUGGACGAGAAGCAAGUGCUGACUGGUGAACUCUCUCAGGAGAUCUCCAAGUCUGAAUCCACCCAAGUGUCUGUCAGCACUCAGCCAAAGCUGUCCCUGAUGGCUCCAGAAUCCAAAGACAGCACGGCUCUUCCCAAAGAGAUGACAUUCGUGAUUCAGAUCCCAAAACCGUCCAGUCUGAACAUCCGACGUCAGCUCAGAGAUGCCCUCCAGUCGGCCGUGGCCAGCGACCAGCCGGUGUUACUGGCUGACGUCAUAGGAAGGUUACAGGCUGUAGAAGUGCAGGAGGUGAAGGUUCAGAAAGAACCCAAGCAGGCCAUGUUUACAUACCUGAUCACAACAACAGGGGCUCCUAUGGAGAUCACUCUGGCUUUUGAGGGUAAAUACCCUCAGACAGCUGACCUCAGGACUGAGCUCCAGGCAGCUUUCCACUCCAUCGUGUACCAGGAGGCCCAGGUUCUGUCCUCAGAGCAGCCGGGCACCAUGCAGCUGGACAAACCUCAGAGGGUUCAGGUCUCAUCGGCCCGCUCUAAGCAGGUGCUGUCCUCCAUGGUGGAGACAGUGAGCGUUUCAGAGAGCGCCGUAGACUUCAGUGCUGUUAAAUCUCAGGCUGCUGCACUAAAGACGGAGUCUAAAAUGGCAGUUGAAUGUGCUGCAGCAGAACAGCAGGUCAUGGUUCAGGAAUCCAAGGCAGCAAAGAUGGAACAGACCAUCUCAUCCCAGAUCACAGUUUCCACCGAAGCUCACGUGGCUUUUGAGCAGUCGGUGCAGGUAUCCAGGCAAGAAGUGAGGUCAGUGAAAAGCCGAGAAAAAGCUGUAGGAGCAGUAAUUGGUUCUGCUGCCCUGCCUCCCUCAACCACUCCCACUGAACAGAUCGUCAUCAUCCAGCAGGAGCACCAGGAGGAGAUCUUCAAAGAGGAGAUCACUGUGUCCAGGCCAGAACAGAGAGAGCACCCUGUAGUAGUCACCUCCCUUCAAAACUUAUCGAGAGAAGAAGGUAGUGAAGCCACCUUUAGCACAACCAUAAAGUAUGUCUCAAAGGUAAACUGGUUUUUCAAUGGCCAAUUGGUGAAACCUGGCAAAGAGUUCAAGUGUUCUACAGACCACGACACAUACACACUGGUUAUCCACAAAGUUGUCAAGGAGAGGCAUCAAGGAGAAUAUGUUUGUGAGGCUGAGAAUGAAGCUGGCAAGAUCACGACAUCUUCAAGACUGACUGUGGCCUCAAGAGUGCCACCUGUGUUCAGGCAGAAAAUCACGCCUCUGGAGAUAAACGUCGGCGGCCACGCCAAGUUCGAGUGUGAGAUUGAGGACGCUCCAGGCGUGACCUUCAAAUGGUACAAAUCCAGCAUGGAGAUCCGACAGAGUGAGAAGUAUCGGAUCAUCAGUCGCCACUCCGGUUCUUCUCUGGAGCUCCUGAAUCCGGUCAAAGCCGACAGCAGUGAAUACAGCUGCAAGGCUUCCAACCAGCACGGCACCGUCAGCUGCACCGCCUCGCUGGCCGUCACCGAGAUGUACCCGCCUGUGUUUGUUUCAAAACCAGACCCAAUGACUUUAUAUGUGGGCAAACAAGCUGUGUUCCAGUGUUCGCUUACUGGAUCCUCGCCCAUGGACGUUGUCUGGCACAAGGACAACAUAGCCAUCUCCUCUGAAGGGAACUAUGUCAUGAAAUGUGAAAAGAACAAGUAUUCCCUUCUCAUUAAAAGUCUUGAGCUGACCAAUCAGGGAGUGUACCUGUGCAAGGCCUCCAACAGUGUCGGCACUGCUACCUCUACCACAGAGCUCAGGGUUAUCAACAGGCCCAGCUUCGUUAAGAGCAUUGAACCGGCGUCAGCCGCUGUCAAUGACCCGCUGAGGCUGGAGUGCCAGGUGGACGAGGACACUGGUGUGACUGUCACCUGGACCAGGGAUGGCAAAAAAGUCCACCAGAGCAUGGAGUGUAAACUGUCUUUUGAGGACAAGGUUGCUGUUCUUGAGAUACCCAAGUCCAAACUGAAGGACUCUGGGAAAUAUGUGUGCACAGCCACAAAUGAGGCUGGGAGCUCCUCCUGUGAGGCUGUGGUAACGGUUCAAGAGCCGCCUACAUUUGUCAAGAAAAUGGAACCUAAGAUUACAUGGAAACAAGGUAUAGCUGCACGAUUACAGUGCUCUGUGAAAGGAUCACCUGAACUUCACAUCCACUGGUUCUGGAAUGAGAGAGAGCUUAGUGAUGGAGACAAAUACAAAAUCUCUUUCAAGAAUGGAGUUGCUGUUGUGGAGAUAAUGAACCUCGUGGUCACUGACAGCGGCAGCUACACCUGCGAGGUGUCAAACAAUGCCGGCAGCGAGAGCUGCAACACUCUCAUAGCUGUUAAAGAGCCGCCAUUCGUUAGAAAAGAGCUGCAGACGGUGGAGGCCGUGAAGGGAGCAGCAGCUCAGCUGGAGUGUGAGAUCACAGGAACAGCUCCUUUUGAAAUCAGCUGGUUAAAGAAUAAGAAAACCAUUACCAGUGAUCAGAAAUACACAAUAAUCUCCCAAGACUCGGUGUUGAGGCUGGAGAUCCAGACGUUUGAAAGUGCAGAUAUUGGAGAUUAUCAGUGUGUCAUUUCCAACGAUGUGGGAAAAGUCACAACCAAGGCCUCGGCGAGACUUAAAGAGCCACCAACUUUCUCAAAGAGGGUUGAAAGCGUUACUGCAGUUUUAGGAACCACAGUGAAGCUGCAGGGAACCAUUAAAGGCUCGGCUCCCAUCAAAGUUAAAUGGAUGAAAGACUCUGACAUCCUGAGAGAUGAUGAUCCAAACAUCAAGAUGCUGUUUGAGAGCGGUGUGGCUAGCUUGUCGAUAACUACAGUAGCCAUCAGCCACGGCGGCAAGUAUUCCUGCCAAGCAUUGAACGAGGCUGGCCAGCAGAAAUGUGAAGCCACCGUGACUGUACAAGAACCGGCCAGAAUCGUAGAACCUGCAGAGUCCAUUAGUGUGACUGCAGGAGAUUCGGCCACGCUGGAGUGCACAAUCUCUGGAAGCCCCGAGCUCAAAGUGAAGUGGUUUAAAGAUGGCAAGGAGAUGAUCAGUGGCCGUAAAUAUAAGAUGACUCUGAAGGAUAAUAUUGCCUCCAUGAAGAUCCUCACAGCAGAAAAGGGAGACACUUCAGAGUACAAGAUGGAAGUAGCAAACAAAGUUGGAAAAGACCAGUGCACGUGCUCAGUCACAGUCUUAGAUCGGAUAAUGCCUCCAACGUUCACCAAGUCCCUGAAAAGAGUUGAUGGGAAUGUUGGUAAUGAUGUCUCCAUGGAUUGCAAGGUGUCUGGGUCCCAACCUAUGACCAUAACAUGGUUCAAAGAUGAACAGGAGAUUGUUUCGGGAUCUAAAUUCCAGCCUGAAUUCAAAGACAGCUCUGCUAUGCUGAGAAUAGCUCGGCUGGAAAAGGCCGACUCUGGAGUUUACACAUGCAGAGCCAACAACUCAGCCGGCUUUAAGGAAACCAGCGGCACACUCUAUGUCAAAGAGCCCCCAGCGUUCACAGCGACACCAGAAAACCAGGAAGUUAUACCAGGAAACACCGUUUCCCUCAGAGCAGCCUUCACCGGGACGGCUCCUCUGGCUGUCAAAUGGUUCAGGGAGGAGAAAGAGAUUAUAACUGGAGGCUCUUAUUUCAUAAAGAAAGAUGCCUCUUCAAGCUCUUUGGAGCUCCAGUCUGUGAAACCCAGUGAUUCAGCUAAAUACACCUGCCAGGUGUCCAACGAUGCUGGGAAGGUGGACUGUACCGCUGUCCUCUUUGUGAAAGAGCCUCCUGUGUUUGUGAGGAAACUCGAGGCGACCAAACUCGUCACCAGCAGCGACUCCCUCAGGCUGGAGUGCAGAGUGACGGGCAGCCCCGUCAUCAGCUUCAGGUGGUUUAAGGAUGAGAUGGAGAUCAGCUCCGGGUCCAAAUACUCCAUAAGCUCCGUGGACUUGGUGGCAGCCCUGGAGAUAGUGCAGUGUGCAGUGGAGGACAGUGGAGAUUAUGUGUGUUUAGCUUCCAGUGAGGCUGGGAGUGAUCGAUGCAGCAGCACAGUCACAGUCAAAGAACCACCGUUGUUUGUACGUAGCUUGGAGCCCAAAGAUGUGGUGAAAGGUUCUGAGAUGAUGCUGGAGUGCCAGGUUUCUGGUUCUACUCCUUUCACUGUGUCGUUUUACAAAAACACUAAAGUAAUUAGAAACGACAAAAGACACAGGAUCACAGUGAAAGAGGAGCUGGUAGCCCUGCAGCUGCUGGCGGUGGAGGCCGGAGACAUGGGUUUGUACCAGUGUACUGUUGAAAACGAAGUGGGACGGUCCUCAUGUGACUGUCAGGUCACACUCAAAGAGCCGCCAUCAUUUGUGCGGAAGCUGGAGAACCUGAGUUCUCUGGUGGGCAGCCAAGUUUCUCUGCAAUGUGGUCUGAAGGGCUCUGAGCCCAUGACUGUGUCCUGGCUGAAGGACAACCACGAGCUCAGAGAGGCUGAAAACAUUCAGAUUACAUAUGAGAACCAGACUGCGGUGAUGCACAUCAGCAGCCUGCAGAGCAAACAUGGAGGCAAAUACUCGUGUCAGGCCCAGAACCAGGCCGGCAGCCAGACCUGCUCAGCUGUUCUGACAGUCAAAGAACCAGCUAAGGUCACAGAAGAGGCAAAGUCCAUCAGUGUGACUCAGGGGGAUCCAGCCACGUUGGAGGCCAGGUUCUCAGGCACCAAACCACUGAAGGCCAGAUGGCUGAAGGCCAGCAAGGAACUGCUGUCAGGCCAGAGAUAUAAAGUCCAGAGCACAGACAGCAGCUCUGUACUCAAGAUUAUUAAAACCGAGAAAGGUGAUGGUGGUGAAUACGUCUUUGAGGUUUCCAACGAUGUUGGCCAAAGUUCUUGCGAGGCCACACUCACUGUUCUUGAUCAAAUAAUUCCUCCGUCUUUCACAAGAAAACUGAAGCCGACCGAAGGUAUCAAAGGAUCCUUUGCUCAUCUGGAGUGCCUCGUGUCCGGCUCCCUGCCAAUAACAGUACAGUGGUACAAAGACGAGAGAGAGAUCCAGACUGAUGACAAACACAAAUGCACCUUCUUUGAGAAUGUUGCUUUUCUGGAAAUCUCUGACCUUGACACUAAAAAUAGCGGCAGCUACACCUGCAUUGCUAAAAACAAAGCAGGAGCAAUCCAGUGCUCUGGGAUCUUGUUUGUUAAAGAAGCACCAUGUAUUCUUGAAAAGCCUGAAUCCAUGAAUGUGUUGCCUGGAUCUAAGGUCCAGUUUAAUGUUCUGGUUUCUGGUACGCCGCCUCUGACCAUCAAAUGGUUUAAAAACAAGAAGGAGGUUCUAUCCAGCGCCGACUGCUCUGUGGUUAAAGACAACACUUCCAGCUCUCUGGAGCUCUUCUUUGCCAAAACCUCCGACUCUGGAGACUAUGUCUGUGAAAUACAGAAUGACGUGGGCUCCACCUCAUGCCAGGCAGCACUCUUUGUCAAAGUGCCUCCAAAGUUCACUCGGACUCCGGCCCGAGUGUCCGUGGUGCGUCCUGGUCAAAAUAAAGUGUUUGAGUGUCAGGUGACCGGCACACCCGAGAUAGACAUCUACUGGUUCAGGGAAGGCUCUGAGAUCAGCCCCAGCGACCGACACCGGAUGGCCUUUGAUAACUCAGUGGCCACUCUGGAAGUCUGUGGGGCUGAAAUCAAAGACAGCGGACUUUACUACUGCGAGGCUCGUAACGAGGCCGGCAGUGAGAGCUGCAGCAUGGAGCUCAAAGUCAAAGAACCACCAUCAUUUAUUAAAGAACUGGCUCCAGCUGAUGUUGUGAAGGGAACUGGUGCUGCCUUUGAGUGUCAGGUUGCUGGGACAGGUCCGUUUGAGAUCACAUGGCACAAAGAUGCAAAGGAGAUCAAACCCAGUGCUAAACAUGGCUUCAGCCAGGUGAACGGCACCGUGGGUCUCCAGGUCCACAGGUGUGAUGGCGUAGAUGUGGGAGAAUAUCAGUGUACUGUUGCUAACGAGGUGGGAAACUGUUCCUGUAAGACCUCGCUCAGGCUCAAAGAACCACCAACAUUUACCAGGAGAAUCGAGAACACUGCCUCCAUUCUGGGCAAACUAGCAGAGUUUCAGUGUCUAGUUCAGGGCUCUCCCACGCUCUCUGUUCAAUGGCAGAAAGAUGAGAGCUGGAUUCUGGAGGACCCAAAGAUUGAGAGAACGUUUGAGAACAAUGUGGCCACUCUCAGGAUUCCUGCCUGUGAGGCGACACACGGUGGAAAAUACACCUGUCACGUGGUGAAUGAGGCGGGACAGGAUAAGUGCUUUGCCACCCUCACAGUGCAAGAGCCUCCCCAGAUCACUGAGAAACCUGAGCUGUUAAAGGUGUCGGUCGGAGAUCCGCUCAGUCUGGACUGUAAGGUAACAGGCUCACCUGAACUCAGAGUCAAGUGGAUGAAAGAUGGAAGAGAGCUUCAGUCCAUCAGGCAGCACAAGCUGAUCUUUGAGAAGAACACCAGCAGCCUGAAGAUCCAGGCUGCACAGAGAGAGGAUGAAGGAGAGUAUGUCUUCGAGGUGGCAAACCACAUCAGCAGCUGCACCUGCAGAGUGAAAGUGAUCAUGUUAGAACAAGUGAUUCCUCCGAGCUUCAUCAAACCUCUGGUAGACAUGCAGGAGAUUCUGGGCUCCUUUGUACAGAUCUGCUGUAAAAUAUCUGGUUCUCUGCCCAUCUCUGUGGAAUGGCAGAAAGAUGGAGCUAAAAUCUCCAGUGGUGUGAAACACAAACUCAUUCAGCAGGACAACUCAGUGUCCGUUGAAAUUGAACAGCUGGAAAGAUCCGACUCAGGAUCCUACAGAUGCAAACUGACCAACGCAGCAGGAAGCUGUGAAUGCAGCGGAUCUCUCAUGGUCAAAGAACCUCCCAGCUUUGUGCUGCUGCCUGAGUCCCAGGCGGCUCUGCCCAACGCCACCGUCCGAUUCAAAGCCACGUUUAUGGGAACUCCUCCCUUCACGGUCAAAUGGUUCAAGGACGACACGGAGCUCAUGACUGGGCCGACGUGUUUCACAGGACUGGAUGGGAUGUCCUGCUUCUUAGAGCUCUACUCAGUGGCCGUCACUCAGAGUGGAGUUUAUUCUAGUCAAGUCAGCAACGACGCUGGCUCUGCACGCUGUAGUGUAGACCUGACUGUCAAAGAACCACCUGAAUUUGUGCUGAAACUCCCUGCCGUUAAGUUUGUGAAGCAGGGUGAGUCACUCCGUCUGGAGUGCAAAGUCAGUGGCACUGCCCCCCUGAAAAUGACCUGGUACAAACACGACACCAAGGUCACCGAUGGGGACAACUGCAGGACUUCAUUUGCUGACUCGGUAGCAGUCCUGGAACUGCACUCUGCCAGCUUUGAUGAUGAUGGAGUUUACACCUGUGAGGCUCAGAAUGAUGCUGGCAGUAUCAGCUGCAGCACCACACUGACCGUUAAAGAACCCCCAUCUUUUGUCAAAGUCCCUCAGCCUGUUGAAGGGCUGAAGGGUAAAGACGUGAGUCUGUACUGCGAGAUGAGCGGUACAGCUCCGUUCCAGAUCACCUGGUUCAAAGACAAAAAGCCUCUGAUGGAGAGCAGGAAGUAUAAGAUGGUGAGCGAGGGCAGCUCGGCCACGCUGCAUGUCAUUGGAAUAGAGGCUUCGGAUGCCGGCGAAUAUGAGUGCAAAGUGUCAAACAGUGUAGGAAGUGACACCUGCCAGACACCAGUUAAACUCAGAGAGCCGCCGUCGUUUGUGAAGAAACUGUCAAACAUGACAGUGAUUCUGGGAGAGGAGGUGACCCUUGUGGCCACCGUUAAAGGCUCUGAACCCAUUACUGUGUCCUGGGUUCAAGACAAGGAUCACAUUCUCAGGGACGGUGACAACAGGAAAAUCACCUUUGAGAACAACAAGCUUGCACUUAAAGUGUUUAAGGCCGAUGCAACCACGGCAGGCAGAUACACCUGCCAACUCAGAAAUGAUGCUGGGAGUGUGGAGUGUUUCGCUAACUUGACUGUUCUAGAACCUGCUAAGAUCGUGGACAAACCCGACGCGUUGAGCGUCACAGCGGGCGACAUCGCCGCCCUGGAGGUGAAAGUGUGUGGAACCCCGGAGCUCAUACCCAAGUGGUUUAAAGACGGUGUAGAGCUGGCCUCUGGGAGGAAGUACAAGAUCUCCUUCUCUAGGAUGAUCUCCAGCCUGAACGUGCUCUCUGCUGAGAAAGUGGACUCUGGGGAGUACACGUUUGAGGUCAUGAACGAAGUCGGGAAGGAUCUGAGUAAAAUUAAUCUCACUGUCUUAGACAAGACCAUCCCACCAACAUUCUCCAGGAAGCUAAAGGAGAGCCAAAUGGUCAUUGGACAGGCUGGAGAGAUGGAGUGUAAAGUGUCGGGUUCCCCUCCUUUCACUAUCUCAUGGUACCACGAUGGGGAGGAGAUCCAAAGCGGACCCAACUACGAGGUUUCCUUCAGCGAUAACAGCUGCCUGCUCAGGGUUCCCACGCUGAAGCUCUCCGACUCCGGAACCUACAGAUGUAAAGCUGUCAACAAGGCGGGGUCCAGCGAAACAUCAGCCGCCCUCAUCGUCAAAGAGCCUCCAUCCUUCGGUCCCCCCCAGCCGAUGGAGGCCAUGCCCGGCUCCACCGUCACCUUCUCCUCCAUGGUGAAGGGCAGUGCUCCUCUCAGGCUGAAGUGGUUCAGAGGGACGAAGGAGAUGGUCUCAGGACGAGGCUGUGACUUCUCCCUGAAGGACAACCAGGUGGUUCUGGAGCUCCACAACGUGGACCGCUCUCAGGCCGGAGAAUACACCUGCCAGAUCAUCAACGACGCUGGCAAGGAGAGCUGCCCGGUGAACCUCACCGUCAAAGAGCCGGCGGCCUUCACCAAGAAGCUGAAGGAUGUGUCGGUGGAGAAAGGCAAACCUCUGACGCUGGAGUGUUCCUACACGGGAACUCCAAAGAUCACGGUGAGCUGGUUCAGAGAUGGCCAGCAGAUCUUCGCCUCCUACAGAUACAACAUCACCACCACGGAGAGCUCCUGCAUCCUGGAGUGUCUCAGCACCGACGACAAGGAGGCUGCCGGGAAGUACCGCUGCCAGGUGUCCAACGGUGCCGGAGAGGACAGCUGUGAGGCCGCUGUGUCCAUCCUGGAGCCUCCAUACUUCCUGGAGUCUCUGGAGCCCAUGGAGGUAACGGCUGGAGACGCUGUGUGUCUCAAGUGUCAGGUGGCCGGAACACCUGAGAUCAAGGUGUCCUGGUUCAAGGCCGAUGGAAAGGUCCGGUCCAGCCCCACCUGUAAGCUGGAGUACUCCAAGGGCGUGGCCUGUCUGAAGCUCAGCAAGGCCUCCAAGGCCGACGUGGGGGAGUACACCUGUAAGGCAGAGAACCGGAUAGGCUCCGCCUCCUCCACCUGCAGACUCAACGUGCUCGAGGCCAAAACGCCACCGUCCUUCCCCAAGAAGAUCACCAGCCUGCAGCAGACCGAGGGCCAGACGGUGCGCUUCGAGUGCCGUGUCGCGGGUUCGUCGCCCGUGGAGGUUUCGUGGCUGAAAGAUGGAGAGCCGCUGCACCCAGGAGGAGAUUUCUGCAUGUCGUACGAUGACAACACGGCGGUGCUGCAGAUCCAACAGGGAGAGAUGAGGCACUCCGGAGAGUACACAUGCGUGGCCACCAACAGCGUAGGCUCCGCCUCCUGCAGGGCCAAGCUCACUUUACAAGAGCCCAGGUUCGCUCCGGUGUUUGACAGGAAGUUAUCACCACAGGAAGUGACGGUGGGCGACAGCGUUGAGCUGGAGUGCCACAUGACUGGCUCAGCCCCCAUUAAAGUCACAUGGUCCAAGGACCACAAAGACAUUCGCUCAGGGGGGAACUAUAAGAUAAGCUGUGAGGAAAACACGGCCCACCUGACCAUCGUGAAGGCCGAUAAAGCCGACACAGGGCGGUACUUCUGCCAUGCCUCUAAUGACAUGGGGAAGGACUCUUGUUCCUCCGAUAUCACUGUCAAAGAGCGUAAAAACCCUCCAGUUUUCACCAAAAAGCCCUCAGAGCAUGUUGAGGAUACCGAGGGCAAACUGGUGAAGAUCGAAGGCCGAGUCUCCGGCUCACAGCCGAUCUCAGUCAGCUGGUUCAAAGAUCAAAAGGAGAUCCACAGCUCCGACAAAUACGACAUCAGCUUUAAGAGUAACGUGGCUGUGCUGUGCAUUAAGAGCAGCCAGGUGACCGAUAGCGGCAGGUACUCCUGCCAUGCCUCCAACGAAGCUGGACGAGCUUCCUGCGACGUCAUUGUGGGCAUCUCAGAGGCCAAGAAACCUCCGGUCUUCGAUGUGCCGCUCAAACCGGUGACGGUGGAUGAAGGCGAGAAGCUGGUUCUUCGGUGUCAUGUCUGUGGCUCGGCGCCGCUGAAGGUUCAGUGGAUGAAGGACAGAAAGGACCUGACCCCGUCUAGCAGCACCAGGAUCAGCUUCUCUGAUGGGACGGCCUGUCUGGAGAUCAGCGUUGCCGCCAGACAUGAUGCUGGAGACUACCUCUGCAAGGCCUCCAACGACGCCGGCAGCGAGUUCUGCAAAGCCAAAGUCACCGUCAAAGAGAAACCAGGAGCUCCGCCUCCUGCUGAAGCUACAACAGCAGCUCCCACCAAAAAACUGGACAAUCUGUUCUUCAUCGAGGAGCCCAAGACUACAAACGUCACAGAGAAGGGAAUCGCCACCUUCAUCGCCAAAGUGGGUGGCGACCCAAUCCCCAGCGUAAAGUGGAUGAAGGGCAAGUGGAGGCAGAUCACCCAUGGCGGCCGGAUCUCCAUCGAGCAGAAAGGCCAAGACGCCAAACUGGAGAUCAGAGAGGUGACCAAGUCGGACUCGGGUCAGUACCGGUGCGUCGCCUCCAACAAGCACGGCGAGAUCGAGUGCAGCGCAGACAUGCACGUGGACGAAAAGAAAGAGGUGGCGCAGCUGGAGGGAGACCUCCGGGCCAAACUGAAGAAGACACCAUCGAAGCAGAAGAGUCCUCAGGAGGAGAAGGACAUUGACAUCGUUGAGCUGCUGAGAAACGUGGACCCCAAAGAGUAUGAGAAAUAUGCCCGAAUGUACGGCAUCACCGACUACCGAGGCCUGCUUCAGGCCAUUGAGCAGCUCAAGAAGGAGAAGGCUGAAGAAAGUGGAAGACCGGUGGUGGAACAUGGAGACAGAGAGUCGGAUGAGGACAUGGCCCGACUGGUGGCCGACCUACAGAAGAGGAUGGAGCGCACAGAGCCGGUCACUGUGCUGAGGGACAUCUCCAACCAGGCUGUCUUCACCAACAAGGACGCCGAGUUCGAGUGUGAGGUGAAGAUCAACUACCCAGAGAUCACGUUGUCCUGGUACAAGGGAACCCAGAAACUGGACACCAGCGACAAGUACGACAUCAGCAUCAGCGGCGACCGCCACCUGCUCCGCAUCAAGAAAUGCCAGAUGUCUGACCAGGGCAACUACCGGGUAGUCUGUGGGCCGCACAUCUCCAGCGCUAAGCUCACCAUCAUGGAGGCGGAAAUUGAGAAGCAUCUGCAGGACACAUCGGGUAAGGAAGGCCAGUCCUGCUCUCUUUCUUGUCAGUUGUCCAUCCCUAACGUAGAGGCUCAGUGGUUUAAAAACGGCCAGCAGUUAGAGCUGAAGGGCAGGUACACGUCCAAGGUCAAACACAAGGUUCAGAAGCUUGUGAUCACAGACCUGAAGCCUGAAGACCAAGGCAGAUACAGCUGCAGGUACCAGCACCUGGAGUCGUCGGCCGACCUCUGGGUGGAAGCUGAACAAAUUCAUUUCACCAAACGCAUCCACAACAUUGAAGUCAACGAGCGCCAGUCAGCCACGUUUGAGUGUGAGGUUUCCUUCGACAACGCUAUCGUUUCGUGGUACAAAGACACCUGGGAACUGAAAGAGAGCCCUAAGUACAACUUCAGAAGCGAGGGACGAAGACAUUUCAUGGUUAUCCGAAACGUGUCCAUAGAAGACGAAGGCGUGUACUCAGUGAUUGUGAGGUUGGAGCCCAGAGGAGAGGCUAAGAGCACAGCUGAGCUUUAUUUGUCUGGCAAAGAAAUUGAAUUAGCAAUGGUGCCCAUCGAUAUCCCAGACUCCUCAGUUCAGAGGCCUGAGGUUCCUUCAUCAGUUUCACUUCAAGAAUCUGCUGAAUUCUAUCAUUUUGAAGAAACGACUGAACAUCGAGCCCAGUAUUCCUAUCAGUAUGAAGAGGAGGUGGAACAAAGAGCUGCCAGAGUUGCUGUUGAGGAGAAAGUGGAGACCAAGAAAGUUGAAAUGAGACAAGAGAUGCCGACUAAAGUUCCCAAAGCUGAGAAAAAGCCUGAAGAGAAGCCGGCAGCAGUGAAGGAACCGUCCCCACCCAAAGCUCCAGAGGUCAAGAAGCCAGUGGAGGAGAAAGUUGCUGUAGUUUUGGUGCCGGAGAAGAAGGAAGCUCCUGCUCCUAAAGAACCAGAAGAGGUUAAGAAGCCAGCUGUCGCUCCGUCGCUGCCUGCUGAGAAACCCAGUGUGCCAAAGAAAGAUGAGCCUCAGGUUCCAGCAGAGCCCAAAAAAGUAGUGCCUGCAGUUGAGCCUGAACCAAAGCCUAAACCAGCAGCAGCUCCCAAAGCAAAGCCUGAAGCUGAGCCUGAAGUUAAACCUGCAGCUAAACCUGAAGCUAAACCUGCAGCCAAGGCUGAGCCGGAGCCUGAAGCUAAGACGGUGCCGGUCAAGAAGCCGGCCACGCCGCCAUCCAAAGUACCAGAAGCACCGACAAAGAAGGAGGUGGCUGCACCUCCAGCACCUCCUGCACCUCCACCUUCAGCACCACAAAAGCUGGAAAAGAAAGAAGAAGCAGCCCAGAAGAAGCCUGAGGCAGCUAAAGCUUUGAAGCCCAAACCUAAAACUGAAGAGGUGUUUGAUGAGGUAGAACCUGAGAGGCUGCCUGAUAAAACACCUGAAAGACGACCUCCAGGGAAACCUGAUGUGAAAGAAAAGACCCAUGACAGGGUCCCAGAAAAAGUACCUGAGGAAAAGGAGAAGGCUCCUCCCGAAAGGAAGCCUGUAAAAGUUCCUCCGAAGGUGGCUGAAGAAGAGAGGAUUCCUGAGAAGAAGCCACCUGAGGAGAUUCCUGUGAAGGCUGAGGAAGUAAAGCCUGACAGGCUGUCAAAGAAACAACCUGAGAGGAUCUCUGUAGAUAAAACACCUGAGAAGGUGCCUGAAGCCAAACCUAAACCGGAGGCUGAAGAAGCUCUUCCUACAGAGAGCAAACUACAGGUUCCUGCAAAAGUUCAAGAAGCUGCCAAAAAGCCUGAAGUCAGUGAGAAGCUGGAGAAGAGACUUACUCCACAAGAAGAAACAAAGCCAGUUACCAAGCCCAUCAAGAAGGCUGAAGAACCAACCAAGAUGGUUGCAGCAGCAGAAGAACCAGUUGUAGAGACAGAUGAAACCAAGGGACCCGUCCAAGCACCAGGAGGAGUCAAGAAAGGUAGGAGCACCGAUUCCCUCUUCUUUUACCUCUGUAAAGUUCAGUUGGAAGAGGACAGCGCAUUUGAAAUCCCCACCUUAAAAACAACCAGAGUCAUGAGGGAAGUGGAAGAGGAGCAGCAGACCAUCAAGCUGAAGAAGAUCCCAUCAGUUCCACCUAAAGAGUCCGAACAAGAGCAGAAACCUCAGAAGGUCACCACCACCACAGUUUUUGCUGUGGAGGAGAUGGUGGAAAGAGAGGCUGUUGAGUUUUCAGUGGCCACCAGGAGAUCUGUGGAGGAGAGGAAGCCUCGAGACAAAGCAGACACGAUGAAAAAGCCAGAGGUUAUUAAACCUAAAGAAGAGGAACAAAAAGUGCCUCCUAAAGAUGCAUGGACUCGCCAGAAGCCCAUCCCAAAAGACGAGGAACCGGAAGACAAGAUUUCUCUAAAGAAAACUCCCAAAGCACCGAAAGAGGAGGAACCUGCUCCACCAAGUGCAACCCCGAAGAAGGUGAAAAAACUGCCAAAAGAUGAAGAGGAACCAGAAGUCAUCAAAUUAAAACCAUUUGAGAAGCCUAAACCAGCAGAGGAGCCUGAGAAAGACAAGAAGGAGAAGCCAGAAAGGGACACUGUGCCUUUCCAGAAGGGAGAGAGGACUCCCAGAGAGGUGGAGACCAAAGAACCUCCAAAGAAACCUGAGAUAACACCUCCAGAGGUAAAGGAGCCACCGGCCAAGGUGCCAAAGCCAGUAGAUAAAAAGAAAACCCCAGAGAAGGAGCCCGAGGAGGUCAAAGCACCAAGCAAGGUGAAAAUUGCAACAGUGGAACAAGAGAUAGAAAGUGUCAAGCUGAAGCCCUUCUCAAGACCUUCCAAAGAAGUUGCAGAACCUGAGAAGAAGCCAGCAGAGGAGAAAGAGAAGAAGCCAGUCAAUGAUCUACAGCGUCGUCCUCGCAUAAGUCCAGAUGAAAAAACUAAAGAGCGAGAGCCAGAAACAAGGCUGAAGAAACCUGAGAUCCCAGAAGCUCCUGAGAUGAAGCAAGAGAAGCCCAAGGAGGUAGAAGCAGUUCCAGUGGAGAAGACAGCAUCUCCAGCACCAGCCACUGUUAAGAAACCAGAGAAGGUUCCUGAGGAAUCCAAACCUCUGCAGCAAAAAGGAGUUAUUCCAAAGGCAGUAGAGGAGAAAGAAGAGGUGGCUCUGAAGCCUGUGGAGCAGCUCAAGAAGGUCGAGCUCAAAAAGACUCCAUCUCCUAAAACUGAGAAGCUUAAAGAAGCUGAAUUAGUCCCUGCGGACAGGAGGCCAAGUAUUGAUAAACUCAGAAAGGUUCCUAAAGCUGUUUCACCCAAAGACUCUACUGAAGCCGUGACUCUCAAGAAGAUCCCAAAGAAGCCAGAAGAGAAGGCCGCAGAACCAGCAAAGCCAGAGAAAGGGAAGGUUCCCCUGGUGAAGGAGGUCUCUCCUGGAGCCGUGCAGAUGAAGAAGAUCGCCACUCAGCCAGAGGAGGAGGUGUUUGAAGAGGAGUUUGAAGUGGAGGAAGAAGCCGAGCAGGAGGAAGAGGAGGCCUGGGGUUGGGAGCUGGUUCCUCGGGAGAGUUAUGGCUCAGAGGAUUGGGAAGGUGAAGGAGAAGAAGGAGCUCUGGAGGUUCCAGGGGUGUCCAGGAGAGAGGGACAACCAGCAGAGGAAGCAGGAAGAGGCAGAGGUAGAGGACUGAAACCCAAGCAGACGCCAUCCCCUGGAGAAGGCAGGGGCCGUGGACUGAAGCCUGGUGGAAAGGGCCCACCACCACCAGAGGAGCCCUUCGGAGGAUUCAAGCUCAAAGCUGUUCCUCUGAAGUUCAUCAAGAAGCUCCAGGACAUUGUGUUGCAGGAGGCCGAGUCCAUCGGCUCGGCUGCCGUGUUCGAGUGCGAGGUGUCGCCCUCCACCGCCAUCACUUCCUGGAUGAAAGAUGGCAGCAAUUUGCGUGAAAGCCCCAAACACAAGUUCACCUCAGAUGGAAAAGACCGCAAGUUGAACAUUAUUGAUGUCCAGCUGUCCGACACCGGUGAAUACACCUGUGUGGCCAAGAACGCUGGAAAGGAGAUAUCGUGCACGGCCAAGCUCAUCGUUGAAGAGCUUCCUGUGAAAUGGAUCAAGGAGCUGGAGGAGGAGACGUCUGCUCUGAAGGGUCAGCCUAUCUACAUGACCUGUGAGCUCAACAAAGAGAGAGAUGUGAUCUGGAAGAAGAAUGGUGCCGUCCUGAAGAAGAAGGAGGGCAAAGUUCAGAUCAACGUCAUCGGCAUGCAGCAUGCUGUGACCAUCCAGAACUCCGCCGACGAGGACGCCGGUGCCUACACCUGCGAGGUGGACGGACAGGAGGACGUGAAGACAACCACCAACGUUAAAGUGAUCGAAAUCAUCAAAGACUGGAUCGUGAAGCCUCUGAGGGACCAGCAUGUAAAGCCGAAGCAAACCGCCACUUUCAAGUGUGAGCUGUUCAAAGACACUCCCAACUGGAAGUGGCUCAAAGGAGAGAAUGAGCUCACGCCCUCGGACAAGGUGGAGAUCAAAAAGGAUGGAAAGGAGCUGACGCUGACCAUCAAGAACUGUCAGCCCGAUGACAUAGCAGAAUAUGCCAUGGAGGUGGAAGGACGCAUUUAUACGGCCAAGCUGACACUAGGAGAGCGUGAGGCCGAGAUCCUGAAGCCUCUGGCCAGUGUGGAGGUGGUGGAGAAGGAGGAGGCCACGUUUGAGACGGAGAUCUCUGAGGAUGAUGUUCCAGGAGAAUGGAAGCUCAGAGGAGAAGUUCUGACCAGAUCACCGACAUGCGACAUUCAGAUGGAGGGUAGAGUUCGUAGGCUCAUCCUGAAGAACUGCCAGGUGGACCAGGCCGGAGAGGUUUCCUACCAGGCCCUGAACGCCGUCACCAGCGCCAUGCUCAACGUCAAAGAAAUCGAAAUGGACUUUGUGGUCCCGCUGAAGGACGUUUCUGUGCCAGAAAAGAAACAGGCUAAGUUUGAGUGCUCCAUCACCAAGGAUGUCUCUAAGGUCAUGUGGUACAGAGGGGCUGACAUCAUCACCCCUGACCAAAAGUAUGACAUCAUCGAUGAUGGAAAGAAGCACAUGUUGAUCAUAAACUGCUGUGAGUUUGAUGACGAGGACGAAUACACGAUUGAGGUUCUGGGGAAAUCUUCGUCUGCCAGACUUACGGUGGAGGGCGUCAGGCUCAAAUUUAUCUCACCAAUCAAGGACCAAACGGUAAAGGAGGGUAAAACGGCUCGAUUUGAGCUCGAGCUCUCUCAUGAAAACAUCCCCGUCAGCUGGUACAAGAACGACAUUAAAAUCCACCCGAGCAGAAACGUGCUCACUCACAUGGAUGGAAAGAAACACGUGCUUGAAAUAAGAGACGUGACUCUAGACGAUACCUGCCAGAUUAAAGCCGAGGCCAAAGGGAUUCCUACCAUGGCCAACCUGACGGUUAUAGAGGGCGAUGCCUACUUCACAGUGAAGCUGCAGGAUUACACUGCAGUGGAGAAAGACCAGGUGGUUCUCGACUGUGAGCUCAGCAAAGAUGUUGACGUCAUGUGGUACCAUAAUGAAGCUGAGAUUAAAGCCUCUAAGAUGGUUUCCAUUAAAGCUGAAGGCAAACGCAGAACUCUCGUUAUCAAGAGAGUCGGAGAAAAAGACAAAGGACAGUACGUAUGUGACUGUGGGACAGACAAAACAACAGCAACGCUUCACAUCGAAGCUCGGCACAUCAAGGUGGUCCGGCCGAUGUACGGCGUCGAGGUGUUUGACGGAGAAACUGCUCGAUUUGAGGUUGAGCUCAGUGAGGAUGACGUCCACGGCCAGUGGAAACUGAACGGAGAAAUCCUCAGUCCGUCUGCCGAUGUUGAGAUUGUGGAGGACGGAGCCAAACACACUCUGGUGUUGUACAACUGCAGAGUUCCUCAGACGGGCGAGGUGGCGUUCAGCGCUGCCAAUGCCAAGUGUUCUGCCAACCUGAAAGUGAAGGAGCUGCCAGUUUCAUUCAUUACUCCGCUGGCUGACCUUCAUGUGUACGAAAAGGAUGAGGCAAAGUUUGAACUGGAAGUUUCUAGAGAACCCAGAAGCUUCCGCUGGUUGAAAGGAUCUCAGGAAUUAUCUAAUGAUGACAAGUAUGAACUCCUGGUGGAGGGAAAGAGACACACUCUGAUUGUAAAGUCAGCCAGAUAUGAAGACGAAGCCAAAUACAUGUUUGAGGCUGAAGAUAAGAGAACGUCUGGAAAGUUGGUUAUCAAAGGUAUUCGCCUCGAAUUUAUCAGGCCAAUUAAAGAUGUGACUGUCAAGGAGCGUGAAACUGCAGAGUUCUGCAUCGAACUCUCUCAUGAAAAGAUCCCGGUGGUCUGGUACAAAAACGAUGUGCGUCUGCAUCCCAGUAAAGUGGUCCACAUGUCGGAGGAAGGGAAGGUUCAUACAUUGGCCUUCAAGGAGGUUACGCUGGACGACACCUCCAUGAUCAGAGUGGAGGCUUUGGGAAAGACAUCGGAGGCGAUGCUCACUGUCCUCGAAGGUGACCUCUACUUCACAGUCAGGCUGCAGAACUACACUGCCGUGGAGAAGGACCAAGUCAUUUUGUCCUGCGAACUGAGCAAAGCUGCCGGCGAGGUCCGCUGGUUCAAAGACGGAAACGAAAUCUUUCUGUCCAAGAACGUCCUCGUCCAGUCUGAUGGAAAGAAGCGCUCAUUGGUGAUAAGGAAGGCCACCAAGGCCAACAUGGGCUCGUACACUUGCGACUGUGGCACCGACAAAACCACAGCCGACCUGAACAUCGAAGAACGCGACAUCAAGGUUGUCCGGCCGCUGUAUAGCGUGGAGGUCACCGAGACCGAGGUGGCCAAGUUUGAGACGGAGAUUUCUGAGCAGGAUCUUCAUGCUGUCUGGAAACUGAAGGGAGAGACGCUACACCCAUCUGCUGACGUGGAGGUCAAAGAGGAAGGAAGCCGACACAUGUUGAUCCUCUUCAACUGCCGGAUGGACAUGGCCGGAACCAUCGACUUCUCGGCAGCGAAUGCCAAAUCUUCAGCUCAGCUCAGGGUGAAAGCCCGUGUGAUUGGCCUGGCGAGACCCCUGCAGGACAUCGCCGUGACCGCUGGAGAGACCGCCACCUUCGAGUGCGAGCUGUCCUACGAAGACAUCGCCGUCGACUGGUUCCUGGGGGGUACAAAGCUGGAACCCAGCGACAGAGUGGUGCUAAAGGCGGAGGGUAAAGUCCACAGUCUGACUCUGCGUAACGUUCAGCUGAAUGAAGCCGGACAGGUCAAACUGGCUGCCAAAGACUUCCAGGCGGAGGCCAACCUGCUGGUCAGAGAGCCGGCGGUGGAGUUCACCAAGCCUCUGGAGGACCAGACGGUGGAGGAGGAAGCCACGGCCACGCUGGAGUGUGAAGUCUCCAGAGAGAACGCUGAGGUUCACUGGUUCAGGGACGACCAGGAGAUCAGGAAGACCAAGAAGUACGAGAUGAUCGUCGACGGCCGCAAGAGAACGCUGCUCAUCCACGACUGCGUUCUGGACGACGCCAGAACGUACACCUGUGAUGCAAAGGAGUUCAAGACCUCUUGCUUCCUCAACGUAGAGCCUCCUCACGUGGAGUUCUCCAAGCCGCUCCAUGACGUGGAGGUCAGAGAGAAGGAAUCUGCCAGGUUUGAAUGUGAAGUCUCCAGAGAGGAUGUGAAGGUCCGCUGGUUCAAGGACGGAAGUGAAAUCAGGAAGGGGAAGAAGUACGAGAUCAUCACUCAGGGUCGCCAACACGUCCUCAUUGUCCACAAGUCGGUGUUUGACGACGAGGCCGAGUACGAAUGUGAUGCAAAGACCUCCAAGUCCUCCGGCAUGCUGACUGUCAUAGAGGAGGAGGCCAGGUUCACCAAGAACCUGUCCAACGUGGAGGGGACGGAGACAGACAGCGUGAAGAUGAUCUGUGAGGUGUCCAAACCCAGUGCCGACGUCAUCUGGUACCGAGGAGACGAGGAGCUGCCGGAGGGCGGCCGGUACGAGCAGAUCGUGGACGGAAAGAGGAGGAUCCUCCUCAUCCAGGACCUGAAGAUGGCUGAUGCUGGAGAAUACACCUGCAGGCUGAGUCCCAGCAUCAAGACGUCUGGAAACCUGAAGAUCAACGAACUGGCAGCGGAGUUCAUCUCCAGACCCCAGAGUCAGGAGGUGGUGGAGGGCGAGAAAGCGGAGUUCAGCUGCGCCGUCUCCAAGGAAACCUACGAGGUGAAAUGGAUGAAGGACGACCAGGAACUGGAGGCGGGAGACAAGUACCAGCUGGUCAGCGACGGGAAGAGACGGACGCUGGUCAUCAAAAGCUGCGAGCUGAAGGAUGAGGGCGGAUACGUGGUGAAGAUCGGACCAACCAGAGCCAGCGCCGACCUCACGGUGCUCGAGAAACUGAAGGUCAUCACUCCUUUGAGAGAUGAGGCCAAAGAAGGUCAGGAGAUCGUCCUGAACUGUGAGGUGAACUCUGAGGGAGCCAAGGCCAAGUGGCUGAAGAACGAGGAGACGAUGUUCGAGAGCGGCAAGUAUGUGAUGGUCCAGCGGGACAACGUCUUCUCUCUGAGGAUCAAAGACGCCCAGAAGGCCGACGAGGCCACCUACACCAUCAACCUGACAAAUCAGAGAGGAGAGCAGGCCAAGAGCUCCUGCAACCUCUCAGUUAAAGAGGAGAGUCUGAGGAUCGUGGUUCCUCUGGAGGACAUCGACACUCAAGAGAAAAAGACCAUUAGCUUCUCCUGUAAGGUCAACAGGCCCAACGCCACUCUGAAGUGGAUGAAGGGUGGCGAGGAGAUCGCCCUUAAUAAACGCAUCGUCUACAGAGUGGACAAAGACAAACACACCCUGACGAUCAAAGACUGCACGCUGGCCGAUGAGGGUGAGUACACCGCCGUGGCCGGAGACAACAAGUCCACUGCUGAGCUGAUCAUCAGCGAGGCACCGACAGACUUCACAACACAGCUCAAAGACCAGACCAUCACCGAGUUCGAGGACGCAGAGUUCAUCUGCAAACUGACCAAAGAGAAGGCUGACGUCAAGUGGUACCGCAACGGACGGGAGAUCAGAGAAGGACCGAGAUACACUUUUGAGAAAGACGGAAAGAUCUGCACUCUGCGUAUCAAAGAGUGCCGACCUGAUGAUGAAUGUGAAUACGCUUGUGGUGUGGAUGAGAAGAGGUCCAGAGCCCGGCUCUUCGUUGAAGAGACGCCGGUGGAGAUCAUCAGACCUCCUCAGGACGCGUUCGAACCUCCGGGUUCGGACGUUGUGUUCGAGGUGGAGCUCAACAAGGACAGAGUGGAGGUGAAGUGGCUGAGAAACAACAUGACGGUCGUCCAGGGAGACAAAUACCAGAUGAUGAGCGAAGGGAAAGUCCACAGACUGCAGGUCUGUGAGAUCCGACCCAGAGACCAGGGAGAGUACAGGAUUAUUGUCAAAGACAAAGAUGCCAAGGCCAAGCUGGAGCUGGCAGCGGUGCCUCAGAUUAAAACCACCGAUCAAAGCUACGUCACCGACGCCGGGAAGCCCAUCGUCAUGGCCGUCCCCUACAGCGCCUACCCUCAGGCUGAUGCCGACUGGCUGUACAACAACCUGAGUCUGCCCAAAGACAGCAUCCACACAUCGGCCGACCGCACAGAGCUCUGGCUGAAGGACCCCAAGAAGGCGGACGAAGGCCGCUACAAGAUCAUCAUCAAGAACAAACAUGGACAGGGAGAAGCCUUCAUCAACCUGGACGUCAUCGAUGUCCCGGGACCCGUGAAGAACCUCCAGGUGGUGGACACUGCUGACGGAGAGGUCAGCCUGGCGUGGGAGGAGCCUGAGAGCGACGGCGGCAGCAAAGUCAUCGCCUAUGUGGUGGAGAGACGCGAUGUGAAGCGGAAGACCUGGACGUUGGCCACCGAUCACGCCGAGAGCCCCGAGUACACAGUGACCGGACUCCACAAGGACUCCUUGUACCUGUUCAGAGUCUGCGCCCGCAACCGGGUCGGCAGUGGACCCAACGUUGAAACUGACAAACCGGUACAAGCCAAGAACAAGUUUGAUGUUCCAGAAGCUCCCCUGAACGUGAUUGUGGGAAAUGUCACGAAGUUUGGCUGCACCGUCUCCUGGGAGCCUCCCGAGUCAGACGGCGGUUCUCCCAUCACCUCCUACAUCAUUGAGCUGCGCGACAGGACGUCGGUGAAGUGGUCACCCGUCCAGGUGACCAAAGCUGGUGAGCUCAGCGCCAUCAUCAACGACGUCAUUGAGAACAAAGAGUACAUCUUCAGAGUCAAAGCCGAGAACAAAGCUGGCGUCGGCAAACCCAGCGCUGCCUCACAGCCUGUCAAGAUCAUGGAUCCCAUCGAGCGUCCUAGCCCCCCUCUGAACCUGUCUUGGCAGGACCAGAACAAGAGCUCAGUUCAGCUCGGCUGGGAAACGCCGCUGAAGAACGGCGGCAGCAUGAUCACCGGCUACAUCAUCGAACGCUGUGAAGACGGAACCGACAAGUGGCUGCGCUGCAAUGCCCGGCUCUGCCCCGACCUCUUCUAUAAGGCGUCUGGACUGAAAUACGGAACAAAGUACAACUACAGAGUUCUGGCUGAAAACGCUGCUGGAGUCUCAGAUCCAUCAAACAUCAUCGGACCUCUUCUGGCCGACGACCCACACGUCGGUCCGACCUUCGACCUGAGUGCUUUUAAAGACGGCCUGGAGGUGAUCGUUCCACAGCCGCUCACCAUCAGAGUCCCCAUCACCGGAUACCCAACUCCUGUUGCCAAAUGGAUGUUUGGGGAGAAGGAGCUGACCACCGAGGAUGAACGCGUCUCCAUGAUGACCAAGUCCACGUUUACGGAGCUGAUGGUGACGCCAAGCGUCCGUCCAGACAAAGGCAUCUACACUCUGCAGCUGGAGAACGACGUCACGUCCGUGUCCGGAGAGAUCGAAGUCAACGUCAUCGCGGCGCCAAGCGCUCCAAAAGACUUCAAGGUCCUGGAGGUGACUCGGCAGCACGUCCACCUGAGCUGGGAGGCUCCAGAGCACGACGGAGGAAGUCCUCUCACCGGAUACCAGGUGGAGAAACGAGAUGUCUCUCGCAAGACCUGGGUCAAGGUGAUCACAGGGAUCCAGGAUCAGGAGUUCACUGUCACCGACGUGGUUGAGGGAAAAGAAUAUCUGUUCCGAGUCACCGCCUGCAACAAGUGUGGACCUGGAGAGCCGGCAUACAUCGACGAGCCCGUCAAUGUCUCCUCUCCUGCCACUGUCCCUGACCCUCCAGAGAACUUGAGGUGGAGAGACAAGUCGGCCAGUGGCAUCUUCCUGACCUGGGAGCCGCCAAAGUACGACGGCGGCACCGGUAUCCGAGGCUACAAUGUGGAACGUUGCCAGAGAGGAACUGAUAAAUGGGAGCCCUGCGGAGACCUGGUGCCCGAGCUGAAGUGCCAGGUGACGGGUCUAACCGAGGGACAGUGGUAUGCUUACAGAGUACGGGCCCUGAACCGACUCGGAGCCAGCCGGCCCUGCAAGGCCACCGAUGAGAUCCAGGCUGUGGAUCCCAAAGAGCCUCCAGAGAUCCAGCUGGAUGCCAAGCUGCUGGCCGGCCUCACCGCCAAGGCCGGCAGCAAGAUUGAACUCCCUGCUGAAGUGACCGGUAAGCCCGAGCCCCGGGUGAAGUGGACCAAAGCCGACCUGGUCCUCAAACCAGACGACAGGGUGUCCAUCGACACCAAGCCGGGACACUCCAUCGUCACCAUCAGCAAGACCAAAAGAGAUGACAGCUCCACCUACAUCAUCGAGGCCACCAACAGCAGUGGCCGCGCCACCGCCACCGUGGACGUCAACAUUCUGGACAAACCUGGUCCACCGGCUGCGUUUGACAUUUCUGAGAUCACCAAUGAGUCCUGCUUCCUGGCCUGGAACCCUCCACGUGAUGACGGCGGCUCCAAGGUCACCAACUACAUCGUGGAGCGUCGAGCCGCUGACAGUGAGAUCUGGCACCGGCUGUCCUCCACCAUCAAACAGACCACCUACAAAGCCGUGGGCCUGGUCAAGUUCAAAGAGUACAUUUUCAGAGCGUUUGCUGAAAACCAGUUUGGUGUCGGCCCACCAGCCGAACACCUCUCCAUCAUCGCUAGAUACCCCUUUGACACUCCUGGAGCUCCUUACAAGCUGGAGCCUUCAGACAUCGCCAAAGACUCUCUGACGCUGACCUGGUACGAGCCUGACGAGGACGGAGGUAGCCCCAUCACCGGGUACUGGGUGGAAAGAUACGAACCCGACCACGACAAGUGGAUCAGAUGCAACAAGCUGCCCAUCAAAGACACCAACUACAGAGUUAAAGGCCUGCCUACCAGGAAGAAGUACAAGUUCAGAGUCCUCGCCGAGAAUCUGGCUGGAACUGGAAAACCCAGCAAAGAGACGGAUCCCAUCCUUGUCAAAGAUCCCAUUGAUCCUCCAUGGCCUCCUGGUAAACCUACAGUGAAGGAUGUGGCUAAGACCUCCUGCUUCUUGAUGUGGACCAAACCGGAGCACGAUGGCGGCGCAAAGAUCGACGGCUACAUCAUUGAGAUGCUGAAGAGCGGCACCAUGGACUGGAUUCGGGUGGCGGAGAAUAUCAACAUCCUGGAGCAUUUUCUGAAGGGGCUGAUGGAGAAGCAGGAGUACUCGUUCAGGAUCCGAGCCGUGAACGUGGCCGGAGAGAGCGAUCCCAGCGAGCCCAGCGACCCAGUGCUCUGCAAGGAGAGGCUCAACCCUCCUUCGGCUCCACGUUGGCUGGAGGUCGUCAACAUCAGCAGGAACAGCGCUGAGCUGAAGUGGACGGUCCCUGAGCGUGACGGAGGCUCAAAAAUCACCAACUAUGUGGUGGAGAAGCGUGACGUCAGGCGGAAAGGCUGGCAGGCCGUGGACACCACCAUCAAGGAGCUGAAGUACACCGUGACGCCGCUCAAUGAAGGAUCGCUCUAUGUGUUCCGUGUCGCUGCUGAGAACGCUGUGGGUGUCGGACCGUUCUGUGAACUGGAGGAUUCAGUGCUGGCAAAGGACACUUUCACUACUCCUGGGCCACCGUACGCUCUUACUGUCAACGCUGUGAGCAAGAGAUACGUGGACCUGCAGUGGGAGGCGCCUCAGAACGACGGUGGCAGGCCCAUCCUCAGAUACUCCAUUGAGAAGAAGGAGAAGCUGGGAACUCGCUGGGUCAAAUGUGGGAAGACUUCCGGUCCUGACUGUAAGUACAGAGUGACAGACGUCAUUGAGGGAACAGAGGUUCAGUUUCAGGUCCGUGCUGAGAAUGAAGCCGGUGUUGGUCACCCCAGCGAACCCAGUGAGAUCCUCACCAUCGAAGAUCCAACAGGCGUCCCUUCACCGCCCAUCGAGCUUCAUGUGACCGGGGCCAGCCGAGACUUCCUGUCCAUCUCCUGGAAGCCUCCUCAGAGGGACGGCGGCUGUCCUAUCAGCGGCUACCACAUCGAGAUGUGUGAAGCUGGAACCGAGAAGUGGAUGAGGGUCAACUCUCGUCCAGUGAAGGAGCUGAAAUACUGCGUGGAGGAGGGCGUGGUUCCUGAGAAGGAGUACAUUCUGAGAGUGAGGGCCAUCAACGCCGUCGGAGUCAGCGAGCCCUCUGAUAUCUCCGAGAACGUCUUCGCCAAAGACUCUGAUUGUAACCCCACGCUGGAUUUCCAGACCCUGGACCUGGUUGUCAUAGAAACAGAGAAGCUGCACAUCCCAGUUCCCUUCAAAGCUGUUCCCUCACCCAAAAUCACCUGGCACAAAGACGGCAAGGAGCUGAAGGCCGACGAGCGCCUCAGCUUCAGGAAGGAGUACACUUCCUGUCACCUGGAAGUCGACAGCAGCCUUCACGCUGAUGCUGGAGUCUACAAAGUGACUCUGGAAAACAAACUGGGCAGUGCCAGUGCCACCAUCAAUGUCAAAGUUAUCGGUCUUCCUGGUCCUUGCAAGGAGAUUGUGGCCUCUGAGAUCACAAAAAGCUCCUGUAAAGUCUCCUGGGAUCCUCCAGACUAUGAUGGCGGCAGCCCGAUUCUUCACUACGUCCUGCAGCGGCGUGAAGCCGGCAGGAGGACAUACGUCAACAUGAUGUCUGGAGAGAACAAGGUCAGCUGGACUGUGAAAGACCUCAUCCCCAAUGGAGAGUACUACUUUAGAGUCCAGGCUGUCAAUAAGAUCGGAGGAGGAGAGUUUAUUGAGCUACGCAACCCGGUCAUCGCAGAGGACCAAAAACAUGCUCCCGACCCACCUGUGGACGUUGAGACCCACAACCCUACGUCUAGCACCGUCACCCUGACCUGGAAACCUCCCAUGUACGACGGUGGCUCCAAGAUCAUGGGCUACAUCCUGGAGAAGCAGCAGAAGGGCGAGGACAAGUGGGAGAGGUGCAACGACUUCCUGGUGCCCGUCCUGUCUUAUACUGUCAGAAAGCUGAUGGAGGGCAAGAACUACACUUUCAGAGUCAAAGCUGAAAACGCUGCUGGGAUCAGCGAGCCAUCACGCAACACGCCGUUCGUUAAGGCCUCGGACGCUGUUGAUCCUCCGAAGGUUUUCCUCAGCGGCAGCCUACAGUCUGGCCUCAGCGUGAAGCGAGGCUGCGAAAUCUGCCUGGACGCCAACAUUUCUGGCUCACCGUACCCUCAGAUCACCUGGUACUGGAACAACCAGGUGAUCCGACCUGAACCACUCCGCAAGAGACCUGAAAAACCCCUCAAGAAGAAGGUGGAGAAGAAGGAGGAGGAGAAGAAGGAGGAGAAGAAGGAGGAGGAGGGAGAGAAGAAGGAGGAAGAGAAGAAGGAAGAGGCCGAGACAAAAGAGGAGAAGAAAGAGGGAGAGGAGAAGAAGGAAGGAGAAGAGAAGAAGAAGGAGGACGAAGCCACAGAACCAGAGGUGGAAGAGUUUGACUACCCGACCUUAAACGAACGUCUGGCCAUCGACAACAGCCACAGGGGCGUGUCCUCCGUGGUCAUCAGGGACUCAGUCCGCCCUGAUCAUGGCGUCUACAUGGUGAAGGUGGAGAACGACCACGGCAUCUCCUCAGCAACCUGCGAGGUCAAUGUGCUUGAUACUCCUGGUCCAGCUGUUAACUUCAGAUUUGAGGAGGUGAGGAAGAACUCUGUGAUCUGCAAGUGGGAUCCACCUCUGGAUGAUGGUGGCAGCGAGAUCCUGAACUACACCCUGGAGAAGAAGGACAACUCCAAACUGGAGAUCGGCUGGAGUGUUGUUACCUCCACACUGAGAGGAUGCCACUAUCUGGUGCCCAAACUCAUCGAGAAGAAGGAGUACAUCUUCAGGGUCGUGGCUGAGAACAAGUUUGGCGCCGGUCCACCCUGCGUCUCCAAGCCGCUCAUCGCCAAGAAUCCAUUUGAACCCCCCGAGGCUCCUGAUAAGCCACAGAUUGAUGACAUCACUGCCCACAGCAUGCUGGUCACCUGGAACGAACCAAACGAUAAUGGCAGCCCCAUCCUGGGAUACUGGGUGGAGCGCCGUGAAAUAAAUAGCUCCCACUGGGCACGUGUCAACAGGAACAUCAUUCCUGACUUGGAGCUGAACGUUGAAGGCCUACUUGAGGGACUGACUUAUAUCUUCAGGGUGGCUGCCGAAAACCAGGCAGGCCCUGGAAAGUUCAGCGUUCCCUCAGAACCCAAGACAGCUCAGGCUCCCAUCUUACCUCCUGGACCACCAGUUGCCCGAGUUGUGUCGACCACUGACCACUCCAUCGAAGUGGAGUGGGAUCCGCCAGCCGACAACGGUGGAGGAGAGAUCAUGGGAUACCACGUAGAUAAGGCCAUGGCUGGUACCAAGGAUUGGUCCAGGUCUACAGAACGUCCCUGGAAGACCCGUAACUUCACUGUCUAUGGAGUGCGUGAGGGAGCGAAGUACCUCGUCAGGGUCAUCGCCUGCAAUGCUGCUGGAGAAGGAACACCAGGAUUCACAGAGUCUGUGUUCGUCAGGAAUCCUGCAGAGGUGCCAGUGAUCGAAUUAGAUCUGUCCGUUAAGAAUGGCGUGGUCAUCAGAGCUGGUGAAACCCUCCGUAUUCCCGCCACAGUCACAGGUAAACCCUAUCCGUCCAUCACCUGGACCAAGGACGACGGCAAACCCGACAAAGAUCGCGUGGAAAUCCUCACUGAGGGCAACGACAGCAUUGUCUCAAUCAAGAAUGUUCAGAGGAAGGACUGUGGCAAAUACCAGAUCUCUGCUUGUAACCCCAGUGGCACCAAGAAUGCAUCGACCAGAGUAGAGGUCAUGGACGUCCCUGGACCCGUCACUGACCUGAAGCCAGUUGUAGUCACUCGUAAGAUGAUCUUCUUGAACUGGGAUGACCCUGAAGAUGAUGGAGGCAGCGACCUGACGGGCUUCAUUGUGGAGCGCCGAGAUGCCAAAAUGCACACAUGGAGGCAGCCUGUUGAAACCGCCUCAUCCAAGUGCGAGUGUGUGGGCAUCAUGGAGGGGCAGGAGUACCUGUUCCGAGUUACCGCUAAGAACAAGUACGGUUUGGGUCCGCCAGUCGAGCUGGGACCCAUCAAGGCUGUGGACCCACAGGGUCCUCCAUCCUACCCUGAGAAGUUCCACUACACAGAACGCACCAAGAACUCCAUCACACUGGCCUGGAGGCCGCCUCGUAAUGACGGCGGCAGUCCAGUCAUCGGCUACUUUGUUGAGAAGAAGAGACAGGACCAGCAAGCUUUUGAGCCCUGCAACACGGACAUCUGCCCCAAUAUGACUAUGACUGUGGAGAACCUGGACGAGGCCUGGAUGUAUGAGUUCAGAAUCAAGUGCGCCAACCUUAUUGGAGAGAGUGAGCCAUCCAUCCCACUGACUGUGGUCAUCCAGGAUGACGAAGUGUCUCCUGAGGUCCACAUGCUGAAGCACUUCAAGGGCGACUCCAUCACUGUGAAGAAAGGUGAACCCAUUGAGAUUCCCGCUGAUGUCCUGGGACUGCCUAUUCCUAAAGUCGAGUGGUCCAAGGACGACGUACUCAUCGAGAAGCCCACUGACACUCUUCUGAUGGAGACGGUAGUAACUGGCAGGCUGAACUGUAAGACCACGCUGUCAAUCCCAGCAGCCAACAGGAGGGACCGCGGCAGCUACACCGUGUCUGCCUCCAACAACAUGGGCUCGGCCAAGCACACCAUCAACGUCAUGGUGCUGGACCGACCACUACCACCUAGGAACCUGACAGUGUCUAACAUUAGGGCGGAGUCCUGCUACCUCAACUGGGACGCUCCGCGUGAUGAUGGAGGCAGCGAGCUGACCAACUACAUUGUUGAGAGGAAAGAGGUGGUAACAGAAGAGCCAGAGCUCGAGGAAGGACAGGAAGCUCCACCUGAGCCUCAGUGGGUACAGGUUACUAACAGCAUCAUCGAGAGGAAAUAUGGGGUGUGGAACCUAGAGACCAACAAGUCCUACCUGUUCAGGGUCAAAGCAGAAAACCGUUAUGGUAUAUCUGAGCCCUGCAUGACUGAGGAAGUCCAGAUCACAGACCCCUUCGGCCUGCCUGGCCCACCAGAGAAACCCACCAUUGCAGAGUACUCCAAGACCUCCAUGACCCUGACCUGGGAGCCGCCCAGAGACAACGGAGGCUCUAUGAUCAUUGGCUACUGGUUGGAAAAGAGGGAAAAAGGCACUGCCUACUGGGCUAAAGUCAACAAGGUGCCAGUCACCAAGAGAGGCAUGAAAGGCUGGGAGUACCAGGUGACUCGGCUGUUUGAGGGAACGGAGUACGAGUUUAGGGUUGCUGCCUGUAACUCAGCAGGAACUGGACCGUUCAGCGGACCGUCGGACUCCGCCUUCGCCGUCGACCCCCUCACUCCUCCCAGCAUGCCUGCUGCUCCUGAGGUGGCCGACAAGACCAAACACAGCGUCAUGCUUUCCUGGAGCCCACCAGAGAGCGAUGGAGGAAGCCCCAUCAAAGGCUAUAUCAUCCAGAUCCAGGAUGAGGGCACGUCCGAGUGGGUGAGGGUCAACGAUCUCGAGUCCCUGCACCCCACCACCGAGUUCACCGUGCCCAGCCUCCGCGAACUGAAGCGCUACCGCUUUAGGAUCAUCGCCGUCAAUGAUAUCGGCGAGUCGGACCCCAGCCCCCGCACCAGCGAGGUUCUAGUGGAGGAUGUUCAGCUUCCACCGUCCAUCUCCAUCGACGUCAUGGCCGAUGACCUGGUGUGCAUCCGGGCUGGAGAUCCGGUCAGGAUCCCGGCCACCAUCAAGGGCCGCCCCGCUCCCAAGGUGACCUGGGACUUUGAUGGCAAGGCGAAGUCACACAAGAAGAACAAACUGCACACACUUCCAGUGGACUCCGAGGUUGAGUCCACAGACACCACAUCUAUUGUGUCCAUCCCCGUCAGUCUGAGGAGCCACUCUGGACGUUACACCAUCACCGCCAAGAACAAGUCCGGACAGAAACACGUCAAUGUCAGAGUCAUUGUCCUCGAUGUUCCUGGACCUCCAAAGGAGCUGAGGGUUACCGACAUCACUCGGACAACCAUGAGGCUGAUCUGGAAACUUCCAGACAAUGACGGAGGAGAGAGAAUCAAGAGCUACUUUAUUGAAAAGAAAUGCAUCACAGACAAGGCCUGGACCAAGGUGAAUGCCGCCUGUGCCAGCCAGGCCUACGUGGUGCCGGGUCUGCUGGAGUGUCAGGACUACCUGUUCAGGGUCCGAGCUGAGAACAGGCUGGGAUUCGGUCCAUUCACCGUCACCACCGACCCUGCCCGAGCCAGAGAUCCCAUCUACCCACCUGACCCACCCACCAAGCUGAAGGUCAACCUAGUGACCAAGACCACCGUCACGCUGAGCUGGGAGGCGCCGAAGAACAACGGUGGCUCUCCGGUGAAGCACUACAUCAUCGAGCGUUUGAGCUGGGAUACCAGUGGCAAGGAGAAGGAGACGUGGAAGCAGUGCAACAAGAGGGACGUGGAGGAGCUGAGCUUCGUGGUGGAGGACCUGAAGGAGGGAGGAGAGUAUGAAUUCAGAGUGAAAGCCGUGAAUGCCGCCGGACCAAGCCGACCCUCGGCCACCGUCGGACCAAUGGUCAUCAAGGAUCAGACAUGUGCUCCCACCAUCGAGCUCCGGGAGGCGAUGGAGGGCGAGGAGGGCUGCGACAUCAGCAUCGUGGCCAAGGUGAGCGGAUGUCCGUUCCCAAUGCUCACCUGGCAGAAGGCCAGCGUAGCCAAACCCGAAGAGAAGGCCGCUGUCCAGUACGACCAGCAUAUCAACAAACUGGUGACGCAGGACAAGUGCACGCUGCUCAUCCAGCAGGCCAGCCGGCUCGACAGCGCCCUCUACAGCCUUACGGCCACCAACAGCCUGGGCAGCAUCACCAAGGACAUCAAGCUGGCAGUGCUCGGACCUCCGGGACCGCCUGUCGGACCAAUCAAGUUCACCGAGGUGUUUGCAGAGAGGAUCGGUUUGGCCUGGAACCCUCCCACCAACGACGGCGGCUCCAAGAUCACCAACUAUGUGGUUGAAAAGCGCGAGGACAACCGCAAGUCCUGGGUCCAUGUCUCCAACGACCCCAAAGAGUGCGCCUAUGUGGUGACCCGGCUGACGGAGAACCACGAGUACGAGUUCAGAGUCAUGGCCCAGAACAAGUUUGGAGUCGGACCGCCGCUGAUCAGUGAGCCAGAAAAGGCCAGAAACCUUUUCACCGUGCCCGGUCAGUGUGAGAAACCGACCGUGACUGACGUCUGUCUGGAGUCGAUGACCGUCAACUGGGACGAGCCCAAGUAUGACGGCGGAUCCUCCAUCACCGGCUACAUCAUCGAGAAGAAGGAGACCACCGGCAAGCGCUGGGCCCGGGUCACUCGCGACCCAAUCCGGGCGCUGCCUCUGGGCAACAACUGGGACGUGACCGGGCUGCUGGAGGGCGCCAUGUACCAGUUCAGGGUCAUCGCUGUCAAUGCCGCCGGCUGUGGUCUGCCCAGCGUCCCGUCGGAGCCCAUCCUCUGCAGAGACCCCAUCAAGCCUCCUGGACCACCCACUCCUAAAGUGACGGACUGGACGAAGUCGACGGUGGAGCUGGAGUGGAUCCCUCCUCAGAUGGAUGGAGGCUCAAAGGUCACAGGCUACAUCGUGGAGUUCAAGGAGGUGAACAAGGAGGAAGAGGAGAAGAAGGCUCAGAGGAGGCUGCUGCUGAGUGAUGCUGAGGAGGAGAAGGAGCCAGAGGCAGAGGAGAGCUGGAAGAAGGCAAAGGACACUGAGAUUAGAGGAACUAAGUUUGUGGUGGACGGUCUGAAGGAAGGCGGUCUUUACCGCUUCAGAGUCCGAGCCGUGAAUGCCGCCGGUGUGGGAGACCCAGGACUCGUGUCCGAACUGAUUGAGGUCAAAGACCGAACAAUUCCUCCUGAGAUGGACCUGGAUGCCUCAGUGAAGGAGAAGAUCGUGGUCCAUGCCGGCGCCACCAUCCGCAUCAUCGCCUACGUGUCUGGUAAACCUGCCCCACAGAUCACCUGGUGCCGCGACGAUGCUGAGGUGCCCAAAGAGGCUGUGGUGGAGAAAACCGGCAUCUCCAACUCUCUGGUCAUCAAGAACUGCAGACGCCAACACCAGGGCAUCUACACACUGAGCGCCAAGAACGAGGGUGGAGAGAGGAAGAAGGCAGUCAUCGUUGAGGUCCUGGACGUCCCUGGACCCGUCGGUCUUCCCUUCGCUGGAGAGAAUCUGACCAACGACUCGUGCAAGCUGACCUGGUACUCCCCAGAGGACGACGGCGGUUCGGCCAUCACCAACUACAUCAUUGAGAAGAGAGAGUCGGAUCGCAUGGGCUGGACCUCGGUGUCCUACACGGUGACAAGGAACAACGCCGUGGUGCAGGGACUUCUGGAUGGAAAGGGCUACUUCUUCAGAAUCGCAGCCGAGAACAUCAUCGGCAUGGGACCGUUCAUUGAGACCGACAAGAUGGUUCUCAUCAAAGACCCGAUCUCCGUCCCCGAGCGUCCAGAAGAUCUCAUCAUCACCGCCAUUACCAAGGACUCUAUCUCCGUCGCCUGGAGGCCGCCCAAGUAUGACGGCGGCGCCGAGGUGACCGGGUACGUCCUGGAGUCUCGGAUGGUCGGUCGCGACAGCUUUGUACCGGUGGGCGGUGAGGACAAGCUGAUGAGCAGACAGUUCACCCUGACCGGCCUGAAGGACGGCUCCAGUCACGAGUUCAGAGUCUCAGCCGUCAACCAGGUGGGACAAGGCAAACCAUCCUUCGCCACCAAACCGGUGCAGUGCAAGGACGAGCUGGAACCACCCACUCUGGACCUGGACUUCAGGGACAAGAUGAUGGUUAAGGUGGGUGACGCUUGCAUGCUGUCGGGACGCUUCAGUGGCAAACCGGCGCCAGUCAUCACCUGGACAAAGAAUGGCGAGGAGCUGAAGGCGGACGAGGAGAUCGGCCUCCACAGCACCGCCCGCCACCUCAGCCUGAACAUCAGCAAGGCCAAGAGGGAGCACAGCGGCAGCUACAGCGUCAGCGUGGAGAAUGCUGCCGGCACUAGAACCGGACUCUGCAACAUCGUCGUAGUUGACCGUCCUCAGCCACCAGAGGGCCCUGUGGUCUUCAACGAGGUCUACAGAAACUACAUGGUGAUCUCAUGGAACCCUCCUCUGGACGACGGCGGCUGUGCCGUCUCCAACUACAUCAUCGAGAAGAGAGACACCAACAGAGACCUGUGGAUGCCCGUCACUUCGUCCUGCACCAGGACCACCUGCAGGGUGCCAAAGUUGAUCGAAGGUCGCGAGUACAUCAUCCGGAUCAUGGCUCAGAACAUCUACGGCAUCAGCGACCCACUGCUGUCUGCAGAGACGAAGGCCAGAGACGUCUUCAAGGUGCCCGAUGCUCCCAAACAGCCCACAGUGAAGGAGGUUUACCACGACUCCGCCCUGAUCAGCUGGGAGCCGCCGGCCGACGGAGGCAAACCCAUCACCGGCUACAUCGUGGAGAGGAAGGAGACCAUGGCCAACAGAUGGGUUCGCUGCAACACAGAGAGAAUCCAUCCGAAGGUGGAGUACUGGGUAACGGAGCUUCUGAAAGGCUGCGAGUACGAGUUCAGAGUCAGUGCUGAAAACGAGGUGGGAGCCGGAGACCCGAGUCCACCUUCCAAACCAGUCUUUGCCAAAGAUCCAAUCGUGAAACCUGGUCCACCUGUGAAGCUUGGGGCCAUUGACUUCACCAAGGAGUCGGUGACCCUGUCCUGGGAGCCACCCACUGACACCGGCAGAGGAAAGAUCUUUGGAUAUCUGCUGGAGUUCCAGAAGGCUGGAGAGGAGGAAUGGCACAAGGUGAACCAGACUCCAGACUCCUGCCAGGAGACCAAGUUUAAGGUGAUCAACCUGGAAGAUGGAGCUCUGUAUCGCUUCAGAGUCAUGGCUGUCAACGCUGCCGGAGAGUCCGACCCCGCCAAUGUCAAGGAGCCAAUCAGAGUGCAAGACAGACUUGAGCCUCCAGAGCUGAUCCUGGAUGCUGGAAUGACCCGAGAGGUGAAGGCCAUGGCUGGCACUCACAUCACUCUCAUGGCUGCCAUUAAAGGCGUACCGUUCCCUACUGUGACCUGGAAGAAGAACGAGGCAGAGGUUCCUACCAGGGCCGAUAUCGAGACCAACCAGGCAGGCACCAAGCUGGAGAUGAGGUUCUGUAACCGCGGUGACUGUGGAGACUACACUCUGACUGUGGAGAACCCUGCUGGAUCCAAGACAGUCACCUGCACCGUGCUGGUCCUUGACAAACCUGGUCCCAUCCAGCACCUCCGUGUGUCUGAUGUCAGAAGCGACUCGGCGUACCUGUCCUGGAAGGACCCAGAGGACAACGGCGGUACUCGCAUUACUAACUUUGUGGUAGAGAAGAAAGACACAGCGUCCACCCAGUGGGUCCCAGUCUGCUCUACAUCCAAGAAACGCAGCAUGAUGCUGAAACACCUGAUGGAGGGCACGUCCUACAUGUUCAGAGUCGCUGCUGAAAACCAGUAUGGUCGCAGCGAAUUUGUUGCGACGCCAAAGGCCAUCAAGGCAAUGAACCCCCUCUUCCCUCCUGGUCCUCCCAAAGACCUGCACCAUGUUGAUGUUGACAAGACUGAAGUGUGGUUGGAAUGGAACUGGCCCGAUCGCAAUGGAGGUAGUGAGAUCACCGGCUUCCUGGUGGAGUAUCAGGAAGAGGGCGAGAAGGCGUGGGACGAGUGGAAGACUGUCAGCAUCCCUGAGAGUCACGUGACUGGCCUGGAAGAGGGAAAGACCUACCGCUUCAGAGUGAGGGCUGAGAACGCCAUCGGCCUGAGCAGACCUGACACCACCGUGCCUAUCCUCUGCCAGGAGAAACUGGUGCCCCCAAUUGUUGAGGUGGAUGCUAAGCUAAUCGAAGGUAUCAUUGUGAAGGCCGGCACCACCAUCAGGCUGCCAGCUAUCAUGAGAGGAAUCCCCGUCCCUGCUGCCAAGUGGUCCAUUGAAGGGGAGGAGAUCACCAGCGAGGGCAACAUUAAGAUUGACACAGACAAUUUCUCCACUGUGCUCAGCAUCAAUGAGUGCACAAGAAACCACACCGGCACCUACCUGCUCACCGUAUCCAACCCAGCAGGAACCAAGACCGUGGCCUUAAACGUCACUGUUCUGGAUGUUCCCGCUGCUCCUAUUGGACCCACCAAUAUCCUGGAGGUUACUCCAGACUCCAUGCUGAUCGAAUGGCGUCCUCCGAAGGAUGACGGCGGCAGCCCUGUUACCAACUAUAUAGUGGAGAAGAGAGAGUCCAAUAAGGAGACCUGGGGAGGUGUAAGUUCUGGCAGCCUGGCCACCACACUCCAGAUCAAUCGCCUGCAGAAGGGAGUGGAGUAUGUGGUUCGCAUUCGUGCUGCCAACAAGAUGGGCGUUGGUGCUGCUCUGGAGAGCAAGCCCACUGUUGCUGAGCACUCCUUCAUGCCACCCAGUCCCCCUGGUAAGCCACAGCCCUCCGAUAUCUCAGAGGAUGCCGUUACAAUCGGCUGGACCAUGCCCAUAGCUGAUGGUGGCAGCCAGAUUACCGGCUACCUCAUUGAGCGCAGACACAAGGGAGGAAAGUGGAUCCGAGUCAACAAGACACCCUGCAAGGAUCUGAGGUACAGAGUCCUGGGUCUCUUUGAGGGCAGUGAAUAUGAGUUCAGAGUGUUUGCUGAGAACAUCGCUGGCUACAGUGGCCCCUCUCCCACUUCUGAUCCCUGCAAGCCCUGCAGGCCCAUCACCGUCCCGAGUCCACCCGUCAACCCCAAAGUUAAAGAUUACAGUAAGACGACUGCUGAUCUGGUGUGGACCAAGCCCAGAAAGGAUGGAGGUAGCCCCAUUCUGGGGUACACUGUGGAAGUGAAGAAAGCCGAUACUGAAGAAUGGAAAAAAGUAAACCUGGAUGACUUCAUCAAGCAAUGUGCAUACAGGGUGAAGGGUCUGGAGGAGGGCGUGACCUACAGAUUCAGAGUCAAUGCCUCUAACAUGAUUGGAGAUGGCGAGCCCAGAGAAAUCCCAGAGUCCAUCACUGCUCAAGAUAUACUUAUCCCUCCAGAGAUCGAGAUGGACGCCACCUGUCGCGAACGUGUUACUGUGCGUGUCGGACACAACAUUAACAUCAUUGGCUACAUCAAAGCUCGCCCUGACCCUGAGGUGCUGUGGUCAAAGGAGGAGACAGUUCUGGAGAACAACAAGCGCGUCACCAUCAUUCAGAACUUCCCUGUCGUCCACCUGAGGAUCAAGGAAGCCACCAGAGCCGACCACGGUAAAUACUUCCUGAAGGCUUCAAAUGAGGGCGGCGAGGCUUCUUGUGCCAUCACAGUCAACGUGCUGGAUAGACCCAGCCACUGUCAGAACCUGCACAUGACCUAUGCCACCAAGGACUCAUGCAUGAUCAACUGGGAGGCCCCUAAGGACAAUGGAGGCUCUGAGAUCACCAACUACAUUGUGGAGUGCCGUGAGCCCAGCAUUAGCAUGUGGUCCAUGAUCUCCUCCAACUGCACCAAUCGCAAGAUCAAAGCCAAGCUGAUGGAAGGCCAUGAGUACCUGUUCCGUGUCUGUGCUGUCAACAAGAUUGGACCGGGACCCUCCGUGGAGACUAAGACCCCUCUGCUGGCCAUUGAUCCCAUUGAGAAGCCUGGUGAGCCUGAGAACUUCAGAGCCACUGACAUAGGUAAGAACUAUGUCAAUCUGAGAUGGAGAAAGCCUGACUAUGAUGGCGGCAGCCCCAACCUCUCCUACAACGUGGAGUGCAAGGCCAAAGAUGCAGAAGAGUGGGAGAAACUCAACACCAGCACUCUCACAGACACCUUUUUCCUCGCUGACAAGUGUGUGGAAAACCAGACAUACACUUUCAGAGUGCAGACUGUCAAUGAAGGUGGUGAGAGUGCCUGGGUGAAACUUGCUGACAUUCUAGUGAGGGAGGAGGUCCAGAAGCCCGUCAUUGACCUGAAGUUGGCUGGAACGAUGACAGUGAAGGCUGGUGAGUCUGUGAGGAUGGAGGCUGGCUUGAGAGGAAAGCCCCAACCUGAGGUCAAAUGGACCAAAGACAAGGCUGUUGGAGACAACCCCAGAAUCAGCUAUGAAACCGGCCCAGACUACUCCAAGUUCCUCCUGACGAAGUCCAGACGCACUGACACGGGAAAGUACAUCAUUACUGCCACCAACGCGGCUGGAAGCUUCACAGCAUACGCCAACGUUAAUGUCCUGGACAUCCCCGGUCCAGUAAGGAACCUGAGGAUCACUGGCAUUGGAGCCGACAAAUGCAGAGUAGUGUGGGAUGGUCCAGAGGAUGAUGGAGGAUGUGAGGUGGACAGCUACAUCCUGGAGAAAUGUGAGACCAGGAGGAUGGUGUGGUCCACAUAUUCAGCCUCUGUGGUCACACCGUACUGCAAUGUCACUCGUCUGGUGGAAGGCAACGAGUACAUCUUCAGGGUGAGAGCGGAGAACAAGAUGGGAACAGGCCCACCCAUGGAGAGUAAGCCUGUAACUGUCAAGACUCAGUUCAACAAACCUGGGCCUCCUGAUGCCCCCGAGGUCACCAAGGUGAGUAAAGAUGAGAUGACGGUGGUCUGGGCACCUCCUGAGAACGAUGGAGGAAAGUCCAUCACCGGCUACAUCCUGGAGAGAAAAGAGAAGAGGGCAGUACGCUGGGUGCCCUGCACCAAGAGCCCCAUCUCUGAGAGACGCAUGAAAGUAACCAACCUGAUUCCAAACCACGAGUACCAGUUCAGAGUGAAAGCUGAGAAUGAGGUUGGCCUGGGAGAGCCCAGCAAACCCUGCAGACCUGUUGCAGCCAAAGACCCUAUUGAGCCACCUGGUCCUCCUGCAGGCCUGAAGGUGGCUGAUAGCACCAAGACUUCCAUCACCCUCUCCUGGUCCAAACCCGUGUAUGACGGUGGCGCCCCAAUCAUCGGCUACAGCCUCGACUUGAGGCUGAAGAGCGAGGCAGACCCUGAGAAGCCGACAGAGGGCUGGAAAAGAAUUGAUACUCACGGCCCACUGGUGCUCACAGAGUUCACCAUCAACCAGCUGGACGAAAAACAGGAGUAUGAUUUUAAGGUGUCUGCCCGGAACCAGGUCGGCUGGGGACGGCACGCCUACCUGAAGGAGGCAGUAUCGCCCAAGGAGAUCCUGGAGGCUCCAGAGAUCGACCUGGAUGCCAGUCUGAGGAAGGGCCUGGCUGUCAGGGCCGGAUGUCCAAUCAGGCUUUUCGCUGUGAUUAGAGGAAGACCCGCCCCUAAGGUCACCUGGAAGCGCCUGGGUGUGGACAACGUGGUCCGCCGUGGUCAUGUGGAUCAGGUUGACUCAAUGUCCUUCCUGGUCAUCCCGGAGAGCACCAGAGAGGAUUCUGGGAAAUAUUCACUGACUUUGUCCAACUCAGCUGGAGAGAAAGCUGUGUUUGUGCGGGUCAAAGUGCUCGACACUCCUGGUCCUGUCGGUGGCCUGGACGCAACUGAUGUCACCAAGACCACAGCUCAGCUCUCCUGGUUGCCACCAGAGAACGAUGGAGGCAGCCCCAUCCUCAACUACAUUGUGGAGAAACGGGAGGUAGACAGGAAGACAUGGACUAAGUGCACAGAGGAUCUGAAGAAGACCAGUUUCAAGGUGACCAACAUGACACCUGGCAUUGAGUACUACUUCAGAGUCAUGGCCUGCAACAAGUACGGCAUUGGAGUUCCUCAGGACUCACCCAGGUCCUACUUGGCUGUUGAUCCCAUCAGUGAGCCUGACCCACCGAAGAAGAUGGACGUGUUGGAGAUCACCAAGAACAGCGCCACACUGGGUUGGCUGAAGCCACUCAGAGAUGGAGGAGCCAAGAUUAAUGGCUACGUGGUGGAUUACCAGGAGGAGGGAGCUCCUGAGGACAAGUGGACCCCAUACUCUGUGGUCAAAGACCUAACCAUAGUGGUGGUUGGCUUGAAGGAGGGAAAGAAAUAUAAGUUCAGAGUAGCAGCCAGGAACUCAGUGGGAGUGAGCUUGGCCCGAGAGGCAGAGGGAGUGUUUGAAGUCAAAGAUCAGCUCAUGGCUCCAAAGAUCAUCAUGCCUGACAUUGUGACGGUCAGAGCCGGAUCAAAGAUGGUGAUUGAGGCCAUCGUGGCAGGUAAACCUGCUCCCUUCUGUAAGUGGAAGCAGGGCAACGAGGACGUUCUGACCUCUGACCGCCUAUCAGUCGUAAAGACGCUGACAACGUGCACACUUAUUAUCAAAAAUGUGACAAGAAUGGACAGCGGCUACUACAGCCUGUCAGCAGAGAACAGCACUGCCAAGAUCAACCAGAUCCUGAAAGUCAUCGUCAUGGACCUCCCUGGACCCCCAGAGGCUCCUCUGGAGAUCACUGAGCUGGACAUCGAUGCUUGCACUCUGCUCUGGAACUCCCCACAGGAGGAUGGUGGCAGCAACAUCACCAACUACAUUGUGGAGAAGUGCGACAUCAGCCAGGGCGACUGGGUCACUGUGUCCACAUCCUGCACCAAGACCAGUUUCAGAAUGACAAAACUGACACCAGGCAAAGAGUACGGCUUCAGAGUCCGAGCUGAGAACAGGUUUGGCGUCUCUCAGCCCAUUUAUUCUGAGAAGAUGAUCGCCAGACAUCCAUUCGAUCCCCCGAGUGAGCCCAGAAACCUGCAGAUUAACAAGAUCAACAAGGACUUUGUCAUCCUGUCGUGGGAGCGUCCCAGCAGCGAUGGUGGCAGCCCUAUCAUGGGAUACUGCAUUGAAAAGAAGGAGAGAAACAGCCUUUUGUGGGUGAAGGCCAAUGAGUCUGUGGUCAAAGCCACCCAGUACACCUGCACAGGCCUGAUCGAAGGCCUGGAGUACACCUUCAGAGUGUCAGCCUUCAACAUGGCUGGACAAGGCAAACCCUGCAAGCAGACAGACUUCAUCACUGCCAGAACUGCUGUUGACCCACCUGGUAAACCUGAGCCAAUGGAUGUAACCAAGAACUCCGUCUCAUUGGUCUGGAGUCGUCCCAAGCACGAUGGCGGCAGCAAGCUGAUUGGCUACCAUGUGGAGUAUACAAAACUUCCUGAAGACAAGUGGACUCGCUGCAAUGCCAACUGCAUGAACAUCCAGACAGAGAGCUAUGUGGUGAGUGGCCUGGAAGAGGGCCAGCAGUACCAGUUCAGAGUCAUCGCCAGGACUGCCAUCAACACCAGCCUGCCAUCUGAACUGUCCGACCCCAUCCCUGUCAUCGCAGAGAACGUUCCUCCUCGUGUGGAACUAGGUCUCAACAUGAAGAACCUGAUUAUAGCGAAAGCGGGAGAGAACGUCUUCCUGGAUGCCGAGGUGUUUGGCAAGCCGCUGCCCAAGGUGAGCUGGAAGAGAGAUGGAGUGCCUCUGGUACUCGCUGAAGGAAUGAAGAUGAUCCAGAAGAAACACCUUCACCUGCUAGAGCUCUACUCCGUCACCAGGAAGGAGUCUGGAGACUACACCAUUACUGCGGAGAACAUCAAUGGUAGCAAGUAUGCCACCAUCAAGGUUAAGGUGCUUGACAAACCGGGCCCUCCGGCCUCAGUGAAAAUCACCAAAGUGUUUGCUGACCGUGUAAAGCUGCGAUGGGAACCGCCGCUCGCAGACGGUGGCUCUGAAAUCACCAACUACAUCAUUGAGAAGCGUGAAACCAGCAGGGCCAACUGGGCGCUGGUCACCUCCAACAUCCACGGACACAUCACUGACUGUUCGGUGGAGAAACUCAUCGAAGGACAUGAGUACCAGCUCAGAGUCAGUGCUGAGAACCAGUAUGGAGUGGGAGACCCCAUCAUGACUGACGCUGUCAUGGUCAAGAACCCGUAUGAUGUUCCUGGUCCUUGCGAGCCACCUGUAAUCACCAACAUCACCAAGGACUCCAUGACUGUCAGCUGGAAGGCCCCAGCCAAUGACGGCAAGGCUCCCAUCCUGGGCUACUUGGUAGAGAAACGCGAGGCCACCGAGCUGUCCUGGGCGAAGGUAAACCGCCGGCCAGUCAUCGACAGGACCAUUAAGGCAGCUCAGCUGACAGAGGGCUCCGAGUACGAGUUCAGAGUCAUUGCCAUGAACAAGGCCGGUCUGGGCAAACCCAGCGAUGCAUCCAACGCUGCGCUGGCUGUCGACCCCGUCUAUCCUCCUGGUCCACCUGCUUUCCCUAAGGUGGUGGACUCCACCAAGAGCUCCAUCAGCCUGAGCUGGACCAAGCCAGCGUACGAUGGUGGAUGCGAGAUCAUCGGAUAUCUAGUGGAGUGCAAGCGAGCCGACGGCGAGGACUGGAUGAAGUGUAAUGUCCCGAAGAAACUCCAGGCCACCAAAUUCCUGGUGACUGGCCUGAUGGACAACACUGAGUACCAGUUCAGAGUCACUGCUGUCAACAAGAUUGGCUAUAGUGAGCCCAGUGAGGUCCCUGGAAACCACAUGGCCAAGGACAUCUUGAUCGCUCCUGAAGCUGAGCUGGAUGCUGACCUGAGAAAGGCUUUGGUUCUGCGAGCUGGUGUCACCAUGAGGCUGUACGUUCCACUGAGGGGGCGCCCAGCCCCGAAGGUGACGUGGACAAAGGUGAACGCCAACCUGAAGGAGAGGCAGGGUCUGCUGAUCAAGACAUCAGACUGGGACACCCUGCUGAUGGUUGAGGACAUUAACAGAUACGAUGCCGGCAAAUACGUCCUGUCACUGGAGAACAGCAGCGGCUCCAAGAGCUACACCAUCGUGGUGAAGGUCCAUGAUUCUCCUGGACCACCCAUAAAUCUGAUUGUGAAAGAGACCUCCAGAAGUCACGCCUGCAUCACUUGGGAUGCCCCACUGAUCGACGGCGGCAGCCCAGUCAAGAGCUACAUUGUGGAAAAACGUCUGGCAGAGAGGAAGGCAUGGACUUGUGUGUCGGCCGAAUGCCCGAAGACCUCCUUCAGGAUCACCAACCUGGAGGGUGGGCAGGCCUACUGCUUCAGAGUGCUGGCUGAAAAUGCUUACGGCAUUGGAGAAGGCUGCGAGACUGCAGGCAGCGUUCGGGCCUCAGAGCAACCUGGUGCAGUGAUGGAUUUCAAAGCCCAGAAGACCACCAAGGACACCAUCACUCUCGGUUGGAAGAAACCCAUCAGCGAUGGUGGAAGCCAUGUCACAGCGUACAUCCUGGAGCAGAGCGAAGGUGAAGAGAAGUGGAAGCAGAUACUGAAGGGCAAGAACACAUCGCACACCAUCAGUGAGCUGACCGAGGGCAAGGAGUAUUCGUUUAGAGUCAAGGCGCUCAACGAGUCUGGCGAGGGACCACCCACUGAGCUUACUGUUGUUGCUAAGGACCAGUUUGUGCUACCUGACUGUAACUUGAGCAGUCUACAUGACGGCUGCUGUGUGGUGAAGGAGGGCAGCACAACACGCAUCAACAUCCCUCUCAUCGGAGUUCCCCACCCCACUGCCACCUGGAAGAAGGGUGACAUGGGGCUCGGUGACACGGGCCGGAUGUGCAUUGAGGCAUCUCAGGGCGUCACCACCCUGCUGAUCAGGGACUGCCAGAGAGGAGAUGCUGACACCUAUACGAUAAAUGUCAGGAACAGUGCUGGCUCUAAGGACUGCAAGUUCCAGCUGAAGGUGGUCGGCAAGCCAGGCAUCUGCACUGGACCCAUUAAGUUUGAUGAGAUCACUGCUGAUGGCAUCACGCUGGAAUGGGGACCGCCCAAAGAUGACGGCGGUGCUGAGGUGUCUAAUUACAUCGUGGAGAAGAGGAGGACGACCGACAACAAAUGGGCCACGGUGGCUUCAGCUAUCCAGAAGACCACUAUGAGGGUGAUCAGGCUCCACGAUGGAAUAGAGUACAUCUUCAGAGUGUUCGCUGAGAACAAGUAUGGGGUUGGAGAACAUCUGAGGUCUGACCCAGUCAUCGCCCAGCAUCCUUUCAAUGUGCCUGAGGCUCCUGCUCCUCCAGAGAUUGUGAGCAUCCGCCAUGAGUCGGCCAUCUUGACUUGGGCCGAUCCAAAGGACACCGGUGGCUCCCCAAUUACUGGAUAUCACAUGGAGUUUAAGGAGAGGAACAGUCUAAUGUGGAAACGGGCCAGUAAAACUCCUCUAAGAGUGAAGGAGUGUAGAGUCACUGGCCUCAUUGAAGGACUAGAGUACGAGUUUAGGGUGAUGGCCAUGAACAUGGCCGGCCUGGGAAAGGCAAGCAGGGUCACUGAGGCUGUGGUCGCCCUGGAUCCUAUUGAUCCUCCUGGCAAGCCUGAAGUGAUCAAUGUCACCAGGGCCACAGUCACUCUGAUUUGGACAGCUCCCAAAUAUGACGGUGGCUACAAAGUGACUGGCUACAUGGUGGAGAAGCUUGAGGCCGGCGGCAAGACCUGGAUGAAGGCAAACCAUGUCAACGUCCAGGGCUGUGCAUUCUCUGUCCCUGACCUGACAGAGGGAUCUCAGUAUCAGUUUAGGAUCAGAGCCAGAAAUGCUGCUGGUGCAAUCAGUGUUCCUUCAGAGUCCACUGAGCUUUUGACCUGCAAAGAUGAGUACGAGCCCCCAACUAUCACUAUUGAUCCAGACAUGAAGGAUGGUGUAUCAGUCAGGGCAGGAGACACGAUUGUAAUCACAGCCUCCAAGAUUGUAGGCAAACCUCCACCCACCGCUGUUUGGUCCAAGGCCGGCCGCGAGUUCAAGACUUCUGAUAUCAUCACCAUCACCAGCACCCCUACCUCCUCCACUCUGGCAAUUAAGUAUGCAAGCCGCAAAAACACCGGAGAGUACACCAUCACCGCCAGCAAUCCCUUCGGUAUUAAAGAAGAACACGUUAAGGUGAAGGUGCUGGAUGUGCCCGGACCUCCAGGCCCCAUUGAAGCCAGCAACAUCUCCGCUGAGAAGUGCACUUUGACCUGGCUUCCACCAGAGGAGGAUGGAGGCUGCUCCAUCAAGUCCUACAUCCUAGAGAAGAGAGAAACAAGCCGCUUGCAGUGGACCAAGUUAGCUGAGAAUGUCAUGGACUGCAGAUAUGUAGCCAGCAAACUCAUCAAGGGCAAUGAGUACAUCUUCAGAGUGUCUGCUGUGAACCAGUAUGGCACUGGAGAUUCAAGCCAGUCUGGUCCAGUGAAAAUGGUCGACAGUUUCCGCCCACCAGGUCCCCCAUCAACCCCAGAGAUUGAUAACGUCAGCAGGAAUGCUGUCACCAUUUCAUGGAAGAGACCAGCACAGGACGGUGGAAGUGACAUUAGAGGAUAUUGUGUCGAGAGGAAGGAGAGGAGAGGAAUGAGAUGGGUGAGAGCCUGUAAAAGGACAGUCCCUGACCUGCGCUUUAAGGUGCAGGGCCUGAGCGAGGGAGUAGAGUAUGAAUUUAGAGUCACAGCUGAGAACAAGGCUGGAUUUGGGGAGCCAAGCGAGCCGUCUCGCCCUGUGAUGACCAAGGACAUUGUGUAUCCUCCUGGUCCUCCAUCCAACCCCAGAAUUACAGGCACCACAAAAACCACAGCCACGUUUGCCUGGGGCCGACCACACUACGAUGGUGGUCUUGAAGUAGAGGGAUACAUUGUUGAGUACAAAAAGGAAGGGCAUGAUGAUUGGGAGACAGAGAUGCAAUACCCACUGAAAGCAACUGAAUAUGUCAUUGGUAAACUUCAGAAAGGAGGUAAAUACCACUUCAGAGUCAGCGCUGUUAACUCUGAGGGAGUUGGUGAACCUGCAGAGGUUGAGAAAGUGACAGAACUUAUUGACCAGGAGACGUUGCCAGACUUUGAGCUGGAUGCUGAACUCCGAAGAACUCUAGUGGUCAGGUGUCGAGCUUCAAUCCGCAUGUUUGUCCCCAUCAAGGGUCGCCCUGUCCCCGAAGUAACUUGGAGCAAAGAUGACACCAACCUGAAAACACGUGCCCACAUCGACACAACAGAAUCCUAUACUCUACUGGUUAUUCCUGACUGCACCAGAUACGAUGCUGGAAAGUACAACCUCUGUCUAGAGAAUGUUGCUGGAAAGAAGACUGGCUUUGUUAAUGUUAAAGUUCUGGAUUCACCAGGACCACCAGUGAACCUCAAACCUAGAGAGAUUACUAAGAACAGUAUCACACUUCAAUGGGAAAUUCCUAUAAUUGACGGUGGAUCUAAGAUUCAUAACUACAUUAUUGAAAAGAGAGAGGCCACCAAGAAGGCCUACACAGUGCUUAGUACCACAUGGCAGAAGUGCUCCUUCAAAAUUCCAGACCUUGAGGAGGGAGCUUACUACUAUUUCCGUGUCUCUGCUGAGAAUGACCUGGGUGUAGGUGAGCCUGCUGAAACCCCUGAGCCAAUCAGAGUGUCCCAGGCCCCCUCUGCACCAGAAAACUUGUAUGUCACCGAUGUGACUGCUGACAGUGCCAGCCUUGCAUGGACAAAACCCAUCCAUGAUGGUGGCAGCUUGAUCACUGGAUAUGUCAUUGAGGCCCAGAAGAAAGACACUGACCAGUGGGUCCAUGUAACCACCAUCAAGGCUCUGGACUACACUGUCACAGAUCUGAUUGAGGGUGCUGAAUAUACCUUCCGCAUAAUGGCAGUCAAUGCAUCAGGCAGGAGUGAUCCCCGUGAGAGCAGACCCGCUAUAAUCAAAGAGCAGACUUCUGCUCCUGGGUUUGAUCUACGUGGCGUCUAUCAGAAGACUGUCAUUGCUAAGGCAGGGGAUCGUAUUAAGGUGGAGAUUCCAGUGCUGGGCAAACCCAGGCCUGUGGUUUCCUGGAAAAAGGGAAAUGUUGCACUCAAAGAGACACAAAGAAUCAACAUUGAAACCACACCGACAUCAACAAUCCUCAACAUCAGUGAGAUCAAGAGAACAGAUGGAGGCCAGUAUUCCAUGACUGGAAAAAACAUGCUGGGAACAAUGACAGAGACGAUCACAGUCUUGGUCCAUGACAUUCCAGGUCCUCCCACUGGUCCCAUUAAGCUGGACGAGGUCUCAUGUGAUUAUGUUCUCAUGUCCUGGGAGGCACCAGAGAAUGAUGGAGGCGUUCCUAUCAACAACUAUAUUGUUGAGAUGAGGGAGACUACUGGUACUUCAUGGGUGGAGCUGGCAGCUACAGUGAUCCGCACCACAUUCAAGGCAGCUCGACUCACUACUGGAACCCAGUAUCAGUUCCGUGUCAAGGCCCAGAACAGAUAUGGCAUUGGACCAUCUAUUGUCUCUGAACCAGUGUUAGCUGCUUAUCCAUUUGACGUACCAAGUCAGCCUGGUACUCCUGUGGUCACAUCUUUCAACAAAGAUGCUAUGACUCUUAGCUGGAACGAGCCAUCCUCUGAUGGAGGUAGUGCCAUUCUAGGCUAUCAUGUGGACAGGAAAGAGAAAAACAGCAUUCUCUGGCAGAAGAUCAGCAAAGCUCUUGUUGUUGGUAAUAUCUUCAAAUCAACAGGUCUCGUUGAUGGAAUAGUAUAUGAACACCGUGUCAUUGCUGAAAACAUGGCUGGUCUCAGCAAACCCAGUAAACCCUCUGAGCCCAUGUAUGCCUUGGAUCCAGUUGACUCACCAGGCCGGCCUGUGGCACUGAAUAUCACCAGGCAUGAGGUCACAGUGUCAUGGACCAAACCAGAGGGCGAUGGCGGAUUUUCCAUCACUGGAUACACAGUAGAGAGGAGAGAGAUGCCCAGUGGACGUUGGCUCAAAGCAAACUUCAACAACAUUCUAGAGACUGUCUUCACAGUCAGUGGUCUGAUUGAAGAUGCAACCUAUGAAUUCCGUGUGUUUGCUAGAAACUCAGCCGGUGCCGUUAGUGCUCCAUCUCAGUCAUCAGAGGCAAUCACAUGCAGAGAUGAAAUUGAAGAGCCCAGGCUUGAUGUUGACGCAUCAUAUAGCAGCAAUGUUGUUGUCAUGGCAGGAGAGGUAUUCAAACUGGAGGCCAAUGUGACUGGCAGGCCAAUCCCAUCUCUUGUAUGGACCAAAGAAGGAAAGGAACUUGUGGAUACAGGCAAGCUAGAGAUAAAGACGUCUGACUUCCACACAACUCUGGUGAACAAAGAUUCACUGAGGAGGGAUGGUGGUGCUUUCAUUUUGACUGCCAGCAACCCUGGUGGUUUUGCAAAAUUCACAUUCAAUGUCAAAGUGCUCGACAGACCUGGACCACCAGACUCCCUUACAGUAACAGAUGUCACCGCUGAGAAAUGUGUCCUUAACUGGCUGCAUCCAACACAUGAUGGUGGUGCCAAGAUUGAAUACUUUAUUAUUCAGAGGCGUGAGACCAGUAGGCUGGCAUGGACAAAUGUGGCCACAGACCUUCAAGCCAACAGGUUCAAGGUCACCAAAUUACUGAAGGGCAAUGAGUACAUUUUCAGAGUCAUGGCUGUCAAUAAGUAUGGCAUGGGUGAACCCCUGGAGUCUGAACCUGUCGUCUGUGCCAACCCAUAUGUUCCCAGUGACCCUCCCCAGCAGCCUGAAGUCACCACAAUUACCAAGGACUCCAUGGUUGUCUGCUGGGACCGCCCUGAACACGACGGAGGCAGCAGAAUAAACACAUACAUAAUUGAGAGGAGGGAUAAGACUGGCCUACGCUGGGUGAAGUGCAACAAGAGGACUGUGACUGACUUGCGAUUCAAGGUCUCUGGCCUCACACUAGGACACGAGUAUGAAUUCAGAGUUCUUGCUGAGAAUAACGCUGGUCUAAGUCAUCCUAGUCCUUCAAGUCCAUUCUACAAAGCCAUAGACACCAUCUUCCAGCCUGGACCUCCAGGGAACCCCAGAGUACUGGACACAACUAAGUCCUCCAUCACACUUGCCUGGAACAAGCCUGUCUAUGACGGUGGUUCUGAAAUCACUGGCUACAUUGUGGAGACCUGCUUGCCUGAAGAGGAUGAGUGGACAAUUCACACACCCAAGAAGGGAUGGACAGCCACUUCCUUCACCAUCACCAACCUGAAGGAAAACCAAGAAUAUAAAAUCAACAUCUGUGCCACUAACUGUGAAGGAGUGGGAGAGCCAGCCGCUGUUCCUGGAACCCCGAAGGCUGAAGACAGACUACUUCCUCCAGAAAUCGAACUUGGUGCAGAGCUACGUAAGGUGGUCUGCAUCAGAGCCUGCAGCACACUCAGACUAUUCGUACCUAUCAAGGGCAGACCAGCACCUGAAGUAAAAUGGUCAAGAGAGCAUGGAGAAUCCCUAGACAAGGCUAACAUUGAAGUCACCCCAUCAUUCACCACUCUUCAGGUGGACAAUGUUGACAGGUUUGAUGGAGGUAAAUACAUGGUGACUGUGGAGAAUGCCUCAGGAAGCAAGACGGCCUUUGUUAAUGUCAGGGUGCUAGACACUCCUGGAGCGCCACAGAAUCUGAUCAUCAAGGAGGUCACUAGAGAUUCAGUUUCCCUUGUUUGGGAUGCACCUCUCAUUGAUGGUGGUUCCAGGGUCCGCAACUACAUUGUGGAGAAGCGCGAGUCAACUAGAAAAGCCUAUUCCACUGUCUGCCCCAGUUGCCAUAAAUCCAGCUGGAAAAUUGGAGACCUGGAAGAAGGAAAGAUGUACUCCUUUAGAAUCCUGGCUGAGAAUGAAUAUGGCAUUGGCCUCCCAGUAGAGACUCUUGAACCAAUUAAAGUGUCAGAGAAGCCUCUACCACCAGGCAAAGUGUCUCUUCGUGAGGUUACCGGCACCAGUGUCACAUUGACUUGGGAAAAGCCUGACCAUGAUGGUGGAAGCAGAAUCACAGGCUAUAUCGUUGAGAUGCAGGGUAAAGGUAGCGAGAAAUGGACCCAGGUCAUGGUGGUGAAGACCAAUGAGGCUCAAGUAACUGGCCUUACACAGGGAGAGGAAUAUAUGUUCCGCAUCUCAGCCACCAACGAAAAGGGAGUUAGUGAUCCGCGUCCUCUUAGCGUGCCUGUUGUGGCUAAAGACUUGGUCAUCUCACCAACCUUUAAACUGCUUUUCAGUACGUUCAGUGUGCUGGCAGGAGAUGACGUGAAGAUAGAUGUACCAUAUGCUGCCUGCCCAAAAGCUACAGCGACAUGGCUCAAAGAUGGUGCUGUUCUCAAGGAGACAACAAGAGUUAAUGCUGAAGCCACUGACAAAAGUCUUCUCUUGAUCAUCAAGGAGGCUUGCAGAGAUGAUGUAGGCACAUACACAGUCAAGCUUACCAACACAGCGGGAGAGGCAUCUACGGAUAUCAGUGUUGUUGUAUUAGAUAAGCCUGGUCCUCCAGCUGGCCCAAUUAAACUGGAUGAGGUCACUGCUGACAGUGUAGUCCUGUCCUGGAAUCCACCACAUUAUGAUGGCGGUUGCACCAUCAACAAUUACAUUGUUGAGAAGAGAGACACAUCCACAACAAACUGGCAGAUUGUGUCAGCUACAGUGGCCAGAACUACCAUCAAGGCAGCCCGUCUGAAGACUGGCUCCGAGUACCAGUUCAGGAUUGCUGCAGAGAACAGAUAUGGAAAGUCCUCCGCCCUCCUUUCUGAAGCUAUUGUUGCACAGUAUCCAUUCGAAGUGCCCAGUUCACCACGUUCUGUUGUGGUCCAGUCAGCCACCAAGGAGACUAUGGUGGUUGUAUGGGAGAAACCCAGCAAUGAUGGUGGAAGCAAAAUUCUAGGCUACCACUUAGAGCUUAAAGAGAGAAACAGUAUACUAUGGGUAAAACAGAACAAGCAACUUAUCCCAGAGACCAGAUUCAAAGUUAUUGGCCUUGAGGAGGGUAUCGAGUAUGAAUUCAGAGUCUAUGCUGAGAACAUUGUUGGCCUCAGCAAAGCUAGCAAACUGAGUGAAAUGCAAGUGGCCAGAGAUCCUUGCGACAGAGCAGGAAAACCGGAGGCCGUCAUUGUCACAAGAAGCAAAGUGACACUCAGAUGGACCAAACCAGAGUAUGAUGCCGGCAUUAAGAUCACAGGUUAUGUAGUUGAGAAGAAGGAAGGAACUGGUCGCUGGAUGAAGGCCAGUUUCACCAACAUCAUUGAGACAGAAUUUGUUGUUACAGGACUUAUUGAAGAUCAGGUUUAUGAGUUCCGCGUUAUUGCCAGAAAUGCAGCAGGUGUCUUCAGCCUGCCAUCUGAUUCUACUGGAGCCAUCACUGCUAAGGAUGAAGUGGAUCCACCCAAAAUUGACUUGGAAGCCAAGUACUCCCAGGCUGUGGUGGUAAAUGCUGGAGAGACAUUUAAGCUUGAGGCUGCUAUUUAUGGUAAACCUGUUCCCACAGUGCACUGGCUGAAGGAGGGCAAAGAGAUUGCUGAAGCAGCUCGCUUAGAGCUAAAGAACACAGACUUUACAGCUUGUAUAGUUGUUAAGGAAGCUAUCCGUGUUGAUGGAGGUCAGUACACUUUAUUGGUGAAGAAUGUAGGAGGAGAGAAGUCUGUUAACAUUAAUGUUAAGGUCCUGGAUAGGCCAGGCCCGCCUGAGGGCCCCAUCUCCAUCUAUGGAGUCACCAAUGAGAAAUGUUCCAUUUCCUGGAAGCCUCCCUUGCAAGAUGGAGGCAGCGAUGUUUCCCAUUACAUUGUUGAAAGAAGGGAAACCAGCAGACUGGUUUGGACGGUAGUUGAACCAAAAGUUCAGACACUAAACCUGAAGAUCACCAAACUUCUUCCUGGUAAUGAGUACAUCUUCAGAGUGAUUCCAGUCAACAAAUAUGGAGUUGGUGAGCCUCUGGAAUCCGAGUCAAUGAUUGCCAGAAAUCCAUUUGUUACUCCCAGCCCACCAACAGAGGCAGAAGUCUCCACAAUCACCAAGGACUCCAUGGUGGUCACCUGGGAGAGACCAACUAAUGAUGGUGGCAGUCCCAUCCAGGGAUAUGUUGUGGAGAAACGUGACAAAGAUGGUGUGAGAUGGACCAGGUGCAACAAGCGCAAUGUGAGUGAGCUACGCUUCAGAGUGACAGGACUUCUUGAAAACCAUAGCUAUGAAUUCAGAGUAUCUGCCGAAAACGCAGCCGGAGUUGGCACACCUAGUGCACCAACAAUGUACUACAAAGCACUUGAUCCUAUCUUCAAACCAGGACCACCAAACAACCCCAAGGUGGUUGACACGUCCAGGUCCACUGUUUCCAUGACUUGGGGCAAACCCAUCUAUGACGGUGGCUGUGAGAUUCAGGCUUACAUAGUUGAGGCAUGUAAUGGGGCAUCGGAUGAGUGGUUUAUGUGCACUCCUCCCACUGGUGUCACAGACACUAAGUUUACAGUGAAAAAGCUUCUGGAGAAGCAUGAGUAUCAAUUUAGAGUUUGCGCAAUCAACAAAGUUGGCGUUGGUGAGCAUGCUGAUGUUCCUGGAAAAAUUCUUAUGGAGGAGAAGCUUGAGGCUCCUGAUCUUGACCUGGAUGCCGAUAUGAGAAAGAUGAUCAACAUCAGAUCAGCAAGUACUCUGAGGCUCUUUGUUCCCGUGAGAGGUCGUCCAGCUCCUGAGGUGAAAUGGGGCAAAGCUGAGGGUGAGAUUAAGGAAACAGCACAAAUUGACAAUACAGGCAGCUACGCUUCACUUGUCAUUGAGAAUGUUGACAGAUUUGACAGUGGCAAGUAUACACUGACUGCAGAAAAUGCAAGCGGGGCGAAGUCGGUCUUCAUUAGUGUCAGAGUCCUGGACUCCCCCAGUCCUCCAACUAAUUUCAUAGUGAAAGAGAUUACCAAGAAUUCUGUCACACUCACAUGGGAGCCUCCACUUCUUGAUGGUGGUUCAAAGAUUAAGCAUUAUAUUGUUGAAAAACGUGAGAGCACAAGGAAGGUUUAUUCUCCCAUAACCACCUGCAACAGGAUGUCAUGGAAAGUUGAGCCUCUUCCAGAGGGCGGAAUCUUCUUCUUCAGAGUUCUGGCUGAGAAUGAGUAUGGCGUGGGUCUCCCUGCUAAAACCUUAGAGCCAAUUAAAAUAUCUGAGAAACCUCAACCACCUGGCAAGGUCAGCGUUAUUGACGUUACUCAUAGCACUGUAACUCUAACCUGGGAGAAGCCUGAACAUGACGGAGGCAGUAGAAUCAGUCACUAUGACAUUGAACUGGCUCCUAAGGACAGUGAAGCUUGGUCUGUGUGUGCUAGUGUAAAGGCACUUGAGACAGUGGUGACAAACCUUCUCAAGGGAGAAGAAUACCAGUUCAGAGUUGUGGCUGUAAAUGACAAGGGAAAAAGUGACCCAAGACAAUUGGCCCAGACAGUUGUAGCAAAGGACCUUGUAAUUGAGCCCACUGUUCGACCGAAAGUUAGCACCUACAGUGUCCAGGUGGGGUAUGACCUUAAGAUAGAGGUCCCAAUUGCUGGUCAUCCAAAGCCAACCAUCACAUGGACCAAGGAUGGAGCAGCCCUUAAACAGACUACCAGAGUCAAUGUCACAGACUUGGCACAUCACACCACUCUCACCAUAAAGGAUGCCACCAGAGAGGAUGGAGGUAUGUACAGUAUCAAUAUUGUCAAUGCCCUUGGUUCCAAGGAUGCCACUAUUGAAGUGAUCACUCUUGACAAACCAGGACCACCAACAGGCCCUGUCAAGUUGGAUGAUAUCAGUGCUGAGAGCAUCACUCUUAGCUGGGAACCUCCUACAUAUACAGGUGGCUGUCCGAUCUCCAAUUAUGUGGUAGAGAAGAGAGACACAACCACAACUAACUGGGUGGUCGUGUCUGCCACUGUGGCCAGAUCCACACUCAAAGUAGGUAAUCUGAAGACAGGCGCUGAGUACCAAUUCCGAAUCUAUGCAGAGAAUAGAUAUGGAAAGAGCUACGCCAUUGAUUCAGAGCCUGUUGUGGCACAGUAUCCAUUCCAGGAGCCUGGCCCACCAGGAACACCAUUUGUGUCUUCAUACACCAAAGACUACAUGGUGGUUGAGUGGCACAAACCCCCAUCUGACGGCGGUAGUGCCAUCUUGGGCUAUCACUUGGAAAGGAAAGAAAAGAACAGUAUCCUCUGGACCAAGAUCAACAAGAUGCUCAUCCAAGACUGCAGAUUCAAAUCUGCUCCUCUGGAAGAAGGCAUUGAGUAUGAGUACAGAGUCUAUGCUGAGAACAUAGUUGGCAUCGGAAAGUGCAGCAAAGUAUCUGAGGUUUAUGUUGCCCGUGACCCAUGUUAUCCUCCUGGCCGUCCUGAGGCAGUGAUUGUGACCAGGCAUUCUGUGAUGCUGAGGUGGACUGCCCCAGAGUAUGAUGGUGGAAGCCUCAUUACUGGCUAUGUAGUGGAAAAACGUGACCUUCCUGAAGGAAAGUGGAUGAAGGCUAGCUUCGCCAAUGUUAUUGAACAUGAAUUCACAGUUACUGGCCUGACAGAAGACAGUAAAUAUGACUUCAGGAUAAUUGCAAGAAAUGCAGCUGGUGCUGUCAGCAAACCCUCUGAGACAACAGGAUCCAUAACAGCCAAGGAUGAAGUUGACCCACCCAAGUGUGAGACAGAUCCUAUGUACAACCAGACUAUUGUUAUCAGUGCUGGAGAGACUUUCACUCUGGAGGCCAGCAUGGAAGGAAAGCCCAUCCCAACAGCUCAAUGGUUUAAGGGAGACGUUGAAGUUGAAAACUCAGCAAGAGCUGAGAUCAAAAACACAGAUUUUAAAGCUUUGCUCAUUGUGAAGGAUGCCAUCAGAGUGGAUGGUGGUCAGUACAUGCUGGUUCUGACGAAUGUGGCUGGAACAAAGACUGUCCCAUUCAGUGUGAAGGUUCUGGACAGACCAGGCCCCUCAGAGGGACCUCUUACUGUUAGCAAUGUUACAGAGGAGAAAUGUUCACUGUCAUGGCUGCCACCUAGACACGAUGGAGGAGCUAGCGUUUCCCACUACAUCAUUCAGAAGAGAGAAACCAGUCGCUUAGCAUGGACGGUAGUCUCCAGUGACUGUGGAGCUACAAUGUUCAAGGUUACCAAACUACUGAAAGGCAACGAGUACAUCUUUAGAAUCAUGGCCGUUAAUAAAUAUGGUGUAGGUGAGCCUCUUGAAUCAGCACCAGUUAUCAUGAGAAAUCCAUUUGUUCCUCCUGGCUCUCCUAAGGAACUUGAGAUCACCAACAUCACCAGAGAUUCCAUGACGGUCUGCUGGAACCGCCCAGACACCACAGGAGGCAGUGACAUCGUUGGUUACAUUGUUGAGAAGAGAGACAGAGCUGGAGUGAGGUGGACCAAGUGCAACAAACGCAGAGUGACCGAUUUGCGUUUCAGAGUAACUGGGCUGACUGAGGACCAUGAGUAUGAAUUCAGGCUAUCUGCUGAGAAUGCAGCAGGAGUUGGCAACCCAAGCCCACCAACACCCUACCUCAAAGCCUGUGAUCCCACCUUUGAACCUGGCUGUCCCACCAAUGCACAUGUGGUUGACACUACUAAAGACUCUGUCAGUCUGGCUUGGCAUAGGCCUAUCUAUGACGGUGGAUGUGAAAUUCAAGGGUAUGCUGUGGAAAUUACCAAGGCUGACGAGGAGGAAUGGACCAUAUGCACCCCACCCUCUGGAGUUAACGCUACCAAGUUUACCAUCAAAAAGUUGAUUGAACACCAAGAAUACAAGGUACGUGUCUGUGCCAUCAAUAAGCUGGGUGUCGGUGAGCCCACAGAGAUCCAAGGAGUUGUGAAACCUAUGGACAAGAUUGAUCCUCCAGAAAUGAUUCUGGAUUCAGAGCUCAGGAAGGGAAUAGUUGUCCGUGCAGGAGGCUCCAUGAGAAUCUGCAUUCCAUUCAAGGGUCGUCCUGCUCCUGAGAUAAACUGGGCCAAAGAAGAUGGAGAACUGCCCAGUAAAGCUCAGAUUGAGACAGGGGAAGACUACACACAGCUCUCCAUUGACAUAUGUGACAGAUUUGAUGCUGGAAAAUACAUCCUCAACUUAGAAAACAGUGCUGGCACCAAAUCAGCCUUUGUCUCUGUUAAAGUCCUGGACACUCCAGGGGCUCCUUUAAAUCUAACUGUAAAAGACAUUACAAGGCAAAGUGUCACUCUCACCUGGGAGCCUCCUCUUAUUGAUGGUGGUGCAAGAAUCAAGAAUUAUCUGGUAGAGAAGCGUGAGUCCACCAGGAAGGUUUACUCCAAUGUAGACAACAAAUGCACAAAGACAAGCUAUCGCAUCACUGGCCUCACAGAGGGAACUAUCUAUUACUUCAGAGUCUUGGCAGAGAAUGAGUUUGGUGUGGGACAGCCAGCCGAGACAGAAGACUCAGUUAGGACCUCUGAGCCGCCUCUGUCGGUGGGUAAGGUUACUUUGACUGAAGUGACAAAAACCACUGCUUCACUCUCCUGGGAGAAGCCAGAUCAUGAUGGAGGCAGCAGGAUCAUGGGAUACUAUAUUGAAAUGCAACCUGUGGGAUCAGAGGAAUGGGUGGUGGCCACCACAACCAAAACUUGUGAGGGCACUGUCCAGGGCCUCAGUGCAGGUCACGAGUACCUGUUUAGAGUAUCAGCCUUCAAUGAGAAGGGCAAGAGUGACCCCAGACCUCUGGCUGCACCUGUCACUGCUAAAGAUGUGACUGUCGAGCCUGGCUUCAAGAUGAGAUUCAACACUUUUAGUUUACAGAACGGUGAGGAUCUGAAGAUCGAGAUUCCAGUGAUUGGACGCCCAGUUCCCAAGGUUGAAUGGAAGAAAGAUGGACAAGCUCUUAAGGAGACAACCAGACUAAAUGUAUCUAGCACACUGUCAUCUACUAAGCUGUGCAUCAAAGAUGCCAAUAAGGAAGACUCUGGUAAAUACACUGUCACAGCCACCAGUAGCAUUGGAACAGCCACAGAAGAGAUCACUGUUAUCAUUCUCGAUAAGCCUGGACCACCUACAGGCCCUGUGAAGAUCGAGGAGGUGAGUUCUAAUUAUGUCACUUUGUCCUGGGAGGCACCAGAGUACACUGGAGGCUGUCAAAUCAACAACUACAUUGUGGAGAAAAGAGACACUACCACGACAGCAUGGCAGAUUGUGUCUGCUACAAUUGCCAGAACAACUAUUAAAAUCACCAAAUUGAAGACUGGCACUGAGUACCAGUUCAGAGUGUCUGCUGAGAAUCGGUAUGGAAAGAGUUCUGCCAUCGUCUCUCCUGCUGUCAUUGCUCAGUAUCCAUUCAGUGAGCCCGCAGCCCCAGGAGCACCAAUUAUUGCUGCUGCAACCAAGGAUAACAUGGUUGUUGAGUGGAAACCUCCCACCAACAAUGGAGGCAGUCCUAUCCUGGGCUAUCAUCUUGAGAGAAAGGAGAGGAACAGCCUGCUGUGGACCAAACUCAACAAGCUUCUAAUCCCAGAUGCACGUUUCAAGACCACAGAACUGGAAGAAGGCAUCGAGUAUGAAUUCAGAGUUUAUGCAGAGAACAUCGCAGGUCUCAGUACAGCUAGCAAGGUCUCUGAGAGUACGGUAGCCAGGGAUCCUUGCGACCCACCGGGAACUCCUGAGGCAAUUGAAAUCACCAGAAACCACGUGACACUCCAGUGGACCAGGCCUCAAUAUGAUGGAGGCAGUGCAAUCACGGGCUAUGUGAUUGAGAGGAGGAAGCACCCAGAUAAUCGCUGGAUGAAGGCCAGCUUCACUAACAUCAUUGAUACCCAGUUCACACUCACUGGUCUGACCGAGGACUGUGUUUAUGAGUUCAGGGUCAUUGCCAAGAAUGCUGCUGGCAUCUCCAGCCAUCCCUCUGAGAGCACGGGAGAAAUCACUGCCAAAGAUGAAAUCGAGGCUCCGGCAGCCACCGUGGAUUCUAAAUUCAAGGAUCUGACUGUGGUUCAUGCUGGUGAAACAUUUGUCAUCGAUGCUGACUACACUGGCAAACCUCUUCCUGAGGCCAUUUGGUUAAAAGAUGGAAAGGAGAUUGACAAAACAACACCGAGAAUGGAGAUCAAGACCACACUUACACGUACCAUCCUGACAGUCAAGGACUGCAUCAGAGUGGAUGGUGGCCACUUUGUCCUCAAGCUUGUCAAUGUGGGAGGAGUAAAGAUGGUCCCUGUUAGUGUUAAAGUUCUGGAUAGACCUGGUCCUCCCGAUGGCCCACUGGAGGUUAAAGGUGUCACAGCUGAGAAAUGUUAUCUGCACUGGAGCCAUCCUUCACACGACGGUGGAGCUAGCAUCUCUCACUACAUCAUUGAGAAGCGAGAAACCAGCCGUUUGUCGUGGACCAUGGUUGAGCCCAAGAUCCAAGCAAUCAGUUACAAAAUCACCAAACUGCUUCCUGGAAAUGAAUACAUCUUUAGGGUCACUGCUGUCAAUAAAUACGGUGUUGGUGAGCCUUUGGAAUCAGAGCCGGUUAUUGCUCGUAACCCUUUCACCACUCCCAGUGCCCCAUCCACUCCAGAGGCCAGUGCCAUCACCAGGGACUCUAUAGUACUCACCUGGGAGAGGCCUGAGAAUAACGGAGGAGCUGAGAUUGAAGGAUAUGUUCUUGAAAAACGUGACAAAGAUGGCAUCAGAUGGACUAAGUGCAACAAGAAGAGGCUGAAUGAUCUGAGAUUCAGAUGCACUGGUCUCACAGAGGGCCACUCUUAUGAGUUCAGGGUGUCGGCUGAAAAUGCUGCUGGUGUGGGAAAGCCUAGUGCACCAACUCCAUACAUCAAGGCCUGCGAUGCCACUUAUCCACCAGGACCUCCAAAUAACCCAAAAGUCACCGAACAUUCAAGCACCACAGUCUCCCUGUGCUGGUCUAGGCCUAUCUAUGAUGGUGGAGCAGCAAUCAGUGGAUAUAUUGUUGAAAUGAAGGAAGCAGCAGACGACGAAUGGAUCAUCUGCACACCACACACUGGUGUCCAAGCCACUCACUACACCGUCAAGAAACUGAAGGAGAAUGCAGAGUACAACUUCCGCAUCUGUGCCGUUAACUGUGAGGGAGUAGGAGAGCAUGUGGACUUGCCUGGGUCCGUGAUCGCUGCAGAGAAGCUGGAGGCUCCAGAAGUUGAACUGGAUGCCGAUCUGAGAAAGAUGGUCAAUGUUCGUGCUACUGCCACCCUGCGUUUGUUUGUGACUAUUAGAGGAAAGCCUGAGCCUGAGGUCAGAUGGUCAAAGGCCGAUGGCACUCUGAAUGAACGUGCUCAGAUUGAAGUGACAAGCUCUUACACCAUGCUAGUCAUUGAGAAUGUUGACAGAUUUGAUACAGGCAAAUAUGUGCUGACUCUCGAGAAUCUCAGCGGCUCUAAGUCUGCCUUCAUCAAUGUCAGAGUUCUGGACUCCCCCAGUGCUCCUACCAACCUGGAGGUGAAAGAUGUGAAGAGGAAUUCUGUCUCGCUAUCCUGGGAGCCUCCUCUCAUUGAUGGCGGGGCUAAAAUAUCUCACUAUAUUGUGGAGAAGAGAGAGCAGAAGAGAAUGGCUUUCACCAGUGUUUGCACCAACUGUGUGAGGAACUCUUACAUUAUUUCUGACCUGCAGGAGGGAGGCAGAUACUAUUUCCGUGUGCUGGCUGUGAAUGAGCUGGGAGUAGGUCUGCCUGCCUCCACAGAUCAAGUAAAGGUGUCUGAGGCUCCUUUGCCCCCUGGUAAGAUUGUCCUGGUCGAUGUGACUCGUCAUACUGUCACGCUUUCCUGGGAGAAACCCGAUCACGAUGGAGGCAGCAAGAUUACAAACUAUAUUGUGGAGAUGCAACCCAAGGGAGAUGACAAAUGGACCGUGUGCAGUGAAGUCAAAGCACUGGAAGCAACUAUUGAGGGACUCACAACUGGAGAAGAAUAUUCCUUCAGGGUGAUUGCCGUUAAUGACAAGGGCAGGAGCGAUGCUAAGCCUUUGGCUGCAUCUGUGGUGGUAAAGGACAUUACAAUGGAGCCUAUCAUCAACCUGUUGUUCAACACAUAUAGUGUAAAAUCAGGAGAUGACCUGAAAAUUGAUGUUCCAUUUAAAGGCAGACCUCAGCCUGAGGUGUCCUGGAAGAAAGACGGCCAGGUGCUUAAGCAGACAACUAGAGUAAAUGUUGUCACUUCCAAGACCUCAUCAAAGAUUGUCAUCAAGGAUGCCACCAAAGAGGAUGUGGGAAAGUAUGAAAUUACACUGACUAACUCAGUUGGCACCAAGACAGGUGAAAUCUCUGUCAUAAUCCUGGACAAACCCGGACCGCCUAGCAACAUUAAGGUGGAUGAGGUGAGCGCUGACUUCAUCUGUCUGUCCUGGGAUCCUCCAACGUACGAUGGUGGUUGCCAGAUUAACAACUAUGUGGUGGAGAAGAGAGACACAACCACUACCACAUGGCAAAUUGUUUCAGCUACGGUAGCCAGGACAUCGAUAAAAGUUUCACGUCUCACUCAGGGAACAGAGUACCAGUUCCGCAUUGCCGCUGAAAACCGCUACGGCAAGAGCCAUGCCGUCGAUUCAGCUCCUGUUGUUGCUCAGUAUCCAUUUGAACCUCCCGGUUCUCCAACCAACCUCCAUGUUGCCCAUGCCACCAAGACUGGUAUGCUUGUGGUGUGGGGCAGACCUGCCAGUGAUGGUGGAAGUCCUGUCAUUGGAUACCACGUCGAGUGCAAAGACCAAAGCAGCAUCCUGUGGACCAAGGUCAACAGAGGUCUGCUGGCUGAGACCCAGUUUAAGAUGACCGGCAUCGAGGAAGGCCUGCAGUAUCAGUUCAGAGUCUAUGCUGAGAAUAUUGCAGGCAUCGGUCCAUGCACUAAGGCCAGUGAGCCUGUGGCAGCCAGGGAUCCGUGUGAGCCUCCACAUAACCUCAGAGUCACAAAUAUUACCAGAACCUCAGUUUCCCUGUUCUGGGAAAAACCAGAGUAUGACGGUGGAGUUAAAAUUACAGGCUACAUUGUUGAGCGUAAAGAACUUCCCAACGGUCGCUGGCUGAAAUGCAACUUCACCAAUCUACAAGACACCUACUUUGAUGUCACAGGCCUCACAGAAGAUGUCCAGUAUGACUUCCAUGUCAUUGCUAAGAACUCUGCAGAGCUGUUGAGUGUUCCUUCAGAAACCACUGGUCCUGUCACUGUCAAGGAUGAUGUGGACCCUCCCACCAUCAUCCUGGAAGAUAAAUUCAGGCAGUUGGUUGUCAUAAAGGCUGGAGAUAUUAUCAGAGUUGAUGCCGAAAUUACGGGGCGUCCUUUGCCAGUUGUUUCGUGGUCUAAGGAUGGAAAGGAGAUUGAGGCCAAGGCCAGGUGUGAAAUCACCUCCACCAACUUUGCCACCACCCUGAUUGUCAGAGAUGCUAUCAGGAGGGACUCUGGUCAGUAUGUCCUUACUCUGCAUAAUGUAGCGGGAACCAGGUCUGUGGCUAUCAACUGUAAAGUUCUGGACAGACCUGGACCUGCCUCAGGACCUCUGGCAGUAUCUGGCCUCACAGCAGAGAAGUGCACUCUAACAUGGGGACCUCCUCAGGAGAAUGGCGGUGCUGAGAUCCUGCACUACAUUGUGGAAAAACGUGAGACCAGUCGCCUCGCCUGGACUCUCAUCUAUGGUGACAUGAAAGCAACUACCUGCAAAGUGACUAAGCUGCUCAAAGGAAACGAGUACAUCUUCAGAGUCAGAGGAGUCAAUAAAUAUGGAGAUGGUGAGGCCUUGGAGAGUGAGGCAACAAAGGCUGUGGAUCCAUUCACAGUGCCUGCAGCUCCCACUAGUGUCCAGGUCACCUCAGUCACCAGUGAGGCAAUGACCAUCUGCUGGGAAAGACCAGUUUCUGAUGGUGGCAGCAGUAUCUCUGGUUAUGUCAUUGAAAAGCGAGAGAAGACUGGCCUCCGCUGGUGCCGUGUCAACAAGAAACCCGUUUAUGACCUCAGAGUUAAAGCUUCACACCUUCGUGAGGGUUGUGAAUACGAGUACCGAGUGUUUGCAGAGAAUGCGGCUGGCCUCAGUGCUCCGAGCAUUGCCUGCCCGCUCACCAAGGCCGAAGACCCUCAGUUCCUGCCUUCACCUCCUGCUAAGCCCAAGAUUGUGGACUCUACAAAAACUACAGUCACCCUCUCCUGGAAUAAGCCACUCUUUGAUGGUGGAGCGCCUGUGACUGGUUACAGAGUCGAAUACAGAAAGACAUUAGAUGACGAAUGGAUUGUUGGAGUCCAGAACACCAAGAACACAGAGUUCACAGUGGUAGGAUUGACACCUGGGGCUGAAUAUGUGUUUGUUGUCAAGUCCAUCAACAAGAUUGGUGUCAGUGAGUCCAGUCCCGAGUCAGACAAACAGGUUGCCAAAGAAAGAGAGGAGGAGCCCAUCUUUGACAUCAGCAAUGAGAUGAGGAAAACUCUUAUUGUACGCGAUGGCAGCUCAUUCACCAUGACAGUACCAUUCCGAGGCAAACCCAUCCCCAGCGUUACUUGGACUAAGCCUGACGUUGACCUCAGAGUCCGUGCUGUCAUCGAUACCACAGACACCUUCACCUCCAUCACCUUAGAGAAAGCAACUCGCAACGACUCUGGAAAAUACACGGUUACCUUGUCCAGUGUAGCCGGAACCUCUUCCCUGACACUGAAUGUCCGUGUCCUUGACUCACCCGGACCACCUGCCCAUGUAGAGGUCAAGGAAGUGACAAAGACCUCUGCUACAGUCACCUGGGACACUCCUGAGAAUGAGGGAGGAGGACCAGUCAAGAACUACCUUGUUGAUUUCCGCGAGGCCAGCAAGAAAGGCUGGACGCGGUUGACUGACACCUGCCACAGACUGACGUACAAAGUGACAGAUCUGCAGGAGGGAGGAGUCUACUACUUCAGAGUGACAGGCGAGAAUGAGUAUGGAGUUGGUGUUCCUGCUGAGACCAAAGAGGGAACCAAGAUCACAGAAAAACCAAGUCCCCCACCCAAACUCGGUGUGACAGAUGUAAGCAAAGAGAGUGUGUCCUUGGCGUGGGCCAAGCCAGAACAAGAUGGAGGCAGCAGAAUUACUGGCUACCUGGUAGAAGCACUGGAGAAAGGCCAGGAGAAGUGGGUCAAGUGUGGUGUAACCAAGUUCAUCCACUUCACAGUGUCAGGUCUGAGAGAGAAUGCAGAGUACUUCUUCAGGGUCAAGGCUGAGAACCAUGCUGGAUUCAGUGAUGCUAAGGAGAUGGUCAUACCUGUAGUGGUGAAAGACCAGCUUGAAUCUCCUGAGAUCGACAUGAAGGACUUCCCCCACAACACAGUAUAUGUUAGAGCUGGAUCCACUCUCAAGUGUGAGAUCCCGCUGAUGGGCCGUCCUUUGCCUAAAGUCACUCUGUCCAAGGACAAUGUGCUGCUCAAGUCUACAAUGAGGUUCAACUCUGAGGUUACCCCCGACAGCAUCAAGAUCAUUCUGCGGGAGAGCAUAGCUGGAGACUCUGGACGCUAUGACAUCACUGCCUCCAACUCCAGUGGAACUACCAAGUCGUUUGUGAACAUUGUAGUUCUGGACCGGCCUAGCGCCCCACUUGGACCCGUGGAGCUGUUUGACGUCACAGAGGACAGUGUAAGCUUGAAGUGGCUCCCGCCAGCAUAUGAUGGUGGCAGUCCCAUCACCAACUACAUCCUCCAGAAGAGAGAGACGACGACAGCCAACUGGAUGGACGUGUCUUCUGCUGUUGCCCGCUGCACCGUGAAAAUCAUGAAGCUGACCACUGGCCUGGAGUACCAGUUCAGAAUUAGGGCUGAGAACAGAUACGGCAUCAGCGAGCACACCGACUCUCCCACUGUCACUGUUAGCCUCCCUUACACAAUUCCGGAUGCUCCAUCAACUCCAGAAAUUACUGCUGUCACCAGGGAGACCAUCACUGUGGCCUGGAAGGAACCCAAGUCAGAUGGAGGCAGCCACGUGUUUGGCUACCACCUUCAGAUGAAAGACAGGAACAGCAUCCUUUGGCAAAGAGUUAACAAAAUGGUGAUCCGUGCUACACACUUCAAGGUCACCAACAUAAAUGCUGGACUCAUUUAUGAGUUCAAGGUGGCAGCAGAGAAUGCUGCAGGAAUCAGUGCUUUUAGCAAGGUGUCUGAUGCAGUGCUGGCAAUUGAUGCCUGUGAGCCGCCGACCAACCUGCGCAUCAGCGACAUCACUAAGAACACCAUUAGCCUGGCCUGGCAGAAGCCCAACUACGAUGGCGGAUCCCCAGUCACUGGCUACAUCAUCGAGAAGAGAGAGGGUGUUAAAACCAAGUGGUCCAAGGCUAACCUAACCAAUAUCACGGACACCCGCUUCACUGUGACUGGCCUGACCCAGGACGAGAUAUAUGAGUUCAGAGUCAUGGCCAAGAACGCAGUUGGAUCGGUCAGCAAUCCAUCCAUGACUGCUGGACCAGCAACCUGCGUGGACACCUAUGGUGCCCCAGAGAUUGAAAUACCUCAAGAGUACCUCAAUGAGGUCAAGUACAGGGCUGGAUCGGAUGUCGAGCUCAAAUUUGACAUCACAGCCAAACCUGCUCCCACCAUUGAGUGGUUUAAGGAUGGCAGAGAGCUGAAGCCCACUGCCCAGCUCUCUCUCAAACACACAUUCGAGUCCACCAGUGUGUUCUUGAAGGAAACCACUCGUCUGAACUCUGGAACCUAUGAAGUCAGAGUGAAAAACUCCCUGGGAUCUGCAUGUGCCAUCGUCAGGCUGCUCAUUCAAGACAAGCCAGGUCCUCCUGCUGGAGAGAUUCAGUUUAAGAAGGUGACGGCUGACAAUGUCACCAUCAUGUGGUCACCGCCUGCUGAUGAGGGCGGCGCCAUGGUGACUCAUUACAUCGUAGAAAAGAGAGAGACCAGCAGGAUAAUGUGGUCCAUCGUCUCAGAGAAACUGGUCGACUGCAUCGUGAAUGUGCCAAGACUAAUCCAGGGCAACGAAUACAUCUUCAGAGUCCGCGGAGUCAACAAGUAUGGCAUCGGAGACCCACUGGAGUCCGAACCGAUCAUCGCCAAGAACGCAUUUGUUCCACCCAGUGAACCAUCCAAGCCUAAAGUCACCAUGAUCACCAAAUCCACCAUGACAGUGAUCUGGGAGAGACCAGCACUGGAUGGAGGCAGCGACAUUGACGGCUACUACCUGGAGAAAAGGGAAAAGAAGAGUCUGCAGUGGUUCAAGGUGGUGAAAGGCACCAUUAGAGACACCAGGCAGAAAGUCACCAACCUGGUUGAGAACAAUGAGUACCAGUACAGAGUUUGCGCUGUCAACAAGGCUGGUGCAGGAAACUACUCUGAGGCUUCUGACCUCUACAAGGCCUAUGACCCCAUCGAUCUGCCUGGUGAACCCUCUAAGCUGCGUGUGGUGGACUCCACUAAGACCUCUAUCACCCUCGGCUGGGAAAAGCCCGUCUACGAUGGUGGCAGCGAAAUCACACACUACCUUUUGGAGCAGAUGAAUGCUGAGGACAAAGAAUGGGUGACCAUCAACCCACAGGUCAAGGCCUGCGAGUAUGUGGUGUCCCACCUCAAACCUGGUACCUACUACUUCUUCAGAGUCUCUGCUAUCAACUGCAAGGGCAAAGGAGAAGACAUCAAAAUGUACCAGCCUGUACAGGCCAAAGAUAUAUUAGAGGAGGCUGAUUUGGACUUGGAUGUUUCCAUGACAACCCAGUACACAGCCAGAGCUGGCCGUGAUGUGGAAGUGUUCAUCCCUCUGAAGGGACGCCCUGCUCCCAAUGUCACCUGGCGUCGUGGCGACCGCAACAUGGCAGGUGACAACCGCUACACCAUCACCAGCACUGAGAGAGCCACCACAAUUCUCAUCCCCAAGGUCACCCGCGAUGACUGUGGCAAGUACAUGCUGGAGAUUGAGAACGGUGUGGGGGAACCAAAGAUAAUCACCGUUUCCCUCAAGGUUCUGGACAGUCCCUCCACCUGCCAGAAGUUGAUGAUCAAGAACGUGACAAGAGGAAAACUGACUCUCAGCUGGGAGGCUCCAUUAAUCGAUGGCGGCUCCCCUGUCACUAAUUACAUUGUGGAGAAGAAAGGCUCCACCAUGAAGGCUUACCAAGUAAUCACUGCCGAGUGUCUCAACACAACUUUCAAGGUGUCAGGCCUGGAGGAGGAUAUAGCCUACUUCUUCCGUGUGUCUGCUGAGAACGAAUAUGGUGUGGGUGACACCUGUGAAACUACUGAGCCAGUCAGAGCAACAGAAACUCCAGGGGCUGUUAAAGACUUGGUGAUGGUGGACUCCACAAAGAACUCCGUCACCCUUCAGUGGACCAGACCCGACCAUGACGGUGGCAGCCACAUCAGUGACUACAUCAUCGAGAAGAGGACCAAGGAAGAUCCUACCUGGACUUAUGGUGCCACAUGCAAACGCUGCUCCUGUGAGGUGACAGGACUCCAAGAGAAUGCUGUCAUGGAUUUCAGAGUGUUUGCCAAGAAUGAGAAAGGCAACAGCGACUUCUCCCAGAUUGGCCCGAUCACAGUUGUGGACUUCAUCAUUCCACCAGAGGCCAGUCUCACUGAUUACCCCAAUGGAGAGCUCGCUGUCCGUAUUGGUCAGAAUAUUCACAUUGAACUACCAUUCAAAGGUAAGCCGAGACCUGUGAUAAGCUGGCUCAAAGACAACCUACCUCUGAAGGAAAGUGAAAAGGUUCGCUUCAGGACCACCGACAACAAGACUGCAGUAACAGUCAGGGGAGCCAAGAAGGAGCAUGCUGGCCAGUACACCCUGGUCCUGGACAACAGAGCUGUUAAGAACUACUUUGACAUCAAUGUGAUCACUCUGGGAUCCCCCUCAGUGCCUGUUGGUCCCAUCCGCUUCGACGAGAUCAAAGCUCAGAGCAUCAUCAUCUCCUGGGAUGAGCCAAAGGAAGACGGAGGUGGUGAGAUCACGUGCUACAGUGUGGAGAAACGUGAAACCUCCCAGGCCAACUGGAAGAUGGUUUGCUCCAGUGUCGUCAGGACGACUUUCAAGAUUCCCAACCUGGUGAAGGGAACUCAGUACCAGUUCAGAGUCCGAGCUGAGAACAAAUAUGGAGUCAGUGAACCGCUCACUUCCUCAGACAUUGUUGCCCAGCACCAGUACAAACCUCCAGGCCCCCCUGGAAAGCCAGUUGCCUACAAUGUUACCAGUGAUGGCAUGACCAUCAAGUGGGAGGCACCAGGCUUUGACGGAGGUUCCCCAAUUUUGGGUUACCAUGUUGAGAAGAAGGACAGGAACAGCCUCUUGUGGCAGAAGGUAAACUCUACCAUCAUUUCCAACAGGGAGUACAGGAUCAUUGGUCUCAUGGAGGGUUUGGAGUAUUCCUUCAGAGUCUACGCUGAAAACAACGCUGGACUCAGCACUGUCAGUGAGCAGAGCAAACAUGCCCUCGCCAUCUCCCCUGUGGACCCACCUGGCACCCCCGUCUGCAUCGAUGUGACCAGAGACUCUGUCACCCUGCAAUGGGACAUUCCCAAGAGGGAUGGUGGUAGCAAAAUUGUUGCCUAUAGUGUGGAGAGGCGCCAAGGUAGAGGCAAAUGGCUGCGGUGCAACUUCACUGAUAUCAGUGAGACCCAGUUCACAGUGACGGGCCUGUCUGCUGGAGACAGAUUUGAGUUCAGAGUGAUCGCCAGGAAUGCUGUAGGCACAGUCAGUCCACCAUCAAACUCCUCUGGAUACAUCAUGACCAAGGAUGAGAGCAUUGCUCCUGAGAUUGAAUGGGCUAAAGACCAGGUGCUCACCCUGAGGGCUGGAGAGAAUGUAAAGCUCAGCUGCAGCAUCACCGGACGUCCACUCCCCCAGAUAGUUUGGUACAAAGACGGCAAAGAGAUUGACAAGAGGACAAUGAUUGAUAUUGAGAUUACCACCGGCAUUGGCAGCAGCAGCGUGUUUGUCCGCGAUGCCGACAGGAAUCACCGUGGAGUCUACACUGUAGAGGCCAGAAAUAGCUAUGGUGCCAAGAAGGCUGAUGUUAAUGUCAGAGUGCAAGACACCCCUGGACCUGUCGAGGGUCCCGUCCGUUUCACCGGCAUCACGGCUGAGAAGUGCACCGUGUGGUGGAACCCACCAGAGAACGACGGCUGUGCUGCCAUCACCCACUACGUGGUGGAGAAGAGGGAGACGUCCAGGAUCUCCUGGGCAUUGGUCACCUCCAAGUGUGAAGCGUGCUCUUACAAUGCCACCAACCUCAUUAAGGGCAACGAGUACCAGUUCAGAAUAUCUGCUGUCAACAAGUUUGGUGUUGGCAAACCUCUGGACUCUGACCCCUUCAUUGCACAGAUGCAGUACACUGUACCUGAUGCCCCUGGUACCCCUGAUGCCACUCAUGUGACAGGAGACAGCAUCACCCUGGGCUGGACCAGACCACGCACAGAUGGAGGCAAUGAGAUCAAACACUAUAUCCUGGAAAGGAGAGAGAAGAAGAGCCUGCGCUGGGUGAAGGUUUCCUCCAAGAGGCCCAUCACGGAGCUGAGGCACCGUGUCACCAACCUGACCGAGGGCAACGAGUACGAGUUCCGCGUCAUGGCUGAGAAUGGUGCUGGUGUCGGACCAGCCAGCAGCACCUCCAGGCUCUUUAAAUGCAGAGAGCCGACCAGCGCCCCCAGUGCUCCCACUGUGAUCAAGGUCAUUGACUCCACCAAAUCCUCCAUCACCCUGGAAUGGACCAAGCCAGUCUUUGAUGGUGGUUUGGAAAUCAUUGGCUACAAUAUAGACAUGUGUAAGGCCAGUCUGGAGGAGUGGCACAGAGUAAACAGCCAGAUCUGCAUCCACACCAGGUACACUGCUAAAGGCCUGGUACCCGGGGAGCUGUACAAGUUCAGGGUCAGUGCUGUAAAUGGAUCGGGAGAGGGCGAAGCCUCGGUGAUGCCCAACCCUGUUCAGGCAUUGGAUAGACUUACGUCUCCUGAAAUUGACAUUGAUGCCAACUUCAAGCAAACUCACAUUGUGAAGAAUGGAGGCAUUGUCACUCUCCACGUAGCUUUCCGAGGAAAGCCGGCUCCUCUGGCCACCUGGUCCAGGGCAGACGGUGAGCUUCCCGUCAUGGCUGACGUCAACACCACAGAUUCAUUCUCCACUCUGACCAUCGAGGGCUGUACUCGGUAUGAAGCUGGCAAAUACACCUUGUCCCUGGAGAACAACAGUGGGCGCAAAUCCAUCACAUUUACCGUCAAAGUGCUGGACACUCCUGGACCUCCAGGAGCCAUCACCUUCAAAGAUGUCACUCGCGGAGCCCUGACAGUGAUGUGGGAUGCCCCUACUAAUGAUGGCGGAUCACGAAUUCACCACUACAUAGUGGACAAGCGUGAGGCCAGCCGCCUGGCCUGGCAGGAGGUCAGCACCAAGUGCACUCGUCAAAUGAUCAGGGCAACUGGCCUGGAUAUUGGCGUGCCGUAUUUGUUCAGAGUGAUUGCUGUCAAUCAGUAUGGCCAGGGAGAACCUCAUGAGAUGACAGAGCCCAUCAUCGCCACCGAAGAACCGGCUCCACCCAAGAGACUGGACGUUGUUGACACCACCAACUCCACAGCUUCCCUGGUGUGGCUGAAGCCUGAACAUGAUGGAGGCAGCCGUAUCAGAGGCUAUAUUGUUGAAUUCAGAGCUAAGGGCACCGAUCGCUGGGUUGUUGCCGGAGAGACAAAGUCCCUCAAGAUGCUAGUGGAGGGUCUGAUUGAGAACACAGAGUACGAUUUCAGAGUUAAGGCUAAGAAUGACGCUGGAAUCAGCGAUCCUCAGGGCACAUUUGGCUCUGUGGUCAUUAAGGAGCCUCGCAUUGAACCCACCGCUGACCUCAGCAGCAUCACCAACCAGCUCAUCACCUGCAAGGCCUCCAGCGCCUUCACCAUCGACAUCCCCAUCAGUGGCAGACCAGCACCCAAAGUCACCUGGAAGCUGGAGGAAAUGAAGCUUAAGGAGACAGACAGAGUCUCCAUCAAGACCACAAAAGAGAGAACCACUCUGGUGGUGAAAGACAGCAAGAGAAGUGACAGUGGCAAGUACUAUCUGACACUGGAGAAUGCUGCUGGUGUGAAGACGUUCACAGUGACCGUAGUCAUCGUCGGCAGACCAAGUCCACCCACGGGUCCCUUGGAAAUUUCUGGAGUCUCUUCAGAAUCCUGCACCCUGUCCUGGUCUGAGCCUGCUGAUGAUGGUGGCACUGACAUCGCCAACUAUAUCAUUGAAAAACGAGAGUCUGGUUCUGCUUCCUGGCAAGUGGUGAACUCCAGCGUGAAGAGAACCACUAUCAAAGUGACCCAUCUUACUAAAUACAUGGAGUACACUUUCAGAGUGUGUGCAGAGAACAAGUUUGGAGUCAGCAAGUCCAUAGAGUCAGCUCCUGUUGUUAUUGAGCAUCCAUUUGUGCCUCCGAGUCCUCCAACCCGUCCAGAUGUCGUGUCUGUGUCUGCCAACACCAUUAGCAUCAAAUGGGACGUGCCAUAUGCUGACGGUGGCAGCAAGGUGACAGGUUACUGGAUCGAGAAGAAGGAGAGGAACACAAUCCUGUGGGUGAGGGAGAACAAACUGCCCUGCCCGGAGUGCCACUACAAGGUGUCCAACCUGAUCGAGGGCCUGGAGUACCAGUUCAGGGUUUACGCCAUGAACCUUGCCGGACUCAGCAAAGCCAGUGAGGCCUCCAGGCCUGUGGUGGCGCUCAAUCCUGUUGAUCCUCCCGGUAAACCUGAGGUGACGGACAUCAGCCACUCUUCUGUGUCACUGUGCUGGACCAUACCGUUCAAUGACGGUGGCAGCAAGAUUGUCGGUUAUGUGGUGGAGAGGAAAGUCUACACUACAGACGAGUGGGACGACAACCGCUGGCUCAAGUGCAAUUACACCACGAUCACCGAAAACUACUUCACUGUCACAAACCUGGGAGAGGGAGAGACCUAUGAGUACCGCGUUAUUGCCAAGAACGCUGCUGGUGUCCACAGCGCGGCUUCACAGUCGACUGGACCAGUCACGUGCAAGGACGAAUACUCUCCUCCCAAAGCUGAGCUUGACAGCAAACUAAUAGGUGAGACUGUCACGGUCGCCGCUGGCUCCGACCUUGUCCUGGACGGCGCUGUGGGUGGUAAACCAGAACCCACAGUGUACUGGUCGAAGGGCGACAAGAUUCUGGAGCUCGGUGAAAAAUACUCGUUGACCUACACUGCCACCAGAGCUAUGGCUGUCAUCAAGAACUGCAACAGAUAUGACACUGGCAGAUACAUCCUGACUGUGAAGAAUGCCAAUGGAAUUAAGACCGCAGCAGUCAGUGUUAAAGUCCUAGAUACUCCUGGAUCUCCAGCUGAUAAGAUUGUGAUCAGCAGAGUGACGGAGGAGAAGUGUACAGUGUCCUGGAAGAUUCCCCUGGAGGACGGCGGAGACUCAGUCACCCACUACAUUGUGGAGCGUCGUGAGACCAGCCGCCUCAACUGGGUCAUUAUGGAGACGGAGUGCAAAACGCUGUCAUGUGUCAGCACCAGGCUGAUUAAAAACAACGAGUACAUCUUCAGAGUUAGAGGAGUCAACAAGUUCGGACCUGGAGUUCCUUUGGAGUCUGAUCCAGUCAUCGCCAGGAAUGCCUACACCAUCCCAUCCCAGCCAGGUACACCGGAGGCCACAGCGGUGGGUAAGGAGCACGUCAUCAUCGAAUGGCUGAAGCCUGAGAGCGAUGGAGGCAGUGAGCUCAAGAACUACAUUGUGGAUAAACGAGAGAAGAGCAGCACCAGGUGGACUCGAGUAAACAAGACUUACACCAUCUAUGACACUCGACUGAAGAUCACAGGUCUGCUGGAGGGAAGUGAGUACCAAUUUAGAGUGACAGCUGUCAACGCUGCUGGAGACAGUCAGCCAAGCGACGCCUCGCCAUACAUCCUCUGCAAGGAUCCAACGUAUACCCCAGCUCCUCCAUCGAUGCCUCGCAUCACAGACACUACCAAGCACAGCAUCAGCAUGACUUGGACCAGGCCCAUGUACGACGGUGGCUCAGAUGUCUCUGGCUACGUGGUAGAAAUAUUGGAGGAGGGUUCUGAGCAGUGGUACCGUGCCACCACCAAGGCUCUCAAGACUAACGAGUAUGUGGCCGCCGGUCUGGCAGCCAAUAAGAAUUAUAGAUUCAGGGUGGCUGCCACCAAUAGCAACGGCACCGGAGAGUUCAGUGAGCCAAGCGCUGAGGUCGAGCCGCUGGAGAGAGUCGAAAUGCCCGACCUGGAGCUUGCCGACGACCUGAAGAAAACAGUGUGUCUACGUGCCGGUGGUACUUUGCGCUUGUUUGUGUCCGUUACCGGCCGACCAACACCAGUUGUGGCAUGGAGGAAGACAGGUGUGGAGCUGCAGACCCGCGGCUACAUUGAGACCACCGACAGCUACACCUCUUUGAUUGUGGAGAAGGUUGAUCGCUACGACUCUGGAAAAUACAUCUUGGAGGCAGAGAACCCGUCCGGCAAGAAAACUGCCACCAUUCUGGUUAAAGUCUACGACACCCCGGGGCCUCCAGGUUCAGUGAAAGUGAAGGACUACACAAAAGAGUCUGUUGUGAUCACCUGGGAUGUCCCGAGCAUCGACGGUGGUGCUCAUGUGAGCAACUACAUUGUAGAGAAGCGUGACGCUAACAUGAAGUCAUACAAGACCGUUACCACUGAGUGCAGGAAGACCCUGUUCAGGAUCACUGGUCUGGAAGAAGGCAUGCACUACUUUUUCAGAGUGCUGCCAGAGAACAUCUAUGGUGUCGGCGAGCCUUGCGAGACAACUGAGGCAGUUCUGGUGUGCGAAGUGCCAUCAGUACCUGUGGAUCUACAGAUUGUCGAUGUUACCAAAUCCUCUGUAACUCUGCACUGGGAGAAGCCGCUAUAUGACGGUGGCAGCAGGCUGACCGGCUACAUCAUUGAGGCCUGCAAGGUGGGUUCGGACAGAUGGAGCACUGUGGCCACAGUCAAGGCCUCAGUGUCACAGCACGCUAUUCAGUCUUUGACAGAGAACGACCAGUACCUAUUCAGAAUCCGAGCCACCAACAGCAGGGGAGCCAGUGAACCCAUGGACAUCAUCACUCCCGUUGUCAUCCAGGAGAUCAAGGUGAUGCCCAAGAUUGACAUGACUAGCAUUCCUCAGAAGAUUGUUCACGUGCACCGUGGCAAGCCCAUCGACCUCAACAUCCCCAUCAAAGCCAAACCGCAGCCCAUUUGCUCCUGGUACUUUGGUGGGGUCAAGCUAAAGGACAGCCUGGACCGCAUUAAGAUCGAUAGCAAUGGCAAAUACACCCACCUUGUCAUUCGCGAGACCACCAUAAAUGACACAGGAGACUACGCGCUUGAGGUGAAGAACGCCAUUGGCAUAGCAACCGAGGUUAUCAAGGUCAUCAUCCUUGACAAACCCGGCGUCCCAGUUGGCCCCAUGAAGAUUGAGGAGGUUGACGGUGUGUCGGUGACAGUUAGCUGGCAACCUCCAGAGAAGGAUGGUGGUGCCAACGUCAGUGGCUACGUAGUUGAGCAGCGUGAUGCUCACCGGCCAGGCUGGAGUACAGUUUCAGAGUCUGUGACUAGACCCUGCUUCAAGUUCACCAGGCUCUCCGAGGGAACCGAGUAUGUGUUCCGUGUUGCUGCUAUGAAUCGUUUUGGCGUUGGCAGCUUCCUGCAGUCCGAGGUGGUCGAGUGCAAGAGUGCCAAGACCAUCCCUGGACCUCCAAGCAUACCAGAGGUGCUUGAUGUCACCCAUGAAGGCAUGACCCUGACCUGGCGUCCACCCGAGGACAACGGCGGCUCCACCAUCGCUGGCUACAUUAUCGAGCGUAAAGAGGCCCGUUCUGACAGAUGGCUAAGGAUCAACAAGAAUCCUGUCACCAUGACCCGGUACCGUUCUUCUGGACUGAUCGAGGGCCUUGAGUAUGAGCACCGUGUCACUGCCAUCAACUCUAGAGGAGCCGGCAAACCUAGCGAGAGCUCCGCCAUCACCGUUGCCAUGGAUCCCAUCGAACCCCCAGGUCCACCGCUUCAGCCCAGAGUCACUGACACCACCAGGACUUCAGUCUCUUUGGCCUGGCUACCACCUGAAGAGGAGGGUGGUUCUAUCAUUACUGGUUACCUGAUCGAGAUGCAGAAGGUGGACCAGAUAGAAUGGACACUGUGCAACACUACACCCACCAAGAUGUGCGAGUACACACUUACUCACAUGCCCCAGGGUGCUGAGUACAAGUUCAGGGUCAUCGCCUGCAACGCUGGUGGUUCUGGAGAGCCCGCUGAGAUUCCUGGAGUGGUUAAAGUCCAGGAGAUGCUUGAUUAUCCCGACUAUGAGCUCAAUCGCCAAUAUGAGGAGGGCUAUGUGGUGCGGCAGGGCGGAGUCAUCCAUCUAUCUGUACCAAUUAAGGGCAAACCCAUUCCGACAUGCAAGUGGACAAAGGAUGGCCGUGACAUCUCCCAUCGUGCCAUGAUUGCAACCCAUGACGACAUCACUGAGCUGGUCAUCAAAGAGGCACACAAGGACGACACUGGUACCUAUGACUUGGUGCUGGAGAACAAAUGUGGCAGAAAGGCUGUGUACAUCAAGGUGAAGGUGAUUGGUCGCCCUGAUGCCCCAGAAGGUCCCCUGGAGUUUGAUGACAUUCAGGCUAGAUCAGUCCGGGUCAGCUGGAGGCCACCAUCAGAUGACGGUGGCUCUGACAUCCUGGGAUACAUUGUGGAAAGACGGGAGGUGCCCAAGGCCGCCUGGUAUACGGUGGAUGCCAGGGUCACCGAAAACUCUCUGGUGGUAAAGGGCUUGAAGGAGAAUGUGGAGUACCACUUCAAGGUUUCUGCAGAGAACCAGUUUGGUGUCAGCAGAUCCCUCAAAUCUGACGAGUCAGUCAUGCCAAAGACGCCACUGUGCCCACCUGAACCUCCCAGCAACCCACCAGAGAUAAUGGAUGUCACAAAGACCACAAUAUCUCUGUCCUGGGCCAGACCCAGGGAUGAUGGAGGCUCUCGUGUCACAGGAUACUAUGUGGAAAGGAAAGAGGUGUCAACCGAGAAGUGGGUCCGCCACAACAAGACUCACAUCACCACCACCAUGUACAACGUCACCGGUCUUAUCCCCGAUGCAGAGUACAUGUUCCGAGUGGUGGCUCAGAAUGAUAUUGGGCAGAGUGAACCUGGCCCUGCUUCAGAGUCUGUGGUCUGCAAAGAUCCAUUUGACAAACCCAGCCAACCAGGAGAGAUUGACAUCAUCUCUGUCACUAAAGACUGCAUCACCAUCCACUGGCUCAGGCCUGAGCAUGAUGGAGGAAAGGAGAUCCUGGGUUACUGGAUUGAAUUCAGGCAGGCUGGAGAGAGCGCUUGGAAGAAAUGCAAUAAGGAGCGCUCCAAGGAUCGUCAAUUCACCAUGGGCGGUUUGAUGGAGGCUACCGAGUAUGAGUUCAGAAUCUUUGCUGAGAAUGAGACUGGACUCAGCCGACCUCGUCGCACCCCCAUGGGCAUUAAGACAAAACUGAGUGUCGGUGAGGCUCCAGCUUUGAAGGAGGAGAUCCAAGAUGUAACAACCAAGCUUGGUGAGUCUGGCAGUCUGACCUGUGGUAUCAUUGGUAGACCUCUGCCUGAGAUCAAGUGGUACCGAUAUGGUAAGGAACUGAUCCAGAGCCGCAAGUACAAGAUGAGCUCAGAUGGCCGGAACCACUCCCUCAGCAUCCUGACAGACGAACAGGAAGACGAGGGUCUGUACACCUGCCGGGCCAUCAACGAGGCCGGAGAGAUUGAGACCAGUGGCAAAUUGCGCUUGCAGGCGCCGCCUCAGUUACACCCUGGCUUCCCACUAAAGGAGAAAUAUUAUGCUGGGGCCGGCACCAGCCUCCGCCUCCACGUUGUCUACAUUGGUCGUCCCAUCCCCCAGAUCAUGUGGUUCUAUGGCAAGAAGCCUCUGAAUCCAUCAGAGAAUGUGAUUAUUGAGAACACCGAAAGCUACACCCACCUGGUGGUGAGGAAUGUCCAGAGAAAGACUAAUGCUGGUCGCUACAAGGUGCAAUUCAGCAAUGUCUUUGGAACUAUUGACACUGUGCUACGUGUUGAAAUCCAAGACAAACCAUGCAUCCCCGAUGGACCCGUGGUUGUUGAAGCUCUACUCAAGAGCUCAGUUGUAAUCAGCUGGAAGGUUCCCAAGGACGAUGGAGGGUCUGUGAUCACCAACUAUAUUGUGGAGAAACGUGAGGCGAAAGAAGGUGAAACAUGGCACCUGGUGUCCUCCUCUGUCUCUGGCACCACCUGCCGUGUGCCAAACCUGAUAGAGAAUGCCGGCUAUUACUUCAGAGUUUCUGCCCAGAAUCAGUAUGGAGUCAGCGAGCCUCUGGAAAUCCCAUCAGUGGUUAUCAUCAAAAGUCCAUUCGAAAAACCUGGCAUUCCACAGCAGCCCUUCAUCAUCAGCUCCACCAAGGACUCCUGUGUUGUCUGCUGGAAGCCUCCAAGCAGCGAUGGAGGAGCUAAGAUCACCAAUUACUACCUGGAGAAACGUGAGAAGAAGCAGAACAAGUGGAUGUCAAUAACCACCAAGAAGAUUGUGGAGACCAGUUAUGAAGUCACUGGCUUGAUCGAGGGCUUUGAGUAUGAGUUCCGUGUCAAAUGUGAGAACAUGGGUGGUGAGAGUGACUGGAGCGAGAUCUCUGCACCCAUCAUCCCCAAGUCCGACCAGUCUCCCCGUGCUCCUGCAUUCAGGGAGGAGAUCAGAGACAUGACUGUCAAAUACCAUGCCAAUGCCACCUUUGUCACAAAGGUGGUGGGCCAUCCAAAGCCUGUGGUGAAAUGGUACCGCAGUGGAAAGGAGAUCCUGGCAGAUGGAACCAAGAUCAAAGCCCAGGAGUUCAAGGGAGGCUACUACCAGCUGGUCAUUACUGCCGCUGAUGAGAAUGAUGUCUCAGUCUACCAAGUCAGAGCAACCAAUUCUUCUGGAUCCGUCUCUACAACUGCCAAUCUGGAGGUGGAAGUUCCUGCCAAGAUUCACCUGCCCAAAGAGCUCCAGGGAAUGGGAGCAGUCCACGCUGUUCGCGGUGAUCACAUCACCAUCAAGAUCCCCAUUUCUGGCAAGCCUGAGCCAGCAAUCACUUGGCAGAAGGGUCAGGAGAUCCUCUCCAACUCUCCGUAUCAUCAAGUCAUUACUACCAGGUCCUUUACCUCCCUCGUUUUCCAAAAGGGAGUUCAGAGAAGGGAUACUGGCUACUACAUCAUCACUGCAAAGAACAGAUUUGGAACGGACAAGCAAACAAUUGAGGUGAGCGUGGCUGACAUUCCUGAAGCUCCAAAGGGACUGGUGGUCAGCGACAUUGCACGGGAUUCCAUUACCCUGACCUGGGAACCCCCUGCCAAUGAUGGUGGAAGUGAUAUUGUCAGCUACAUUGUGGAGAAGUGUCCCACCACUGCUGACAGGUGGAUCCGUGCUGGACAAACCACUGACUGCAGCAUCACCAUUAUCAACGUAUUUGGAAAAACAAAAUACCAGUUCCGUGUUAUUGCAGAGAAUCAGUUUGGCCUAAGCUCUCCCUCUAACCCAACCGACCCCAUCACCACAAAGGAAGACAAGUCUGUCAUUAGGAACUAUGAUGAGGAAGUGGAUGAAGCCAGGGAGAUCACCAAGGAGGAGGCACUGUUCUAUAAGGUCAAAGAGCUGUCCUCCAAGUACAUCAUCUCUGAGGAGCUUUCUCGCUGUCAGUUCGGAGUGGUCCACCGCUGCGUGGAGAUUGCUUCAAAGAAGACCUUUAUGGCCAAAUUCAUCAAGGUCAAAGGAACUGAUCGUGAGUUAGUUCUCAGGGAAAUUGAGGCCCUCAAUGUUGCAAGACACAAGAACCUCAUCUAUCUGCAUGAAUACUUUGAAAGUAUGGAAGAGAUCAUCCUGAUAUUUGAAUUUAUCUCUGGAGUGGACAUCUUUGAGCGUCUUGGCACCAGCAACUUUGAGCUGACAGAGCAGGAGAUUGUUCGUUACCUGAGACAGGUAUGUUCUGCUCUCAAAUUCCUGCACAGCCACAACUUUGGCCACUUCGAUAUCCGCCCAGACAACGUUGUCUACACCACCAGGAGAAGCACCAACGUAAAGAUCAUUGAAAUGGGCCAGGCCAGACUGCUGGUACCAGGAGAGAACAUCAGAAUGCUGUUCUCAGCACCAGAGUACUGUGCCCCUGAGGUCCAUCACCACGACCUGGUCACAACAGCCACUGACAUGUGGUCUGUUGGUGUUAUGGCAUACGUUCUGCUCAGUGGCCUCAAUCCAUUUGCAUCAGAGUCCACAACAAAGAUGAUUGAGAACAUCUCCAACUGUGAGUACGUCUUUGACAGUGAAGCAUUUAAGGACAUCAGCCUGGAGGCUAUGGACUUUGUGGACAGACUUCUGGUGAAGGACAGGAAGCUCCGUAUGACAGCGCAUGAAGCUCUGGAGCACCCAUGGUUAAAGAUGAAGAUUGAGCAUGUCAGCAACAAGGUCAUCAGGACACUGAGACACAGACGGUACUAUCAGGGUCUAGUGAAGAAGAUCGAUACCAUUGUAUCAGCAGCUCGUGUGGCAUAUGGCGGCGCCUUUAGGAACCAGAGAGGCUUGGCUGUAGGUAAAGUGAAGAUUGGAAGUGAGUACCGUGGUCUGCGUGCUGGUCCUGUAAUGCAUGGCUCAGCUGAGAAAGGCGGUCAUGUCAGAUUUACGUGUAGCAUCGUCAACUAUGACAAGAGCACACAGGUGUCGUGGUACUUUGGCAACCGUCAGCUGCACCCGAGCCCCAAGUAUGAAAUUACUUACAGCAAUGGUUUUGCCUGCAUCUACGUAAAAGACAUUGAAGAGAGUGAUGAUGGUGUAUACAGAUGCAAAGUGGUGAGUGAUGAUGGAGAGGACAGUGUUUAUGGAGAGCUCUUUGUUGACACAGUGAGGAGCAUCAGAGAGCACUACCUCAGUCGCACCAUCAAGAAACUAAGGAGGAGAGUCGACAAGACAAAACUCCUGCAGAGACCACCAGAGUUCACUCUGCCACUGUACAAUCGCACCGCCUACAUUGGCGAAGACGUGCGCUUUGGCGUUACUAUCACCGUGCACCCAGAGCCUUACGUGACGUGGCUCAAGAAUGGAGAAAGGAUCAAGGAGGGUGAUGAUGACAGCAAGUACACGUUCACCACUGAUAAGGGUCUGUACCAGCUCCUGAUCCACAAUGUCGAUGUGACCGAUGGUGCUGAAUACACUGUCAUGGCCCACAACAAAUUUGGAGAAGACAGCUGCAAAGCCCGUCUCACUGUGACACCUCAUCCUGUGAUGGAGGAAACUAUGAGGCCCAUGUUCAAACGCCUGCUCGCGAAUGUUGAGUGUAUUGAGGGACACAGCGUACGCUUUGAACUCAGAGUCUCAGGAAUCCCAGUUCCCACACUGAAAUGGGAAAAGGAUGGCCGUCCACUACAGUUUGGCCCCAAGGUCAUUGUCAUACAGGAAGACAUUGAUUAUCAUGUGCUCCACAUUCGAGAGACUCUGCUCGAGGACUCUGGUGUGUACAAAGUUACCGCAACCAACUCUGCUGGCUCUACGAGCUGCCAGGCCACACUGAAGGUGGACCGUAUUACCUACACCAGGAGGGAAUAUAAGAGUGACGAGGAGAAGCACAGACACGUACAGAAACAAAUCGAAAAGACCAACAAAAUGGCUCAGCAAAUUGUUGCCACCGAGGAGCUCGUACCACUGAACCCCACAGCUCAGGAAGCUCUCAAAUUCGCUGCAGAGAUGUACAAACCUGCGGUGAGCACAAAGAAUGUCGAAGGAGAGUUUGAUAUCACAGAGGUCAAGUCUGACACCAAGAAGCUUGAGGAGGAGAGGAGGAUCUUCAUGCCCUACGAGAUCCCUGAGCCUGUGGUUCAUGAUCCCAGAGUUCUGGAUGAGGACAAAGGCAUCAAACAGUUUGUGCCGCUGUCUGACAUGAAGUGGUACCGCAAGUUGAGAGAUCAGUAUGAGGUUCCAGAGAGGAUGGAGAGAAUUGUACAGAAGAGGCAGAGGCGCAUUCGUCUGUCAAGGUGGGAGCAGUUCUAUGUCAUGCCCCUCCCCAGAAUAACUGACCAAUACAGACCGAGGUGGCGUAUACCAAAACUCACUCUGGAUGAUCUGGAGACAGUCAGACCUGCACGCCGCUCACCCUCUCCUGAAUCUGAGGCCUCUUUCCGAUCCAGGAGGAGAUCUCUGGGAGACCUCAGUGACGAGGAGCUGCUGGUGCCAGUGGAGGACUACCUGUCGAUGAGGAGAACAGAGGAGGAGGAGAAGAUGAUGUUUGAGGAUGAACUGGAGCUUGGCUUCUCUGCUUCUCCUGUCGGCAGCCCUGUUCGCACCGAGCGGCGUCUGGUGGAACAUGAUGAGAGAAGGGUUAGUCAGGAAGUCAGGCACGAGGCUGUCGAGGUCAAAGAGGCAAAGAAGAAACGCACUAUUUCUCAGUUCAUGAGGAGGAGAAGGUCGCUGUCGCCUACUUACAUUGAGCUGAUGCGUCCAGUCUCAGAGCUGAUCAGGCCAUUGAGAGCUAGGCCUUCGGCCGACGCAGAGGGUCUAGCUAGGGCAGCAGUUGUGGAAAGGCGUUCCCCCACCCCAGAGAGAACCCGACCCCGCUCGCCUAGCCCCAUCAGGUCAGUUGAGAGAUCAUCCCGCUCCUCCUCGAGAUUUGAGCGGUCCGCCCGCUUUGACAUCAUGUCCCGCUAUGAGGCUAGAAAGGCUGCCCUUAAAUCUGAGAGGAAGUAUCAGGUCGUCAGUCAGACUCCAUUCAGCCUGGAUCAUACUCCUCGUGUGACUGUCAGAAUGCGCUCUCAUCGCAUCCCAAUUGGCCAGGACACCAAGUUUACCCUAAACAUCCAAGCUAAGCCAGAGGCCGAGGUCACAUGGUUUCACAAUGGUGACGCAAUCUCUGAAAGCAGCGACAAAUACAUCUUCACCAACAUGAGUGGUGUUCUGACCAUCACUAUUCUGGACUGCCAGGAGGAGGACAGUGGCACAUAUCGUUGUGUGUGCUCCAACUCUAAGGGUGAAGCGUCAGACUAUGCCACCCUGGAAGUGUCAGGCGGAGGUUACACCACCUUCUCUUCCCGCCGCAGAGAUGAGGAACCUCCCAAAGCUUAUGUCCCUGAAGUCACUCGCAUUGACCACUAUCACACAACCCACUUCAAAGCUGGUUAUGCUUCAAAGACUUCCUUGGAGGUGGAGGAGACCAAGUCCAAGUUAACCGAGACGCACGAGAUUGUAACACGUGAAAGAUACGGUGCCUCCACUGAGAGGUACUCAUCUGCUGAGAGGUAUGACGCCUCUAUCAAAUAUGCCUCCACUGAAUACCUCUCAUCUGACUCCUCCUACUCUUCAGACAAGUUUUCUCUGACUGGAAAACAGACCAUAUCUGAAGCUAAAAUGAAAUCUUCUGCUGCUGCUGAGGAAGUUUCUGUUCACAAGGUGAAACCUUCUCUUUCUGCCAGAAUCCUCACCAAGCCUCAGUCAGUCACAGUCGCAGAAGGAGAGACAGCCAGAUUCUUCUGUGAUAUUGAUGGAGAGCCAGCAUCCACUGUUACAUGGAUUCAUGAGAGUCAAACCAUUGUCUCCUCUAACCGCAUCCAGGUCACCACAACUCAGUACAAAUCUAGCCUGGAGAUCUCCUCCGUGACAACCUCUGAUGAGGGCAGGUACACUGUCAUUGUGGAGAACUCAGCAGGCAGACAGGAGGCUCACUUCACUUUGACUAUCCACAGACCAGUUCCCAAAGAACCCAUGACAUCUGUGAAGUCACCCACUCCUAGCGUAAAGUCACCCGAGCCUUCUGCCACAUCACCUGUUCCCUCCAUAACUUCUCCCAUUCCCAGUUUAAAGUCACCUGAGGCCAGUAUCAAAUCCCCUGAACCUUCUGUUAAAUCACCAACACCGAGCGUGAAGUCUCCUGAACCAGAAGGAAUUAAAUCUCCUCAGAGCAUGAAAUCACCUGAACCAUCUGCCCCCUCUCCAGCAUCGGGCUUAAAGUCACCAGCUCCAAGUGUCAAAUCUCCAGAACCUGAAGGAGUUAAGUCACCGCGUGGUGUAAAGUCUCCUGAACCCAGGGUCAAGUCACCAGGGAGUGUGAAGUCACCAGAACCUGAGGACAGUAAAUCACCUCGGGGUGUCAAAUCUCCAGAACCUGCAGGAAUCAAAACACCAAGAGGCGUGAAGUCCCCAGAACCUGCAGCGGGAGUUAAGUCACCGCGUGGCAUCAAGUCCCCAGAACCGUCCGGCAUCAAGUCACCGACGAGGGCACUCAAGUCCCCUGAACCUGAGGGAAUCAAAUCACCUCCCAGGGUGAAGUCUCCCCCUCCCAUUAUGUCUCCCAAGAGGGUUGUGUCUCCACCCACCGUCAAAUCCCCAACACCAAAACCUCCCAAGGUCAUGAGUCAGCUGACAGCCGAAGCUUACGAAGGCUCGGUGAGGAUGUCCUGUAUGUGCGAGAGCAAUGUCAGAGAGGUGGUGUGGUACGUCAGUGGGAGGAGGCUUUCACAGAGCAGCCGCUUUGAGUUGCACUACUCUGAGGGCUCCUGCAGCCUUCUGAUCCACGAUCUGGCAGACAGCGACCAGGGAGAGUACACCUGUGAAAUGACAUCAGAUGGAGGCGUCUCUAAAUCAUCCUUUUCCUUUACUGGACAGGUGUUUCAGUCCAUACGUAAGAAGAUUACAGCCUACUGUGAGCAGCAGCAAGUGGCACUUAAAGAAUCAGCAGUGAUGAGUCACAAGGAGUCAUCGUCGUCCAUCAGCUCAUCCGUAAGGAUGAAGAAAGAAGUACAUACAGUGGAGGAGUCUUCCUCCUUCUCUUCCUCUGCCCAGCAGGCAAUGAUGUCCUCCAUGAUGGAGUCCAGUUCGUUUAGCAGCAUGGCAGCUGAGAUGAAGUUUGAGACCAUGUCCAUGUCCAGUAUGUCUUCCAUGACAUCUGAGACGUACGCCAUGAGCUCCAGCAGCCUCACAGAGAUGGCGUCCCACAUGGAAGGAUCCUCACUGAGAGCCAUCGGUUCUGCUCCGAGAAUCGAAGCUCUGCCGGAGGACAUCAGUAUUGAGCCGGGCAAAGUCCUGACAGUCGCCUGCGCCUUCUCUGGUGAUGCCAAACACAUCGAGUGGUCUCGCGGUGGCAAAAUCAUCAAGGUGACUGCUGGUGGCCGCUUCCACAUCGAGACAACAGAGGACCUGACCACCCUCAUCAUCACCGGGGUGAAGGAGGAAGAUGCUGGAACCUACACCCUCAGGCUGUCCAAUGAGCUCGGAUCGGACACAGCGACUGUUCACAUUAGCAUUCGAUCAGUGUAAAGAUAAUCAAACCCUCCAAACUUCCCCUUUUCCCUUCUUCCAUGCCUUUUUAUUUAUUAAUUGAGCACAACAAUCUACUGGAUAAAGAUCUGGAUUUCUGUUCUUGUAAAUAUAAACUAUUUUUGUACCAAACUUGACAUUAAUUUAUGCCAAACUAGACUAAAGUCUAAAGUUGUUAUAAAUGUGCCAUAUUGGACAAUUAUGACUUAGGAUUUUUGAUCCAUUUUUCUGUGACAUGUACAUAAUGUAUAUAGCCGAAUUUACCGGUUAUGGGAAAUGUAUGCAUUGUUAUUUAUGACAAUAAUAUUAACUGAAACAAAAUGAAACUAAAUGUGGUCUAACAGGAGAAAGUUCCAGCAGGAACGAAUACCCUGUCAGACUGAGAAACCAAACUCUGUGCCUCAACGAUAAGUUGAAGUCUUAAGAUUGCCUCAGCAGGUAGAGAGUCUCCCUGCUGAUGAUAACUCAAUCAGAGACAAAACUAUGAAUGCACUGCUGGAGACUGAGUGGUGCUUUUGUUGUAACAGGAGCGUGAGAUCCUGAGUGCUGUUAGCAUUUACCCUCAUGUUAGCAGGACGACCGGACCUCACGCUCUGACUGAUUAUGUCAUACCGCCAUUUCAAUGACAUGCUCACAGUGCGAGCGGCCUGCACUCCCUGAGCACAAGUGUUUCUUUUUGUUUUGUGCUCUGCUUCUGGCAAACGACCGCUCGAUCGAUCGGGCUCUUCAGUCGUACCAUCAACCUGGCCAAUCACAUAAAACAAGCAGAGCCCCCGCUGUGCUCGUUUGCAGAGGCAGAGCUGUUUCUUGGAGGCUGCAGUGUGUUUGUGCGUUAGGUUUUAGAAGUUCACAUCGGUCACGCUGGGCGCCACCAAGCAGCAUCAACCACCUGAUGCUGCUGGAUGAGGAUGAAGUGAGGUCUGGCCUCGCAUGGUACCCCGCACUUUGGUUUGAUUCAAGUUAGAGUUGUAGCAUUGAAUAUUUUCGCAGCCUCCUUGAGUUUUUCUGCAAUUAUUGACUUAAUAAAGCAUGAUUAUCAGCA